GGCCAGGCGGCGCAGGAGACUCGCAGGCUGCCCGUGGCGCCGUGAGGGGAUGGCGGAGAGCGCGGGCUUCCCGCCCUUCCAGCUGGGGAGGCCUCGCUUCGAGCAGGUGGGCGCCGCCGCCGCCGCGUCGCGAAGGGCCGAGGGAGGGGAACGGGGCGGGGGGGUGUCUCGGAGGGGGGGUCGCCGGGGAAGAAGCGCCUGCCUCAGCAAGCCCCGCCCCUCGGCGGCUCAGCGCCGGCGCUGAUUGGGCCUCGGCCACGCCACUCGCCCGCUUGAAUUCCCGCCCUUUUUCGCUGGCUCCGAACGCCGCCCGCUGAUUGGCGCUCGCCUGGCUCGGUGCGGGCUGGAGGCGGGGCUUCUGCUGGGCUCUCGCCGGGGGAGAGCGGCGGCGGCCGGCGGGACUCCCCGCCACAAGAUGCGGUGCCAAAGGGCGGACCCCGGAGCGGGGGGUGGGGGCUCUCUGGCAUUAAGCGGGUCUCAUCCUGCGACAGUGUUUCUCUAGGGGAAGGCAGCUUGUGAGCGGACAGAGGCGUCUCUGGAGCCUGUGUGGGAAAUGGGGGUCUCGAGCCCGGACAUGGUCGGAUCCGGCCGGGGGCUCGCGGAGGGUGGGUGCUGUUCCGUUGCUCCCAGGGCACUUUCCACUCUCUGAAACCCUCGCCCUUGAAACUUUGAUGCCAGCGCUGUUGCCUUAUCCAUCCUUAUCCAAGAAAGGAGACCUGCAGUCUCUGAAGAAGGGGGCCUGCACACGGAAGCUUAUUCCAGAACAAGCUUAGUUGGUCUAUAAGGUGCUACUAGACAUUUUUUAAUUUCUUUUUAUUUCAAGAAAGGGGAUUUUGCCUAAAGAUUAGGAAUAACUUCCUGAUGGGAAGACAGAGGAAUGGGCUCCCUGGAAAGGUGGUGGUGGUGGUCUCUCCUUCCUUGGAGGUUGGGCGGCCAUCUGUCAGGGAUGCUUGAGCUGAGAUUCCUGCAUAGCAGGGGGUUGGGCUGGAUGACCCUCAGGGUCCCUUCCAACUCUUAAGAUUCUAUGAUUCUAAGGUACUUGGGGAAGAAAAAGGCAGCGGUUACUGUAGCAGGUAGAGAGCUUGGAUCUUCUGUCAAAGGGUAGCUGAGAAACCUUGGCAGUCCCUUUAGUGGCAUCGUUUAUACAUCCGUAUAGGACAAUGCUUUUAUUUAGUCAACCAAAAUGGCACGGAGGCAUUUGAUGUGCCCAUGGAGCAGCCCCAAGUAGAUGUUCAAACUGUAGCGCCCCCCCCCAAUGCUUUGCAAGGUUGCAGAAGGACGUGGGUUUGCAUGCAGUUUAUUUGGAAGAGUCGUACCCCAACAUCAUCUGCAACCUUGCAAAAGAUCCCGGCCUGCCCCUGUCAAAUCAGUGCAGGGCAGCAAAGGGUUAAGGGGUGCCUUCCCGGCAGAGAUUGCAUUCUGCUGCUGGUGAAUUUCUAAUUUCUCUCUCAUUAUUUAGUAUUUUCCAGGUGGGGGGCAGGAAGCUACCCUGGGAUCCAUGCCCAUAACUGCACCCAGAGCACUUUGAACAAGUCCCCCUGUGGUUCUUCAUAAUACACCGAUUUUUGCUGAGUUCUGUUCCGUUUUAGGAGCUGCAGAAUUGGGGUUCAGCAUUUGAGCUUCCAUGCUGCCUCCACUGCUCUGGCCAUUGCCUUAUUCACAGCAAGGAGGGUUUUUUAGGGGACAUUUCCGGCAAACCGUGCCUUACGUUCAGUUAGUAUAUGCUCAUAAAUGCUGUGUUGCCCUGGUAGGGUCAAAGUCCCAAUGCAAUAAGUGGAUCACUCAAAACAUCAUGGCGUUUCCUCCUGACCUUGAAAUGUCUGAAAAGACCUGUUGAAUUUCCUUUAGACAACCCUCAUUUCGUCACACGGGACUAUUUGCUUCUCGCUCUGGGCUUCUUUUGGUCCUUUGCCCGACUUUUCUGGAGGGCAGCUGAAAGCCUUCCCGGCCGUGGCUGUGAAGGAUUUUCACUUCCAGGUUUUGGAUUUCUGAAUAGGUGGAACCAGGACAGUGAGCAAAUCGCAUGGGUGGUGGUGGGUUGAAUGAGACAAAACUUGCUCGGAUGUGGCUCUUAGAUAUCAUAGAUUUAACUGGAGAAAGUUCAUAUUUGUGAGAAGUGCAAGGGAUAAUUGAAUGCCAUUUAUCCUUACAACUUAUUUAACAUGAUCCAAGAAGAUUUAUAAUGUGCCAAGUAUAGAUUUUUUUAUUUAAAAAAGAAUCACAAGAGCCUCGGGACGUAGGCCAUCAUUAUUCCCAUUUUACAGAUGGGGAACUGAACAUGAGACUCAUUGCUUGCCCAACUUCCUAGUCUGGGGGCAAUGCAGAUGCCUCUGUGUUCUGCUCUCUGGUCAUUGGGCAACACCAGGCAUAGGCAAACUCGGCCCUCCGGAUGUUUUUGGGACUACAACUCCCAUGAGCCCUAGCUAACAGGACCAGUGGUCAGGGAUGAUGGGAAUUGUAGUCCCAAAACAUCUGGAGGGCUGAGUUUGCCUAUGCCUGGGCAACACUGACCCUCCUUCUGAUAAAUAAGGUGGGGAGAGGACGUUGUAGCAUCGCUGAGGUUUUAAUGUACUGGCAAGCUCCCUUAGUGUUCCUGCUGCUGUGGAAAGGCUGCAAGUUGCUUAUUUCUUGGAAGAGAGGUUAGCCCUCUUCUGCAGUCUGGGAGGGUCAGUUAAGUCUUGGCUUCUUCCUGCCUCUUAGGGCUGUGAGCCCAAGUCCAGUGCGCUGGUCCCAGUUCCAUUAACCUCAGGGGUUCUGGUGCAGGGAGAACACUAGCCCUUCCCGUGGGUGUAGUGCAUUCUGAGUGUGUGCAUAACGCAUCAUGUACAUCAUUGCAAUAAUCCUUAAAAUAAAAGUUAGGUCAGUGUUGUUAUCCCUGUAUGAGAUGGAGCUGGGAGAAUUAUGGGCUUGCCUAUGACCACCUAGGGGGUGAGAUACAGGCUCAACAGGGCUCAUAGAUAGAAUUGUAGACUUGGAAGGGACCUUGGGGGUCAUCUAGUCCAACCCCCGCAGUGCAGGAAUCUUGCCCACAGCUGUCCCUGAGUGGGCUCGAACCACCAGCCUUCUGAUUAAAAAGCCAGGCACAUAGACCCAUUACGCCAGGGCGUGCUGCUGCUGAGGACCACUGGCCCAUUUCUGGCAGAUUCGCCUAGGACUCGCUGGUACCUUGGGUUUUUGCAAAGAGGCAGCCUUGGCCUGAUCCUGCAAGGUGCUUCUCAUAUCAGAAUCUCUGGGUGCUGGUGAGUUAUGCUUUCAGUGUGAAAAGAGCCAAGUGUCCAUUCUUGACCUGGGACCUCAAAAUGUGUUUGGGACCCAUGAGGAUUCUAGAACAAAGCAAAGGCAGAACGUGAGGCUGGAGUCAGGCCAGCCUUGUCCUAGCAGGUGUGGGAUCUUUAUUACUAUUUGCCAAACACUCCAUACUGCCAACUUUAGGAAGAAAUAUCAUGGUAGUGAACAGCAUGGAAUCAGUAGUACAAUUGCAUCCCUAAAACGAGUCCUGGAAGGACUCACCCUCCCAGUAGAAUUGUAGGAGACACACCCUGUCCUGUGACUGCCAUUUCGUGGAAGCGGCUUCUUCUCUGGGCAACAAAUGCACAAGUGGAAAGUGCUUUUUCUUACCCCUGUCAGCAUCCACCUGAGUGUCUGCUGAGAUCCCAAGCAGCCCUGGCAGCGCAGAGCUUCUGCGUCGAUUCCGCUCUCCCCGCCAUCUCCAAAAACAAGGAUAUUUGGCCUCUUGGGGCGAGGAGACCUACUUUCUUGCCUGCGGAAGCUUGUACUUGAGAGGCGAAAGGAGGCAGCGCCCAGGAGAAGCAGCCGUGCCGUGCAGCUGGUUGGGAAAUCUACGAGGAGGCUAAAUCUUUUGGAAGCCACAGUUGGGCUUCCCUGCUCCUGGGAGCUCCAUUGUGCCCCAGAAACAACACACUGCAAUAUGAAAUGUAAAGCCCUUGAUGCAGAUUAGAAGUAUACCUGAUCAACGCCACUUAGCUUUGGUUAGACUGCCCAGGAGCAGCAAAGUUUAAGAGGUUUUCCUGCCCCACCAGGCCCUUGCAGAUAUCCCUGAAAAGGUGACAGACAGACCUUUGGUGAGGGGGAAAAUGCGCAGAAAACUGGUGACCGGCUUGUGCACUGCAUUGGCCUGCCUCCAGGCUUGAAUACAGUGGUACCUCAGGUUAAGAACUUCAUUCUUUCUGGAGGUCUGUUCUUAACCUGAAACUGUUCUUAACCAGAGGUACCACUUUAGCUAAUGGGCCUCCUGCUGCCGCCGGAGCACGAUUUCUGUUCUCAUCCUGAAGCAAAGUUCUUAACCCGAGGUACUAUUUCUGGGUUAGCGGAGUCUGUAACCUGAAGCGUCUGUAACCUGAAGCUUCUGUAACCCAAGGUUGUACUUGCAAAAAGCCCGCUGGUUAGGGUCAGGAGGUCCGUUGUGGACAGAGAACCACCUUGGGCAGAUUUAGCACCCAAUGCUAUUCUUUGAAGACUCUUCUGGUUGAGAUUCAAGAGUGCUUAUGCUGCGCUGGAGAGACUUGGCAAAUUAGUCAUGGCCCGCAAGGGAGAAGGACAAGGAGGGAAAGCAAACUCACUUGUCAGUUAUUAAAGAACAGUCCUUACCAAGACCAGCUGGCACAGAAAGAGCUCAUGGGCAGAAAGCACCUGCUGGAGCAGGCCUUUGGGCAAAGCAUGGUGGGGCGAGCCCUGCCUCUCCCCUUUCCCAUUGAGACAGCCUGGUGGCAGGGCUGUGGCCAGGUAAGGCUCAAGGUGGAGCCAGCCUUGCUUAUUUCGCUCAUUCUCAAAGCAGGACAUGAAACGGGAGGGACUCCUUUGUGAUGCAUCGAUCAGGAGACCCUCCGCAGGCUGUGUGGGAGUGGGCAGCCCAGCGCUGCUUUCCCACCCUCUGAACCUGUGGCUGAGUCUGGGGGUGAAAUCCAGGGGUCUCCCCCUGCCCUAGGGCCAUGCCCAGGAGCAGGGCUUUGGUGCCAGCUGGGGAUGCCAGUUACUUUGGGUCAUUUCCUGAUCAGAGGGAUCUCACGAAACGGCCGAGUGAAACGCACCCAUGGGCACCCUUCAAAGUGUGAGGAAUGCCUUUCCUUUUGGGCUGGGGCUGGGAUGGCAAGGGUGGGCUUGGGGGCGAAGGGCACAGGUGGCAGGCGCAGCCUCCAUGCUGCGUAGGACAGGGAGCUGUACCAGCCAUCAGAGUCGGCUUCAUCCUGACAAGCAUCAGGCACUGUUUUGUCUUCUGCUGCGUCUCUGCUCAAAACUAAUUUAUUUUAUAAAAAGAUUUUUUAAAAUUAGUUUUGUUGUUUGUAAGCGAGCCAAAGCUGUUCGUGUGAGGGGGAGAGAAGCCGGAGGUGUUCCACACCAAUUAUAAUGGUGGUGGUUGUUUUUUUAACAGAGUUUUCCUUCUAAACUCUCCAUGCUUGGUCUGGGCGUGGGAGGGAACGAAUGUCACUGCGGUUCUUUGUGUGAAGAGACGUGCAGGAACCCCAGAGUCAGAACGCUCCCAAGUGGCUCACGCAGAGGGGGACUGUGGUGCUUGUUUGGGGUUGGGCGGGUGAGGGCUGUACCACUUUUGUGCUCUUCCCAGUGCCUGGCAGCUAGUAGGAGCAUCCUGCCUCAGAAUCAUAGAAUUGGGGAGUUGGAAAGGACCCCAAGAGUCAUCUAGUCCAGUCCCCUGUAAUGCAGGAAUCACAGGUAAAUAAUCCCUGACAAGUGGCCUUUCAGCCUCUGCUUAAAAACCUCCAAGGAAGGAGAGUCCACCACCUUCUGAGGGAGUCUGUUCCACUGUCCAAUAGCUCUUGCCCUCAGAAAGUUCUUCCUAAUGCUUAGUCGGAAUUUCCUUUCUUGUAACUUGAAUCUGUUGGUUUGGGUCCCAGCUUCCAGAGCAGCAGAAAACAAGCUUUCUCCCUCUUCCAUGGGGUAGCCCUUGAGUUAUUUGAAGAUGGCUCUCAUAUCGUUUUGCCCAGACGCUGAGGUCCAGCACUGAGGGCCUUCUGGCAGUUCCCUCACUGCGAGAAGCAAAGCUACAGGGAACCAGGCAGAGGGCCUUCUCAGUAGUGAAGCCCGCCGUGGGGAACGCCCUCCCAUCAGAUGUCAAAGAGAUAAACAACUACCUGACAUUUAGAAGACAUCUGAAGGCUGUUCAGGGAAGUUUUUAAUGUGUGACAUUUUAAUGUAUUUUUAAUCUUUGUUGGAAGCUGCCCAGAGUGGCUGGGGAAACCCAGUCAGAUGGACGGGGUACAAAUAAUAAAUUAUUAUUAUCAUCAUCAUCAUCAUCAUCAUAUCUCCUCUCAGUCUCCUCUUUUCCAGCCCAAACAUACCCAGCUCCUUCAAGCGCUCCUCAUCAGGCUUGACCAUCUUGGUUGCCCUCCUCUGCACACCCCCCCGCUUGUCAACAUCCUUCCUAAAUUGUGGUGUCCAGAACUGGACACUGGACUCCAGGUGUGGUCUGACCAAGGCGGAAUGCCGUUGUCCCUCCUGCCUGGGGACAUGCCAUAUGCUGACAGCUUUCCCAAUGGUCUCAUCAUGGAAGGGAAGGCCAUCGAUGGCUUCUGACCACGAUGGCUGAGAGGCAGCGAGGCUUCGGACUCCCCGUUUCUGGGGACCAAAGGAGGCGAGACGACUCGUGCACUCAGAUCCUACUUGCUGUUUUCCCACAGGCAACUAAGUGUUCAACCACGAUGAGAACAAGGUGCUGGACUGGAUGGGCCUUUGGCCUGAUCCUGAAGGCUCUUACGUUCUUAUCCUCAGCAUGAAGUGAUGGGAAGCAGCUGCCCCUUCCUGCAUUUCCAGCAGUGAGAGAGGGGGUGAAGAAUGCCUUGUGUUCCCGCCACGUCUGAGCUCUGUGCCUUUCUGUCUUUGCAGACUUCGUUUUACGGAAGGUUUAGACACUUCUUGGACAUCAUUGACCCCCGCACCCUCUUUGUCACUGAGGUAAUGUGUGAGCGUGCGUGCGUGAGUUUGCUGGGUAGUUCUCUGGCUUUGUCUUCAAAAUGAUGAUGGUGAUUCAUUUCAUUUCUGUACUACUUUAUAUUUUUAAUUUAAAAAAUCCCAAAGCAGUUUACAACCCACAUUAAAACAUGAAAUAAAACAAUCUAGCGCAAAACGUUACUGAAGAAAGUCACAUAUAAGGUAUGCAUCAAAGCAACGUAUUUAACAAGAAACUAAAACUUUAUCUUAAAGAUUUCAAAAUGACACUUUACGAAGGAAAUCAACUAUAGAAUGCACGUUUAACGUAGCAAAAUUAAUAAAAGAUAAAUCUUAAACAUUUCAAGGGAGAACAUUGCUGUAGGAAUUCAAACAUAAAAUGCACAUUUAAAACAGCAUAAUUAGCAAGAGAAUCAAAUAUGUUCUGAAGCACGGAACAGGAUGCUUCCAUGUUCCUAGGAAAUCAUAUGUUUUAACUAUGAGCUCUGAUGCCUGGCCUUGCAGAAUCGACAUGGAGGGAGCUCUGUGCAGGUGCCAGGAGCUAUGUGGGGAGACACUCCAAGAUGUGCAGAAGAACUAAACUAAACUAAACAAAAACCUGGGAAACCCCAAAAGGGUACCAGUAAGAACUGGGCACGCUUAUGCCAGCUGUUUGAGGAGAAACCAGGCUGGAAGGGGAACAGGCGGGGUGUGUGUGGGUGUGUGGGUGUGAAUCCUGGAAGAGUCCAUUGUUGUCUGGAACCUUGAGCAGGAGCGACUCCACCACAUGGUAACUCUUGUUGCUCUUGUUGUUCUUACAUUUUAUUACCUGCCCUUCACCUUAAGGACCCAGGGCGGGUUAUAACAAUUGAAACCCAACAUUAAUGUUGUUGUCAUCCCAUCUCGGGAGACAAUGGAGGAGUCCGUCUUUGGGGGUGAGGUCAAACCAUUGCAGGUUGCAGCCCUUGCUGUGGCUGUAGAGACCGCUAUGGGACAGACAUGUUUUGUUGCAUCUGGGGCAGAGGAAGGCAACCGCUUGGGCUGCUGCAGUUUCUUCUCUCUGGGCUCCUCCCAGCGGUCAUUUCUCUUCUGGUCACUGCUGUGGAUGCAGGAUCUGACUGGCUUCAGGUGUUGUGGUCAUCUGAAACACAAUAUUACACAACAUGAAAAACAAUAUGACAUAAAUGCACCAAAAUAACGUGGGUCCUAAAAAUAUACACCUCAAGUAUAUAUUGAAGAGAGUGAAGAGAUGCAUAUUCAGCAUCCUUUGGAAGCUGUGCAAUGAAGGUACCAGGGACACCUCUGUGGGGAGGGAGUCCCACAGUUCAGGGGCCACCACAGAGAAGGCCCUCUCCACCCUGGUCACCCUCCCCAACCUCUGAAGGCAGAGGAACAACCUCUGAGAGGGUCUGUAGGGAAGGAGGCGGUCUUCCAGGUAUUUGGGGCCUGAGCCAUUUAGGGCUUUGAACACCAACAUGAGUACCUUGAAUUGGUCUCGGGUAUAAGCAGGCAGCCCAGGCAGCUGUUUUAAAGCAGGGGUGACGUGACAUCUAAAUGGAAGCCCCGCCAGUCAUCUGUCUGCUGCAUUUGGGACAAGGUGGAAGUUUUUGAGUCGUCUUCAAGGGCAGCACCACGUAGAAUGUGUUGCGGUAUUCCAGUCAGGAAGUUACCAGAUCAUGUACGUUUCUGAGCACAAUUCAAAGUGCUGGUGUUGACCUUUAAAGCCCUAAAUGGCCUCGGUCCAGUAUACCUGAAGGAGCGUCUCCACCCCCAUCAUUCAGCCCGGACACUGAGGUCCAGCACCGAGGGCCUUCUGGCGGUUUCCUCAUUGCGAGAAGCCAAGUUACAGGGAACCAGGCAGAGGGCCUUCUCGGUGGUGGCACCGCCCUUUGGAACGCCCUCCCACCAGAUGUCAAAGAGAACAACAACUACCAGACUUUUAGAAGACAUCUGAAAGCAGCCCUGUUUAGGGAAGUUUUUAAUGUUUGAUGCUGUAUUGUUUUUAAUAUUCAGUUGGAAGCUGCCCAGAGUGGCUGGGGAAACCCAGCCAGAUGGGCGGGGUAUAAAUAAUAAAGUAUUAGUAGUAGUAGUAGUAGUAGUAGUACAGUGGGCGAGGAAGCAUCUCUGUCUAAAAGUGAGCAAACCAGUUGGAGCAGGAAAAAGGCCACUCCGAACCCCCUGCGCCUCCAGGGACUGCGUUGCAUCUUCUUCAGCGAAAGUUCUUACUAGGAGUGUGCACUUCGUGUUGGGAGAUAGCAUAAAUCAUAGAGGCCUUCCUGGGUGAGAAACUUGCCAAGUUACAGACAUAUAGGUGCCUUUUUUGCUGGGUGCCUUUAAAAGGAGAGUGGGCGGGGGGACGGGACUUAAAGGGACUUGCUUCCCUCCCUUUUGUGGGCAACAAAAGAAAAUGCAAACAAGAAAGAAAGAAAGAAAGAAAGAGCCUGCAACAUUUCAGAAGGAUGCGGGCAAGGGCAAAUAAGUUAUGGUGAAUGAAAUAAGAAGCUUCAGGCCUGUGUUGUGCUCAGUUGGCACGAAAUGUUGCAGAGACCAGGUGCAAAGCUGACUUGACAGGCAUGGCUGUGUAGGUAGGCGACACGGAGGCAGAAUGACCUGAGUGGCCUGCGCUUUCCAGGGAAGAGCCGCAAGAAGAAGUAGGAGGACAGACAAGAGCAAGGCGGUACAGAAGCCCAGCGUCCCCAUCAAGGGAAGUCAUCAUGCUAGUCUGUUCUGCCUUGGUCAGACCACGCCUGGAGUCCCGUGUCCAGUUCUGGGUGCCACAAGCAGGAAUGUGUGCGGAGGAGGGCAGCCAAGAGAACCAAGGGUCCAAAAGGCAAGCCUUAUGAGGAGCGCUUGAAGGGGCUGGGUAUGCUUAGCCUGGAGAAGAGGAGACUGAGAGGAGAGAGGAUACUUAGAGGGCUGUCACAUGGAAGAAGGAACACACUUGUUUUCUCCUUCUCUGGAUGGUAGGACUCAGAACCUACAAGGAAGGAGAUUCUGACUCAACAUCAGGGAGAACUUACUGACGGCUGUUCAACAGUGAAACUGCCUCCCUUGGGGGGUUAUGGACUAUUCUUCCUUGGAGCCUUUUAAGCAGAAGUUGGGUGGCCAUCUGUCUGGAAUGCUUUAGCUGAGGGGGUUGGACUAGAUGACCCAUGGAGUCCCUUCCAACUUUCUAUGAUUCUGCGAUACGUCACUGCAACAUCCCUUCCUCCAAGCUCUGUGACUGCAGAGCCCUGGCAAAAUCAUGCCCCCGAUUAGAAGCUAGACCUGCCGCUCACAAUAGCUGUCUCUCUCCCCACCCUGGUUUCUUCCUUCUAUGGCAAGCUUUGGGAGAAAUGUUUCAGUAUUUGUGGACACACUUCUUAACAGAGUUUUCUCAAUGUUUGGCUCUCUGAGGAGUCCCCUCCACUUAUUAACCAGCCUGUGAAGGUUAGACUGAGCGACACCAGCCAUGCCACCAACUGAGCUUCAGGGCUGGAGUGGGGCUUGAACCCUGGUCCUCACCCAAUGCCCUUAACCACUACCCCGCUCUGGCUCUCGUGCAAGUCGCCCUCCUGCUCAGAUUCAGUAUUUUGCAGCUCUAUCUGCCCCUCUUCUGCCUGAGCAGCUGCCUCUUUGAAGCAAGCAUCCCAGAGCCUUUUCUUGCGCAGACAAUUUGGCUCCUGAACUGACCAUUUACUUUAUGAGCGUAUUAGAGUCCAAUUCUCUGCGUGCCAGGUUGAGAACAUCCCCGGCAGGGAUUUUAUUUGUGCUUCUUCCACAAUUGAUUGGCUUAAUUUGAGAGCAGGCAGCUAAGAUGGAUAGGAUGGGUUCCUGCGAACCUCUUUGGGCACCCGCCCGAGAGAACUGCAGCGGAGAAAACUGCUGUUCGGAGGGUUUAAUACUGGUGAUGAUAGCUUCGUUUAUGAAACACAAGCUGCAGUGAAAUUUGUAAUCAAUUUUCAGGGAUGCGCGCCGAAGGCGAGACGUGCUGUAGCAGGGACGCCUUGGCUUGGCCUGAGAACUGCAUGAGCCUUCAGGAAGGUGAAUGGGAGCAGGGGAAGGGAUCCUCUCCCAGCCAAGGCAAAUGCAGCUCCAAACCCCACACGGAUCCGUUUGGGGUGAGCCCCUUGUGUGGCAACGUUUUAUAUGUAGGGCUGCCUCAGAGGACGGUUCGGAAAAUUUCACUGGUGCAGAAUUGAGCAGCCAGGUUGCUCCCUGGGGCAAGAUGGCUUGAGCAUCUUAUAGUCCGACUGCACCGGCUGCCAAUUAGUUUCCGGGUCCAAUUCAAAGUGCUGGUUUUGAACUAUAAAGCCUUACAUGGCUCAGGACUGCAAUAACCUAAGGACUGCCUCUCUCCGUAUGAACCUGCCUGGGUCCCGUGAUCGUUUUCUCAGGCCCAUCUUCAAGAGACUCUUCUGUGAGAGGUCCAGAGGGUGGCAACAUGAGAACAGGGCCUUUUCUGCAGUGGCUCCCUGCUUGUGGACCGCUCUCCCCAGGAAAUGCGGCAGUUGCCUUCAUUACACACCUUAAAGUGCCAGGCCAGCCCGAGAGCCACUGUUGGUCGGAAGAGACAGUAGUGGCGCUCGAAUCCUGCUUGUGGGCUUGCAGAAAAGGCCUCUGGUUGGUCCCUCGGAGGACAGAAUGCUGGCCUAGAUGGGCUGUUGGCCUGACCCAGCAGGCUCUUCUUGUGUUCUUACAUGGUAUGGCUAAGCUAGAUGACCCCACCAGAAGGCAGCCGCCUAGGUUUCUUUGCACUCUUUGCAAACUGGUGACAUCUGGCCAGGCAGCAAGAGGCCCUUGCCCACUCUCCUUUCAUUAGAAGAGCGCUGCACUGGGGUUUGGGUUUGCCUUCAAGACAGCUCCCUUGCAGAGUUGCUUCCUCCCGUUGGGAGAGAGUGGGCCACUCUGCCUUCUAAGAAGGAUCUGCCUCUGUGACUGGAGAAUGCUGUGCUUUUAUGCAUUUUUGCCAUAUGCUUUGGGGAGGUUUGUGUGUCCCAUGCGGUUCAGGGGGGUGGGAGUUCAGGGGGCACGUGCAGCUGGGAGGCAGGACAUUGACCAUCCACCUCCCUCCCAAGGUGGGCUUGCGUGCUGCUCUGCUCUGCACCCGUGCCGAGACAAAGGGGCCGAUCCUUUCUGCUGCUUUGACAUUUCCCCCAUCCUGGUGUUAACGUGACUUAAGAGCUUUAGCACUUAACUAGCACUUUACAUCUCCAAGGUGCUGCUUAAUUAAUCCUCACUGUGAGGUAGGCACUAAGUAUUACAUUAUGUUAUAAUUGCACUUUGCAGUGAGUAAACUGACAAAAAUUAAGGAGAAGUGCCUCGCCCAAGAACUGAGGCGGCAGCGACUGCAGAGCUGGAAGGAGAGGAUUCCCCCUCGCUGCUCAGCCGCUUUCUCCUUCCUGGUACUCUGUGGCUGUGCAGGCGUUCCCGUUCUGGAGGGCUUGUUCUACAGCGAGUGAAGGAAAUAAUGGCCAGGAGAAGAAAGCCAGGAACCAGGGAGAAAUGGCUGGUGGUCUCCAUUGCACAUUACAUGUGGAAAGCAGAUUGCAGUUCUCCUUCUUCCAUGUAGGGUGGGGGAAUGGAGACGCUGCAGGGGUUCUUGGACUCCAAAUCCCAACAGGCCAGCAGCCAGUAUGGCCAGUGGUAAGUAAGCAAGGAUGUAGUGAUGUAUGGAAGUGAGAGCUGGACCAUCAAGAAGGCUGAUCGCCGAAGAAUGGAUGCUUUUGAAUUCUGGUGCUGGAGGAGACUCUUGAGAGUCCCAUGGACUGCAAGAAGAUCCAACCUAUCCAUUCUGAAGGAAAUCAGCCCUGAGUGCUCACUGGAAGGACAGAUCCUGAAGCUGAGGCUCCAAGACUUUGGCCACCUCAUGAGAAGAGAAGACUCUCUGGAAAAGACCCUGAUGCUGGGAAGGAUGGAGGGCACAAGGAGAAGGGGACGACAGAGGGCGAGAUGGUGGGACAGUGUUCUCGAAGCUACCAGCAUGAGUUUGACCAAACUGCGGGAGGCAGUGGAAGACAGGAGGGCCUGGCGUGCUCUGGUCCAGGGGGUCACGAAGAGUCGGACACGACUAAACGACUCAACAACAACAACAAAGCAAGGAUGGGAAAUGUAGUCUAGCAAUGUAUGGGGCCCACCCCACCGGUUCCCUACCCCUGAUGUCGUGUAGGCUGGAAAAACCACAAAGAGCCCUGUGGCACCCAGGAGACACGUUGGCAAUGGUGUAAGGGUUUCCAGACUGGAACCCAUCUCUGUCUCACGUCACGCCAGGCUUCUGAUGAAGCAGAUUCUUGCAGCAGCAGCAACAGCGUUGGCCGUUGUCAGUUUUCUGAUCUGGCCACGAGACUCUUGUUUGGGGUCAAGCACAUUUCUUACAGCACAAGACCUCCAGGGACCAGAGCCCCCUUCGUGGGGUGGCUCAUUUGGCAGUUCUGUGUACCCACGUCGGUGCAGAGAGAGAAAUCAUGGAAGGUCAGGUGAAAACGCAGAGCAAAAAACAAGGAGCCCGGGCUGGACUACAUCAAAGCUUGACUGCAUGCAAAGUGAGCCUGGAGUCACGAUUCAGCUCAGGUGACCAGAGAUACUUGUGCGCUGACUAGGCUUUCUGUGGGCAAAUGGCUCCUUUGCAAGGUCGUAAGUGGGAUGUGAAGAGGUUUGAAGGGCUGCUGAAGAAAGAUAAAGACGCACCAGCGAAGGAUUUGUUUGCUUAGAAACAAAUGUGCUUAUUUAUUUUGUAGUUUACCUGACACGGGGCAAUUCCCCGCGGAACUUGCAAUCAAGUUUGGAAACCGACCAAAUUGUUAAAACGUCCAACAAUAAAACCAAUUCCAUACCUGAAAAAGCACCAGCUUUCAUCGGGGGAAAGUGCGCUGUUCAUGUGGCAGCCUUUUCUGCACAUUGGCUUGGCAGGACUUUUGAGCAAAUGUGAAUCAGAAUGGGAUGCAAAUCUCACUGAAAGUUGUUCUCUUUUGCGGCCCGUGGUGGGUUUUUUCUUAAGUAAAUGGAAGGGUUUGGGGAGCGUUCAUGUACCAGACAAAGAAGCAGGUCUCUGCACCCAUGCACAUUUGCUGGAGCUGCGUGCAGAUUGGACCCAGAUCUGAAGGCACGCAUCAUCUAUCCACAUUGUAUUGCUUUGAGCAGGGUGUUUAUCUGGAUGAAUUGGGCUGUGUGUGCAAUUUCAAAGAAUCAGAGAAUCGUAGAUUUGGGAAGAACCCCAAGGCCUAUUUAGUAAAAACCCCUGCAAUGCAGGAAUCUCAACCAGAGCAUCCAUCUCAGAGCCAUCAAGCAAUCGGUCCAACGGUAGUUGGAUGGAGAUGCCCUUUCAUACACCAAACAUUUAAUUCCAAAGAUCUCCCAAGGAGCAGCUCUGUGUGGGAGCUGUUUGGGGUUGUGCCGCCAGAGGGGAUUCUGGACUAGAGGUACCAGAUUCCUGGCUUGGUCUGCCUGCCCCUGCGACCUUCUCCCGGGGGCUAAGUCCUCCUUCCCCUCCCUCUCAGCUAUGGAAUCCCUGACAGAUGCAUAAAUGAAUCUGCAACUGCCCUCUUUCUCCCUUGUCGCCCUGGCAGUGCAAAACUUCCAACUUUCUGAACUGAUCAAGUUCCCUGGCGCAGGCGGAAGCCGUGCCCACGUCCUGGCAGGUGUGAGACUGCAGGGCUUAAAAUUAGGCCUUUAAUUGCUUGUAAUGAAACUCUGUUGGGGUAGCUGAGGAGAUCAGCGGAUAUUUUUGCGAAGCUAAUUUGGUCCAUGUGACAUUUCCUUGGACAGAUUGCUGCUAACGCACAGCAGGGACUGUGGCGGCUGAGCCAGCCGAGAGCAGAAGGGAACAGGAUGUGUCUUCGCUUGGUCUUCUCAGACAAUCCCUCUGGACCACUGGCCUGAGCAUGGCAGGCACUGGAGAAGUCUGAUGCCGUUUGCACAGGGGAGCCUCUUGCCUGCUGCGUGUGGGCCUCGUAGGAUCAUGGCCUCAAGUGGGUUCCCUUUGCCUCCCCUGGAUGCUGGCCUCUGGCUCCCCCUCUCUCUCAGGGCCCCUGGAGGUGCUUAUUUCGCAGGGGCCCUCCAGUGGCACACUUACCGUAUUUUUCGCUCUAUAAGACGCACCAGACCACAAGACGCACCUAGUUUUUGGAGGAGGAAAACAAGAAAAAAAAUAUUCUGAAUCUCAGAAGCCAGAACAGCAAGAGGGAUCGCUGUGCAGUGAAAGCAGCAAUCUCUCUUGCUGUUCUGGCUUCUGGGAUAGCUGCGCAAGCCUGCAUUCGCUCCAUAAGACGCACACAUUUCCCCUUACUUUUUAGGAGGGAAAAAGUGAGUCUUAUAGAGCAAAAAAUACGGUACUUUUAUUUACUGUAUUUUUCGCUCCAUAAGACACACUUUUUUCCUCCUAAAAAGUAAGGGGAGAUGUCUGUGCGUCUUAUGGAGUGAAUGUGUGGUCAAUCACUGGCUCCCUUUCUGGCCCAGGCCUCCAUUGUUGAAUGUUCUGCAGACGGAGGCUGUUUGUUUCCCCAGCGAUAUGUGACUGGCUGAUUAGAUUAUCUGUCUGGAAACUGUAGAAACUGCUCCCUUUCCUUUCCUAAUAGAAGCUGCAGAACUGUGAGUUGAACCCCAUAAAAACAGGGUUUUUUCCCUUUGCAAAGUAAGCUCAACAACUUUGAGCUGAUCCUCAAAAAAGGGGCUUUUCCCCUUUGCAAAAGAAGCUGCACAACUGUGAGCUGAUCUCCCCAAAACGGGGCUUUCCCCCCUUUCCUCCUCUAAAAACUAGGUGCGUCUUAUGGUCAGGUACGUCUUAUGGAGCAAAAAAUACGGUAUUUAUUGAAUUUAUAUACUGCCCUAUACCCGCAGGUCUCAGGGUGGUUCACAGGUCCUACACUACACAGUUGCUCAUAGUCCCUAAAUUUAUUAAGAGAAAGGCUACUUCAGUGCAAUCCUAUGAAUUUCUACUAAGUCCCACUUAGUUCAAUGAGUCUCUCCCCAGGUGUAGGAUUGCAGCCUAAGCCGACUGCUUAAAGUCUCUUAAUGUACAAAAGUUGGGUAUGUAGUAAAAAAACCACAAUGCUAUUACGGUACAAGUUAGCCGAGCAAAGAGCUGUCAUUCACUAAAAUAAAACAGAAUAAGACAAUCAAUUAAAGCAUUUCAGAAAUACUGACCUUCGGGAAUCUAGCUAAAGUUGAAUUUAUCCUGGAACCUAGUUAGGAAGUACAAGAGCCCAGACAAUUUUAAGGUAGAUUUCAACUGAUAACAUUUGGUGCCCUGUGUUUUUAAAACACAUACAAAAUAAGACUUGUUAAAAUACCCGUUCUGUAUUUGUAAGAAGCUGGUCGCUUUGGGAGGGGCCACCUGCACUUUGGAACUCCCUGCCACUUGAUAUGCUCUACUCUUUACGGUGCCUGCUAAAACAUUCUUGUUUAGACAAGGCUUUCCGGAUGCUUAGUAAUCUGGUGUGAAUUUUAACCUGUUUUAGUAUUUUAACUUUUUGAAUUAUGGUGUUGGAGGAGACUCUUGAGAGUCCCAUGGACUGCAAGAAGAUCCAACCUCUCCAUUCUGAAGGAAAUCAGCCCUAAGUGCUCACUGGAAGGAAGCUGAGGCUCCAAGACUUUGGCCACCUCAUGAGAAGAGAAGACUCCCUGGAAAAGACGCUGAUGUUGGGAAAGAUGGAGGGCACAAGGAGAAGGGGCGACAGAGGACGAGAUGGUGGGACAGUGUUCUCGAAGCUGCCAGCAUGAGUUUGACCAAACUGCUGGAGGCAGUGGAAGACAGGAGGGCCUGGCGUGCUCUGGUCCAGGGGGUCACAAAGAGUCGGACACAACUAAAUGACUAAACAACAAGUAUUUUAACUUUUUUAUGUUUGCUGUAAUUUUUAAUUGAUUUUGUUGUUUUAUCUUCUCGUAAACUGCUUUGAGGGUUGGGUUUUUUGGUUUUCUUACAAUCUAGCGGUAUAUAAAUUUUAUGCAAUAAAUAAGUAAAUAAAUAAUGUGGUGAAGACACACACAGUUCCACAAAGGAGCCUGGUUAUGGGGAUGCUGGCAGCUUCUCCUUUCCAUCGGUGAAAGGAGGCGAGGUGCUUGGCUGUGGAGAAAGAGUCGUCCGCAGCAGAGGCCUGGGAGGCUCCCGGAGGGGCCUGGCAGCUCUGAUGCAGCCCCCAGACCACCUGCGGGGAGAGAAGAGGGUGAAGAAAGCCCAGCACCUCCUUUCCAUUGAAGGGGGAGCCCUGCUGCUGGCGAACAUCGCGUCCUCGCGGCUGCUGGCACUGCCAGAACCUGGACCCCAUGCCAAAAGCAGCCCCCGGAAGUGGGAGCCCCCGCUGCUUCUUUUCAGCUCCGUCCUCUGCUGAACCUUCUCUGGUCUGGACUGGUCCUUUUUGUCCGUUCGGGUUUUAUUUUUGACUCUCUGGUGCCAAAGAAGGGAUAAGGUAACGUACAAACGUUUGAAGCAGAGAUUGGACAUGGUUUGCAUGUGCCAUUUGUCCUAUUCAGAACUAUUGGCUUUGGCCAGGGUUGUUGUUAACAGCGACGACAAAGGAUUCCUCAGUUAAGGUGGAUGGGGAGGGGGGACAGAGGACAGGGCCAUUCAUUUAUUUGUAAACCCCCCCCCCCCAUGAUUCCAUUCAGAGGAGCACAGUGUGCCAUGUAGAUCCCUUGCAAAGAAGAACAACUCCUGCUAGGUAAUCCCAGCAUUGAAAACAUACCAGCAGCAAGUGCAAAGAGCUCCCCGAAUGCUAAGUAGACCUUUCUUGUUUGCUUUGCUUUUUGUGUGGAACUGGGUCACUUCCCUCGGCUCCUUAGUUACCGUCCACUCACUUGCCUCUCUCUCUGCACGGGCGCCAGAAGGAUUGUCAGUCCUUCAAAAUCUAGGUGUGUGUUGGGGCAGGCUUCUGGCUUUCCUCCUCUAGAUCGUGGGUCAACUGGUCUCUUUCACUCCCUUUUAUUUUAUUGCAAACUUUUCCAUGCCUUUUUUUAAAAGGUAUUUUGUCUCGGGAGCUGCAUCUGGUUUAAAUGGGAGGAAAAUAAUCUCGUUUUCGUGGCAGGGAAGGAAAGGGCCAGCAAGGUUUUCAGCUCCAUCCCAACCCUCCCUCCUUGCGAAAAUUAAAAUCCAGAUUUGCUACUGACGUUUCUCCUGGAAGGAAGCAACCACACUGUAGUUUAUCUUGGUUAAACAGGCCGGGUCCACAACAAGCAUGGGGCAGGGAGGAGCCUCCCUUUCUGAGGGGGUGUGGAGGAUGCUAGCGGUGUGCCCAGGCAGCCUCCUUGCCUGACCCUCCCCUCUGCGUGUGCUUGGGUGCAAAUUGGAGGUUUCUCUGGCGACUGCUGUCCAGCGGCCUUGGAGGUGAUGCUCUCCCCAUGCUCAGCAGUCAGUUCCAAGCCCUGAACCUGAUCCAGCUCCCAACUGGGAGCCUGCAACCUCCAACUCAGUGCCCAGAUCACUGCUGCAUCCAGGGGGUCCCAAUAGUGCCCCCUCUGCCCUUCUUGCUCUUGACUGUUGUGGCUGCCUUUCAGGAACUUGUCUGCAGAGGCAGAGCCUGUUAUUUGGAGUGCCGAAGAAGCAUUGCUUAAUUCCCUCCUGCAUUCCUUCUAGGAAGCUGAUCUCCCCGGCCGGCACGGAACUGGAAUAUUGCUGUAUGUCUGGGUACAAUGUGCUUGGCAUGUCACUUCUGCGGAUUAGUCUUCGAUUAGUCUUCCUUCAAAGAAAGGCUCAACAGCUUGCGGUGCUAAUCUCUGAAGGAUUUGCCCCCAAGGAUGUGCUGGCCUCGGAAGGCAAGAGGACUCUCGGAGGAGUCUGUCUUUGCCGCAAACAGGGUGGAACGGGUUCCUGAUGCCCACGUGCCCUUCUUGCCCUAGCCCCUCACCCCAGACUUGCUUUGGUGUGGGAACCCCGUUCUGGAGGCUAGCGAGCGUUGCAUUGCAGGGGGUUGGAGUAGAUGACCCCGGGAGUCCCUUCCAACUCUAUGAUUCUGUGCUUCUUGUGGGCAGAGUGACAUCGCACAGGACCAAAGGUUCGCUUAGGAGGCGCCAGAGGGAGGCGGAAACGGCAACCAGCGUGUGGCUUCUGGCUCUUGCCAGAAGAACUAUACAACUUGUAGAAGACAUCUGAAGGCAGCCCUGUAUCAGGAAGUUUUUAAUGUUUGAUGCUUUAUUCUGUUUUAAUAAAAAUAAUAAUAAAUUUUUAUUUAUACCCCGCCCUCCCCAGCCAAGACUGGGCUCAGGGCGGCUAACACCAGAUAUAAAACAAUUGAUUAAAAUGCAACUUAAAAACAAGAUUAAGUACAACAUUAAAAUGCAGCCUCAGUUCGGUAGAAACUCAAAUAAAAAACUUUUUGGGGAAUGAAAACGUCAAGUCUUCACCAAGGCCAACUAUCCAGACUGGUCCUACGUGGGCCAGAAAAAGCCAGGGAAGUCCCCAAAUAGGAGUUCCAUCACAGAAGGAGAAAGGAAAGAGGGGAAGGGGAUCAAGUGGAUUCCAAGCCAAAGGCCAGGCAGAACAACUCUGUCUUACAGGCUCUGCGGAAAGAAAUCAGAUCCUGCAGGGCCCUGGUCUCAUGGGGCAGAGCGUUCCACCAGGCCGGGUCCAGUGUUGAAAAGGCCCUGCCUCUGGUUGAGGCUAGUCUGACUUCCUUAGGGCCCGGGACCUCUAGGGUGUUGCUAUAUAUGGACCUUAAGGUCCUCUGUGGGGCAUACAGGGAGAGGUGGUCCCGUAGGUACGAGGGUCCUAGGCUGUGAUAUUUUAGAUAUUCUGUCAGCUGCCCAGAGUGGCUGGGGAAACCCAGCUAGAUGGGCGGGGUAUAAACAUAAAUAAAUGUUGUUGUUGUUGUUGUUGCCAGCUUCCCUGGAAUGCUCUGGCUCUUGGCAUGAAAACUCUGCCUUGCUCAAAGGUCCAGCAAGGCUUGGAUUCUGGGCUAACGCUUAAUGGCGCCCGUACGCAGUGAGCAAGGUGCCAUAAGGACACUGGCCCUUUUCAUGGGACGGAAUGACCUGUGGUCUCCUGGCUGCCACCUCUUUGCUCUUCCAAGGCACGCUUUGGGUGUCCAGGUGAGCCGGUCAGCGUAGACCAAGGGAAGCUUUCCUACGACUCCCAUCACCCUGGAUCAUGGCCAGCUCUUCCUAUGUUCUUUCAUUUGAAAGUCCACCAAAGGGCCAAAGCACAGUGGCAGACCACAGGCGCAGGGUACCGAGGGACCAUUGCUCUGACUUGGUGUAAACUAACGUCCUGUGUUCAGAAUCUCAAUUUUUCUAUAACUAGCUUUCAGGAGGACGUGGUAGCACUAGAUGCAUUGCAUUUUAUCGUUUUGGUCUGAUGAAAAGCCAGCAGCGAAUGUCUUAGGUUAGUGAGCGCCCAGGCGGGCAGCGCGUUGGCUGGGUGGGGAGUUCAUUAGCUCUCUAAAAAGCCCCCUCUCUGCUGCACCUCCAGCUCUCAGGUUGGCGCCCUUUCCUGCAGUUUCCCAAGCAAACUGCAAAGCUGCCUUUGAUGCUGCAAUGAAAAAGGAAGAAAGAGAUCUCCGUGCAAUUAUUGGGAGCCUGAGGAAGGAGCAAGCUGGGUGGCAAAACACGAAGAGAAGGUCUUCUCCUCCUCCUCCUCCUCCUCUUCCUCCUCCUCCUCCUCCUUCUCCUUCUGUGGGGCUCCAGUAGCCAAAACCUUUGGAGCCAACUGGAUUCUUUUUCCUAAAAGGCCUUUUCUUCAAAACUUGCCGUAAACUUUGAUAAAGUGACAGCAGUGUUCAAACUUGAGCUUUUGUGUUGCAUCAUUUUUUUACAUUUAGCAUAAUUCUUCAGUGGGAAUUGUUCAGUUAUAAAUCCAUUGCUGCGAGCUGCCCCAAGUGCUGACUGAGGCCAGGAAUGCAUUCUUACUCUAUUUAAUUCAAGAAGAACCACUUUGAAUCUGGCUGGAUGAAGGAGAGGAGGGGACAGAAGGACUUCUCAGGAGAUCACGUUGCCCACCUGCUACCCUUGAGGCUGUCAGGGCAGACGGACCUCUUGAUAAUUGUAUAUGACCGCGUGGCAUUUCCCCCACGGAAACCAGACAGGCACCUGACAGGCCUGAAGUUGCUUCACUUGCUGAAAAUGGAUUGGUUUCGCCAAGCAUUUUUAGCUCAUUAAUUUGAUUCAGUGUUGGUCGUUUCUUCCAUAUGUUAUGAUUCUAGAAUUUUAAGACUUUAAAGUUUUAUGAUGUUUUAAUGAUUUUACUGCAUUUCACCUUGAUUUUUUUAAUGAGUUGGUUUAUUAAGAUUCUUCUAAACUAACAGACAGACAAAUGAGAAUACUUGGGUAGUUUUGCACAACUUGCGUAAUUUCUUCCAAUAACAGAACUUUUAUUGCUGUAAAACAUUAAUCUAAUAUUCUUUGACCUGAGGGAGAUUUUUCAGGAACUGUGUAACUGAGGUCUUCCUUGGGCCUGGGGGUGAUUUCAGUCUCUUAAACUGGCUCCCUCCACUCCCAUGCUUUCCCCCAAAGGGCUUCCUGUGCUGCCAGUCCAGCUCUUUUGCACCUGCAGGAUGAGCUGGCAUUUCCAGGGUCCCCUUUCCUAGUCCACCUGGCUGCAGAGAACAUCCUGCCUGUGAGAUGGCCAAAGCCACAACUAGACCUUGAGGACAGACAACUCGCAGUUUUAAAAUUCAGCUAAGUGACUAUGCUGACUUGGCCAUUUGGUGCCCCUGGGUAGUUUCUUGACACCUGGUGUGAGCUGUAGCCCCCCCCCCUUUGUGGAAUAGUUGCUGCUAACUCUCCCCUCUGCUUGUUGUUUGUGUGCAGAGUCGUCUUAAAGAAGCUGUGCAGUUGCUGGAGGAUUAUAAACAUGGGACUCUGCCCCCAGGAGUCACCAACAAAGAGGUAACCGAUGUGCAUGAAUCUUUGUACAAGCUUUGCAUAAGCAUAAGAACCUACUGAUCUGCUGCUAUAAGUUCCAUGGCCAAAAUGUGGUCUGCGCUCUACAGGCGCGUCUGCAUCUUCGAGGGUCAGGUGCACAUCGGAUGUGCUCCCUUCUGCAUCGGAAACCCAUAAUUUAGAUCAAGACAAAGAUGCAUCUAGCCUAGAGCCAAAUAUUCUCCUCUGUGCGUUCUGAUAUUGAAUAGUUUCUGUAUCCUGCUUCACACAUCACUCUAAGCCCUGUGGUAUGUUUAACCCAGCCUAGAAGGCCAACCAUGGUUUGUUUCCCGACAAAAACCACAUUGUGAAGCCAUGGUUUGUUGAUUUCUGGACCAUGGCUUGUUUUCACUACUGCUUAGCAUUGUAUCUGAAGCAAACAACCUUGCUUAACCAUGGUUUGUUUGGCUACCCCAGAUGCUCACCAAGCCACAAAGGUGCAAGGCAAAACAUAGAAGAAUCGUCCAUGAGACAACAUGUGGCUUGGGGAAGAAACCCUGGUUAAAACGGCACUAUCUGUGUACGCAUCCAGCCUCUGAAUAUUUGCCAGAUAUUAAUUGGGUGUUUUAAUAUGUGAUGUUCAUUGAUGCUGGACUUUAGUGUUUGAAAUUUCACACUUUAUUUGACAGCUGACAUGCAGUGGUAUUUAAUGUUUUGACAGUGUUUGUCAGGUUAUGAAGUUUCAUUUUUGACAGCUGCCAGAAUCCAAACAAUCAAAAGAUGCCAAGAAGUCUAUAAAGCAUUCGAGUUCUGAGUUCUGAGGUAAAGAAAACCAGAUUCAAAAUUUGAUUUGAGCAUUGGACAUUUCUGGGGAUCCCAAGUUUCUGCCAGAUUUUGUUUCAGCGCCCUCACAUGUAGCCCAAUGCCCUUAGGAGCUUGACAGUCCCCAACACCUGGGAAAUAGCAGUGCGCUGCCUCUGAAUUUGGAGGCUCCAUUUUUAGCUCUCAUGACGGCCGGCCUUCGUAAGCCUUUCCUCCAUUGCUCUGCUUAAUCCUCUUGAAACCAGUGCUCACCCUCAUCUCUUGUGGCAGAGAACCAUGGCAUAGUUGUGUCCAGGGGUGUGAGCAAACCUGGCGCAAACACAACUUCACAAUCGGAAGGGCCUAUAAUUUUUUCCACUGUGUACUGCCUGCCCCCUGUGCCCAUCCCUAUGGCGCCAGGGGUGCAUGGUUUGGAUUUCCAUCCAUGGGAAGUCUGGACAUGACAAGUUGUUGCAGAGAGCAUCUGGGAGGGGAGACACAUCCUUUCACUUUGCCAUGGCUGGGCUGGGAUUUGAACUUGGGUUUCUUGUGUCCACAACCAACGCUUUGUCCAGUGACCCCCCCAUUGGCUGUGACCACAGAUGUUUUGGAGCAAAGUUAUUUUCCUCUACAGGAGAGGCUCAAGCCCAAAGACUGACCUCCCCACUCCCCAAUUCAUCGUUCAGCCAGUUCAGGGUUCUUCACUACUGUGGCCAGGAAGGCCUCGUUCAGACAUCUUUUGGACAACUGGGAUAGAAAACGUUUGCACGAAAACCCUCUGCACCCUCCUGGGUGGGCAUCACCACUGAAUCGGCUGUGUAGAGGCAGCAGGUUUGCCCUUGUUCAGCCUAACCUACCUGGAUGUUGGGAAGAGGCCUCUUUGUCCCAGAAACAAGGGCUACAGGAGCAAGGAAGAAUUGGGGUGGGUGGGAAAUGGAGACUUUGCCCGUGGGAUGCGGGUGGCAGUUACGCGACGCCAGCUCUGCGCUUGGCGAGUGUCAAGGAGCACCGCCAGGAAUGGUGCUGGGUGGCGGCUGUGAGCCAGUAGGCUGUGAGGGAAAGUGCCUUGCCGGCAGAUGGGCUAAUAAGUGUCUGGCAUGUGUCAAAAGCGCAGAGCAGCUGGUGUUUGGGGAAGGCCCCAUUGCAGGAGGGGUCUGCUGCUAGCGGGCAUUGGUCCCUUUCUUCCACUUGCAUCUCCCCCCCCCCCAAUACCGCCAGAUGACCCAUCUGGCCUCUCCUGGUCCCGUGAAGGUGUGCACGGGGCCAGGUGGGCCACAGCACCACAGAGAGCGCACCGUGAGCAGUUUGUUCCCACAAGCGUUGGGAGUGCCCAGAGACCUUUGAGCGCCUGCCCUCGACUCUGCUCCCUUGGUUGGAGAGCGACCGCCUCCAAAUGAGGCAGCCAUUGAGCUCUUCUCUGGCCCUUCCUCUACCAGAUGAGCUAUUAUGGGGAUGUAACUGAGCAGAAGAACGCUGGGCUCCUUCAACUCUUUAGUCCAUGAUGAUGAUGACAAUGACUUGAUAGUCACUUUGUUACCCAAAGGUCUCUAAGAGACUUGCAGCACCUGUAAAAACAUAAGCAUAGACAUAGUGUACUAUUUUUAAAAAAAUCAUACAAAAGCUACCAUGCAUUAAAAUGUUUUUACACUAUGCAAAAACAGAACCACAGGAAGCUUAGGCAGCACACUACUAAUGUGCAGAGCAAGGAUCUGUUGCAUUCUUCUUGUGGCUCCGUAUAAUGUGAUGCACAGUAGCAGUGUUAAAUAAAUAAAUGAAGUAAUCCAUCCACAGAACAGAUCAAAACUUGGCGGCGGCGGGCAACUCAGCAACGGCGUGGAAGCAACUGUGGCAAACCUGCCACAGUCGUUUCUCCAGCUAGUUAGUCAUUGCUACUGUAAAAGAUGAUCCGAAGUGCUUAGAAGGGAUUGUUUGUGUCGCAAAAGUGCACUGUAGUUAAGUGUAUUUGAUUUGUUCUUAACUAGGGAUGCUUGAUUCUGUCUGUUCCCAUCUCAGCAGCUCACAUGGUUGCCGCCUCUGUGCUGAAAUGCCUGGUGAUGAGGCGGAGGGAUAGAAGGGGCAGCAGGCAGCGUUUCUGAGUCUUCCCGUUUCUCAAAGUAUGUGUCAGCAGCUCUGUCCUCAGCUGCCUGGAAUUAGCCUAAAAAGUUUUUAAAGAGUGGCUGACCAGCCAUUUGUCAGGGAUUCUUUCGCUGUGAUUCCUGGGUUGGAAUCUACAAUUCUUUGAUUUGAUGGCAUUGCUCCCCCAUGUCUUACCCAAGCCACCUGGGAUGUGAUGCUGGGGGCAAGGAGAGACUAUUCUGGGCUGGGCAGCGCUACUGUCUUUGCAUCCUGCUUACGGGGGCUUCCAGGACGCAUCUGCUGGAGACACAGUUCUCAAACAGAGGGGCCCUUGGUCUGACCUGGCAGAAGAUAUCUGACUUCCCUCCUUGUAUGCUGGUUCCUGGCUGCUAUGGAGGGCUUGAGCAUGCUUGGGCAGCCCUCUUCAGCGAGGCCAGGUUGGGAUGUGGAGCUGUAGGACAGGCCCCACAGCUCAUUAAUGACAGAAAUGAAUGGGGGGAAACGCACCAGACUCCUCUGCUGUGGAACCAGUGAUGAGUGUCCAGCGAACAGCUUGCUGAGGAAGAGGUGUUACCCAAUUCCUCCGCUGAAGGCUGCUCAUCGGAGCUCGUCCUUGUGUGCCGCUAAUGAUGGUAACAUGCUGUCGGCGGCCAUCGCCAAGGUUUCCCAGCACUGCGUGGGCUGCCGUGGGGAGGAGGAAGUCGGCAGGGCCUGGGCUGCCUUCGUGGCUGCGGGGGCAACUUCUCGGCUCUCCUGCUCAGUUCCAGCUUGUCGUGAUCCCUGCUUAGCGGAGCAUACAGAAAACGUGACGCUGCAGCCUCCACUAACCUGGCCCCUUCCAGGUUUUGGGGGCUGAAUCUCCCAUCGCUUGGAGUGUCAGGUGGCCAUUUCUGAACCCAGGUAGCCUGAUCAGUUUUGUCAACUGAUGAGUAACCUCCAGGUUGGACUACUGUAGUGUUCCGUUUGUAGGGCUGCCCCUGAGGUUGACCCGGGUGGCGUGGCUAGAGCAAAAUCCCUCUCUUGGCUGCUCCCUGGAGCAGACUCCACUACGCCUCUGCUGGAAGGAUUGCACGGGGUGCCAAUCUGCUGGACCUGGUGUACGGAGCCCCAGCUUGGGAGCACAGGUUACCUACUAAGUUAAUUUGUUUGUGAAGCUUGAGAACUCAGAGGAAGCGCUGAAUAGAUGUCGCUCUUGUUUAAAGAGAGAGUGAGCAGAAAAUAAUGACAGCAGACUUUCAAACCUCCUACCAAACCUCCACGGUCCCCUCCUAGGAGUUUCCCCCUUCGUGGAGGAAGUUUGGAGCUUGUUUUCCAGCCUGCCCAAAGGACCCGCAAGAUCAGAGGAGCCACCAAGCGUGGCAUGUUGAGACAUUCUGAUAGAGAAGCCUGUGUCUGGAUGGCACUAGCUGCCUAGGGCUAAGUUUCUAGGGCUCUCUGGCUUGCAGCUCAGCUUCUUGGCUCUGUGGAGAUGCCUGUGAGGCUGGGAACAGGGUCCCUUCUCCCCCCAGUAAUAAUUUUGGGGGUAUUCUCCUCUUCCUUUUGAAAGACAAGGAAGAGGCGACAUGAUAGAAAGCUUUUAUCCCUCUCCCAUAAGACUAGAACUCAGGGACAGCCAGUGAAGCUGAAUGUCGGAAGCUUCAGGGCAGAUAAAAGAAACGACUUCUUAAUGCAGUGCAUUGUUAAACUAUGGAACUCCCUGCCCCAGGAGUUGCUCUUGUGCUGGAAUCCUGCUUGGGGUUUUCCAAGAAGAGGCAUUUGGCCACUGUGCAAACAGGAGGCUGGGCUUGAGGAGCCCUCUUUGGCCCGAUCCAGGCUCUGUUCACCUUCUUAUCAUAUUAACACUGCAGCCAGGGGACUUCCCCAUAUAUUUUCCUGGUGAUUAGCCUAGGCUGGUCACUUAGAGCAGGGGUCAGUAAGGUUUACCUCACCUGGGCCGGUUCACUCCAGCAGAGAUCCCAUCUGCGCGUGCGCCCGGAAUUUCCGACGUCUGCGCAAGUGCAGAUGCAAUUUCUGGUGCCGCGGAAGCGAGUCCCCACACCGCGCUGUGCCAGUUUAGCGCAGCGAGCGGGGACUCGCUGAGCGGUCGGCUCGGUUUGGGGGCGGCUCGUGGGCCGGUUUAACGACCCCUGUGGGCCACUUGUGGCCCAUGGGCCUUAGGUUGCUGACCCCUGAUUUAGAGGGCCCCUUCCUGCCUCUUCUGUUGCAACACUCCAGUCUAUGUAGGUGCAGGAAACUUCACAGCUUUUGGCUCACAGUUGUCAGAUGAGGCAUGUAGACAAAUGUCCUUCCUCAUUGAGGAGAGGGCCAUUACCCCCAAGCUCUGCCUCCACAGCUGGAGAAUCCUGCUUGGAUCCUGCCUGCAGGUUUCCCUUGGGCACACCUGUUUGCAACUGUGAGAACAGGAUGCUGGGCCAGAUGGGCCAUGGGCCUGAUCCAGCAGGCUCUUCCGAUGUUCUCUGGUGUAGACGAUCUCCAGCCCGUCCUGCUUUCUGCCUCGCUCUCCUCCGCUGGCCAUGCCUCUGACCACAGCCUCCUGGCGGCAAGGUAUCUCACCCAGCUGCCGCUUCCCUCACCUUUAAGUCCUUUUAAUUACUGCUCCCACCAGCUGCUGCAGAAGAGCUAAACGGAAAUCGCCACCCAUUUAACACAAGCAUGCCCCCUGUGAAACGGGAUGGCUAGGCACCGCCCUCCGCUGGCCUGCUCCUGGGAAGGUGAACUUGCUCUCCCCUUCCCAAUCUCCAGCCUGCUUCUGCCUGCCUUCCUUGACUUCGCACCCCUCCUCGCCCUUGCCGAACGCAGCCUCCUCCGCAGCUCUCUCUGCCUGGAGACGGAUUCAUCUCCCUUUGUGGCUGAAGUGCAAAGAGACUCUGCCACCCUAAUGGGCAGGUAUUUAUUGCCGGGCUCCCCCUUCAAUCAGGCUAGCAGCGGGAAGGGCCCCUCCCGCUGGCUCAGGCACAGCAGAGGACAGUGAGUCUGCCGUAGGCCAAACAGCAUCCCUUUGCGGGGAUAAAUGGCUUUUCUUUUACACUGUUGAUGAAGAGCGAAGAGGUCUGUUUGCAGUAAAAUGGCACUUUGCACUUCCUCCCGCCUCGCCUGGCGCCUAAGUAUUACUCAGCCCUGCACAAGAUACAGAUUGCAGGAUGCUGGGGCCUGCAGUCUGAGAAGCCCUUUAACAGCCCUUAGCGGGAGGAAGGGUCCCCCAUUAAAGGCCCCCCAGUUUGCCCCAGUUUCCCACAAGGUGCCUGAUGGAGGUGGCCAGGGCAGAGCCUGUUUCACCAGCUGGUGUGCGGUGGCAGCGGGUGCCCCUUGGGGAUGGUAGGGCAGAAGACGGGGAGACCUGCCAUAGGUGGUGCCAGGCGGGGCCACCUUAUUCCAGCUUUGUCCCCCUCUUCGUCUCUGCUAAAUUCCACGAGGGGCAACACAGAGGAGGAGGCUGGCAGACAGGGUAGCUUGAGGCUGGUGGGGCAGUGCCCCCUGCGUGCCUCCUAAUGGACCAGCCUCCAUGGCAGGGCGAGGGGCGCCUUGGCACACUCUCACCUUCAGCAGAUCCACCUCCUGAGCAAUUGGGGACUUGACUGUGGGUCUGAGUGAGGCUGUGGGGAGUGGGGAAGAGAGCACUCGGCUUUCCUGAGACCCAGAUGUCUGCGCCCGUGGCAAAGAGAAGGGGGAGAUGUGAGCUUCUGCCUUCCUCGUUCAGGUAGAGCUGCUGUGCCACAGACCUUUGGCUGUCCCCAGUGGCUGUGGAUUUGGAGGAAUCGGGGUCCUGCCACUUUUGGGUUUCUUCAAACUGUAUUGCUCCUUGAGAAGCUCCUUGGGAAGCCUUUCUCUCUGGCUGCCUCUUCCACGCCCCAGAGAUCGGCAGGCCAGGCAAGGUGGGCAUCUCUCUCCCUGCCCUUCUUUUCUAAUUAACCUUUGUUGUUGUUGAGUCGUUUAGUCGUGUCCGACUCUUCGUGACCCCCUGGACCUGAGCACACCAGGCCCUCCUGUCUUCCACUGCCUCCCUCAUGCUGGUAGCUUCGAGAACACCACCCCACCAUCUCGUCCUCUGUCGUCCCCUCCUCCUUGUGCCCUCCAUCUUUCCCAACAUCAGGGUCUUUUCCAGGAAGUCUUCUCUUCUCAUGAGGUGACCAAAGUCUUGGAGCCUCAGCUUCAUGAUCUGUCCUUCCAGUGAGCACUCAGGGCUGAUUUCCUUCAGAAUGGAGAGGUUUGAUCUUCUUGCAGUCCAUGGGACUCUCAAGAGUCUCCUCCAACACCAUAAUUCAAAAGCAUCCAUUCUUCAGCAAUCAGCCUUCUUGAUGGUCCAGCUCUCACUUCCAUACAUCACUACUGGAAUUAACCUUAGGAAGACCCUUUUCUCACCUGCUUUCCCCCCCCUGCUGCCUGCACCAUUACAUGAGGAUCAUGUGAGAAGCAGCCCCUCUUGGGAGGUGUCUUGCGGGUCUGGCUCCCUUUAGUGACCCUUGCCUGAAUCCUUCCUUGCUUCCUAGGGGGAUGGUGUGAGGACUAAUUAAUUCACGUCAGUAAAGUGUUGUUUGAGUGCAUUUUUAUUAUCUUGUCACUUUCAGAACUUGACUCCAUUAGGUUGCAUGCUAUUUUACAUUGGAGUAAACCCAUUGGUUCCGGCAGGGCUCUUCUCCGUGGGACUGCAAGAGAGUCAGAUACUUGUUUUGCCAUGCUGCAGGGGAGGUGGGGGCUGGGUGCGAUGUUGCAGUUCCCACCCCGGGUAUUCCAAGUCCCGAUGUCUCUUGAGUCAGCUACACUUGUCCAAAUCUGCUGAAUUGCUGGUUUAGGUUGCUAAAAUUUAGGGUGCUAAAGCAGUCACCCAGAGGCCAAUUUAACUGCAGUCAGGUACGCUCAGUGGGACUUACUUCUGAGUAGACAUGCCUAGGAUUCCACUGCUCAGAGGACUUUUUGGAAGAGUGCAGUGGGUCAUUCUUGAAAAGUGUUGUGCCAUUUGGAGUGAUGUGAUUGUAUUCUCUGUUAUCUGAAUACAAAAUAAUACAAUCGUAGAAUCGUACAGUUGGAAAGGACCACGAGGGCCAUCUGGUUUCACUCCCUGCAAGGCAGGAAUCUUUUGCCCAGCGUGGGGCUCAAACCCACAACCCUGAGAUUAGGAGUCUCAUGCUCUGCUAUUUGAGCUGGCAGGUGCCAGGGUGCCCUUGCACUUUAUACAUCCAUUGAUGCAAAGUACCGUAGAUUCUGGCGUAUAUGAUGACUUUUUACGGAAAAUCCUCUAAAAAGUCGGGGGUCGUCUUAUACGCUGGGUAUGGGUUUGCUGGGCAGCAGUAGUGGGCAGCAGGCUCCACUCCGCACCAGGAGGAAGCCGCCCAGCGAAGCCGGCUUAGCAUCGCUGGGCAGCUUCCUCCCAGCGCAGAGCCCGUCGCCCACUGCCGCUGCCCAGUGAAGCUGCCGCGUAUGACUGGCCGUAUAAGUCGACCCCCCAAAUUGGCAGCUGCCAAUUUGGGGGGUCGUCAUAUACGCCCAGCCGCCUAAUAUGCCUGAAUCUACGGUACUCACCUAGAAUGUGUUUUUCCCUCACCUGGCAGGAGGGGUGGAUGCAUCGCUCGGUUCUGCCCCCCCCCUAAAUCCUGGCUAUGCCCAUGGGCAGCCUGUCCCACAUUUCUCUCGUUUUAAUUAAACUAUAAUCUGUUUGAUUGAGCGUCAAAGGGUGGGUUUUCGUGGGGAAAGCUCUGGGCAAAACACAGCAAUGCUUGAAGACGGAACUUUUAAGUGUGGACCUGUGCCUGCAAAGGGCAGGGCAAAACCUAAGCGUGGAUAAGCUCUUGGUUGCUGGGUGGGGUUGCAAGCGCUGCUCAGGUGGCCCCCAUCUUGCCAGCCACGGGCAGUGGGAAGGCACAACUACAGACACCUCUCCGGCAAGGGUCAGGGACCACCACCCAUCUCGUGUUUUGGAAAAUGGUGGGAUGUUCAGGAAACUCGUGCUUCGGUUUCCACAGCGAAUUUGUUCAGAGGCAAACUGGGUUGUGGAUUCUUGGCCUUGCAUCCUGUGACAUUUGUUUUGCAUGUGCACCGACUCUGCAGGCUCCUGGGCUCACCUGACUGAUUCCCCCCCUAACAAGCAACAUUAAUUAUGUUCUUUUGUAUUUCUAGCUUUGGAAAGCACAAAAAAUUAAACAGGUAACCCACGCUUUGCUUCUCUUUUAUCGUGCUGCUGCUGCCUUUUUGCCUUCCUGCAAAAGUGGCGAGUGGUGGUUGUCCUUGUCUGUUUGGCUGACUGCUCUGAUUGCCCAACGGGAUGCCUGGCCUUUCCUUGCCCUGGGAGCUGCCCUAGGCUUCACUUUUCCAUUAGGGUCAAGGAGGAGUCGCUGCAGGGCCCCCAGACCAAGUGAGAGGCAAUGCAUGGUUUCCAAGCUCAUGGGGAUGCUGGAGGGGGGUGGAAUAGACCCAAUUGCAGGUAGGCGGAUUGCUCCUGCUGAAUCUAACAAAGGGUAAAGCAGCCUAGAGGAUUCUCCAGGUGUACCCCGUCUUUGGGAUGCGGGUGGCACUGCGGGUUAAACCACAGAGCCUAGGACUUGCCGAUCAGAAGGUUGGCGGAUCGAAUCCCCGCAACGGGGUGAGCUCCCGUUGCUCGGUCCCUGCUCCUGCCAACCUAGCAGUUUGAAAGCAUGUCAGAGUGCAAGUAGAUCAAUAGGUACCACUGUGGCGGGAAGGGAAACGGCAUUUCCAUGCGCUGCUCUGGUUCGCCAGAAACGGCUUAGUCAUGCUGGCCACGUGACCCGGAAGCUGUCUGCGGACAAACGCCGGCUCCCUCGGCCAGUAAAGCGAGAUGAGCGCCGCAACCCCAGAGUUGGCCACGACUGGACCUAAUGGUCAGGAGUCCCUUUACCUUUACCCACUCUUUAGGCACCCCAAGGUGUGGAUCCAUUACUCGUCUUCUCAUUUACAACCGCUUUGCCUGCAAAUCAAACAAGUGUGGACCUCCCCAGAUGGAGUUUCUGCCUUCUAAAAGUCCUUCAUUCCUGCAUAAUUUCUGCUUGUCUCAUUUUAAGCCAAAGGAGAUUGGUUCUUAAUUUCUAAAAGGAGAGGCUGGUGUGAGGUGCUGGGGGGGGGGGGGAGCAGGCAGUGAGGGGUCCUUGCCUUCCUUUGACCCAUUCCCUCUCACCCUUUGGGACCGGCAGUGGUUGCUUAGUGGCAAAGGAAGGACAUUCUGUGCAUGCUCAAAAGCCUUCCUUUUUUCAUAAAUAUGCCAUAUAUUCCAGGGAUGGAGGGGAAAAAAACCCCACAGUUGGAAGGGAAUCCUUGGUAACUGUGGAGUGCAAUCAUAGUAAAAACUUCAGCAAAGGCCUUUUUCUCACAUAAAAGACCCUCUGUUGCACUUACAUAGUCCGACUGAAUCGGGGGAAUGUCAGCCUGGGAUAAUAAAAAUAAAAUAAAUAAUUAAUAAUAAUAAUAAUAAUAAUAAUAAUAAUAAUUUUUUAUUUAUACCCCGCCCUUCCCGGUUCAAAAACCGGGCUCAGGGUGGCUGACAACAAAUUUAAAACACAGCAUAAAUUCCAGUAUAAAAACAUGAAUAACAAUAAAAUUCAAAAUUCUUUAUUGGUUUUUAGUUUUUCAAAUACCACCUCCUCUUGUGGCUUGAGAGCGUUUAGCUGGGGGGCGGGGAGAGGUGCAUGGGGGGCAACUUUGCAGUGCUAGCCAGACCCGCUUGCGGUUUGUGCCUUUUGAAUGUAUAUGGGGGGUGGCGGUUGGGGGGGUUGUGAAGGAGGUCAUGGAGGCAGGAGAAAAAGUAGAGCAGUGAAUAUGUCCCCAAGGACCACCUCUCUCUCACAGGGCAAAAAUCCUCUGUUAAAGUGCCCCCAUCAUCCCUGGGGUUGUAGGCAACUCACUUGCACCACGGCUGGGAGGGCAGGAUUGGGGAUGGCACCCCCCCUUCCCCUCUACCUUCACUGUGUCUGAUUUCUUGUAGGCCAUCAUCCAUCCGGACACUAACGAGACGAUUUUCAUGCCUUUCAGAAUGUCAGGUAUGGCCCAACCUCGUAAAGAAGCUGCUUGGAUGCAUUAUGUUCCCCACCCAAAAAAACCCCCCAAGAAAUCCUUUAAAAAAAAAUAUUUUGUACUGCUCUUUGGAUUCCCCCACUGUUAUUUUAGGAUGCCAGAAAGGCUUUUGUGGACCUGCAAGCCCCUCACAAUUAAAAUAAAAACUUCUAAAAUUAUAUAUGUACUCUCUCUCUCUCUUUAUGUGUGUAUGUGUGUGUAUACACCUACCGACUGCUCCUAUAGCUACCCUACUAUGAUACUGUUCUACCAGAAUUUGUCAAUUUAAAUUAAACAUUUAAAAAACCUCUUUGUGCUGAGCAUUCCUGCAGGCCCCCUGCUGUGCUUGUGCAAUUUCCACUGGCUUUUGUGGCCCCUGAGACCCCUCCAGAUGCAUUUUUGCAUUGCCUUAGGAAGAAGAGGGAGCCUCUGCCUUAUGAGAGGAAAGGCAACAGGAAGGUCUCUCUUAGGAAGAUCCAGGGGGGAGCAGCAAAAACAACAAGGGGCCCAGUUGGUUAGAGCGUGGUGUUGAUAACGCCAAGGUUGCAGGUUUGAUCCCCGUGUGGGGCAGAUGCCUCUUCUUUCAUUGCAGGGGGUUGGACUGGAUGAUCCUCAGGAUCCCUUCCAACUUGACAAUUCUAUGAUUCUUGCGGCACUUUGAAGACUAGGAAAUUCAUUUUGGCCUAAGCUCUCGUGGACUCAAGCCCACUUUGUCAGACCCGAAAGUGAUGAAGUGGCCUUCAGCCCACAAAACCUUAUGCUGCAAUAAAUUUGUUAGUCUUUAAGAUGCCGCGAGUCACUUUGUUGUCUUUUAAGACGGUACUGGCCAUCUUUCCUUUUAAAGGACUUGCAUUAAAACGAAUUAUUUUUCUUUUCUUUUCAAAAUUGCUGCCUGAUAGGCUGGGGGUGCUCACCAGAGGGUUGUUUUUUUUUAAUUGAUUGAUUUGACAAGUUAAUUGGUUAAAUAUUGCAGCCCUACUUAAAGGAAUAACUGAGACAAAGCUUCCCCAAAAGUGUUUGGGUGACCCUUACCUGCUCUGCAGCCUCGUGGCUGAGCCCUGGCAGUUUUCUUUCUCCCCCAGAGCCAAGCGCUGCCUUGAGUGCGUGACCAGCUGGGAUUGGCUUGCAAGAGCCACCGCAAAUAGCAGCUCCCUCGAUUCAGACUCUCGCCUCCCACUACCAUUGCAUCCCUCAGGGAGGAACAUAGUCUUGCUCAUGGCACGUCAGAUUUAACUCCUCUGCAAGUGUGAUGAGACCUGUGGUAUCAUUGCCUGUGGCCUGAGUACCUUACGUAUUUUAAGAUUUUUAUUUUGCCAUUUUAUGUUGUGAACUGCCCUGAGAUCUACGGGUGAAGAGUGGCGUACAAGUAGUAGUAGUAGUAGCAUACCCUCCAACAUUUCUCCAGUGAAAACAGGGACAUCCCAUUCCAUAAUGAUAAUUUCCCUAUUUAUACCCCACACAUCUUACGGGGUUGCCCCAGCCACUCUGGGCAGCUUCCAACAUACAUGGUUGCCUUCAGAUGGCUCAGGGGUUGCAUAACUUUCUACCCUCCCAACAUUUCUCCCAUGGAAACAGGGACGUCCUAAGGAAAAGCGGGACAUUCUGGGAUCAAAUCAUAAACCGGGACGGCUUCUCUAAAUCAGGGACGUCCCUGGAAAAUAGAGACUCUUGGAGGGUCUGUAGUAGUAGUGGUAAUAAUAAUAAUAAUAAUAAUAAUAAUAAUAAUAAUGUCAGAGUUCAGUAGCAAAGGAUGGUGGAAAGAAUCCUAAUGUCACCUGAGACACAGGAAAAACACAGACGCAGUUCUGAGCAGGGCCAGAUUGAGGCUUGAUGUGGCCCUCAGCUCCUGAAGGUAAUGGGGCCCUUUCUAUGUCCAGAUGUCCUUUGUCCACAACAAAUUGUCGCUGUUUUUUGUGUUGUACAUAUGCUAUAUGGUCAUUUACGGACCUCAUAGGUAUCUCAAGCCAUUUGCACAUGUUGUCAUGCUACCAGUCCAUGCAGAAUGUCGGCACCCUAUAUAUAGAAAGGAGCAAAGCAGGGAUAUUUUAGGGAGCAGGCUAGCAGGCGGGGCCCAUGACUUACAUCACAGGAACCUACACAACACAAAACACUGUCGCUGCAUGUAGGUUUUAUUUCAUUUGUUUUUUAUCUUUAUUUUGGAAAUGUACAUCCAGUUUUUCCCCCUUUAAUUUUUUGGUGGCCCCCAAGAGAGUGGGGCUCUAAGCUAGAGCUUGUUGAGCUUAUACGUAAAUCCGACAUUGGUUCUGGGGAAGGGUGAGGUCUUUUGUCUCUUUCCUCUGCUCUGCAUCUGAGGUAUCAGUUACACUAGACUAUAAACCUAUUUUGGAGUGAUGGAGUCUCUCUCUGUAUAUACUAAAAUAUGUUUCCCCCCCCUUCUUCCUGUAGGUUACAUUCCUUUUGGGACACCUAUUGUGAGUAUUUUAGCAUCUUCUUGCUCCAACGGUGCUUGGCUUUCAUGUUUGGUGCAAAGUACCCUGUUGGCCUUGGAGGGGCAGCCUUUCCAUGGGACACUCAACAUUGAUGCUCCUCUGCUGGCACUGGGGGGUGGGUGGGGUGGGUGGGGGAAGGAGAGGGAAUGGCCCACCUUGGGUUGGGUUCAGCCUGGCAAUAAUCCACUUCCUUUCUCUCUGCCAUGCUCUACUUCCGUUCCUUUCCUCACCCAGCAAAGGCUUCUCCAUCCGCCUGAAGCACUGAAUGAAUGAAUAAAGUUGUUAGAAGUACAAUACAAGGGACAUUUUCCCCUUGGCUGAAGUCAAUGGGGUGAUGCAAGUGGGGCAAAAGGGGAGUCUGGAUGGCAGAAUUUGAGUUUCAGAAGUGGAUGCCAUUUCUGGACAUCAGGGUGCGCCUUUUGUCUUAGGGAUGGAAGAGGCUCAGUCUGAUCCAGAAAUAUUUCUUCUUCAUGAGAAGCCCUUCUUGCCUGGGCCUGAGACCCAGCCUGAAUGCCUGAGAAUAAUUUCUUAUGGUAAAGUAAAUAGGGAGCAUCUAACAGAGGUAUGAGGAGGGGUCUCUCCAGUGUCCUAAGACGGAUUGGUCUUGUUCCCUUAAGAAUAUAAAGAAGAGCCUAUUGGAUCAGAACAUGGCCAGGCAAACUAAGGCCGGAUCCGGCCCAAUCACCUUCUAAAUCCGGCCCACGGAUGGUCCAGGAAUCAGCAUGUUUUUACAUGAUUAGAAUGUGUCCUUUUAUUUAAAAUGCAUCUCUGGGUUAUAUGUGGGGCCUGCCUGGUGUUUUUACAUGAGUAGAAUGUGUCCUUUUACAGUCAUACCUCGGGUUAAAGUUGCUUCAGGUUGAGCGUUUUCAGCUUGCGCUCUGUGGCAACCCGGAAGUAACGGAACGGGUUACUUCCGGGUUUUACCGCAUGUGCAGAUGCUCAAAAUGACGUCACGCGAAUGCGCAGAAGCGGCAAAUCGUGACCUGCACAGACGCGAGUUGCGUUGUGCUCAGGAUGCAAACGGGGCUCCGGAAUGGAUCCCGUUCGCAUCCAGAGGUACCACUGUAUUUAAAUUGCAUCUCUGGGUUAUUUGUGGGGCAUAGGAAUCCAUUCAUAUUUUUUUUCAUAAUAUAGCGCGGUCCACCACAAGGUCUGAGGGACAGUGGACCGGCCCCCUGCUGAAAAAGUUUGCUGACCCCUGGAUGAGACCCACCUUGUCCAGCAUCCUGUUCUCACAGCGGCCACCCAAAUGCCUGCGAGAAGCCAGGGAGCAGAACCUGAGCAGAACCGGAGUCACACUCUGCCGUCCUGUGUUUUCCAGCAGCCCCUGCAUUCAGAAGCCUUGCUGCCUCUGUGAAGGGCAGAGCAGGCUGAUCCUGGCUAGGAGCCACCCAUAGCUCUCUCCUCCUCCGUGAAUCUGCCCAGUCCUUUUAUAAAGCCUUCUGGGUUGGCGGCCGUCCCUGCCUGGUGUGGGAUUGACAGCCACGGUUUAAAGCAUCUUUUUCCCGGAGGUCCCUUGCAGGAACUUCCCCUGCGGCUCAGUCAUCUGUGCCACCCUUAAUGCCACCUGAAAUCAGCUGCCUCGCCUUCGCUCCCGGCAGAGAGCCUCCUGGUUGCGCUGCCCUUCUGCUCCGUUCUUCCUCAGCUCCCCCUCAGUUAUUCUGAGGCUUGAAUUCCUCCCAUGGAUGCAUUCUGGGCCACAUUGCCGGAGACAUAUGGCCCUUCCUGUAAUGAUAGAUCUUGAGGGAGGGGCUGGCAUGGCUCCCAGCACAGAGAGGGGAAAGGUGUCCUUAUUUAUGUUUAACAUUUGGGUGGUAAUCUGUAAUUAACUUUGCAAAAAGUUAAACAGAAAUUUUGAGUUAGCGAUCAGGUUGACACCAAAAUCGGCCCGAAUCCAGACCUGUCAGAGAUGCUGAGAGCUGUCAGCAGAGCUCAGUUUUGUGAGCUGCAAAUGAUAAACUGGAACUCUUUUCAUAAAGCAGAAAAGGAAAGGGGGGAAAAAAACCGAUGUUCAAAUGUUACAUUUUAAUUUUAACAUUUAUGCCAAUUGAUCUGUGAAAUGUAGUGACAUAAUUGGCCGUCUGCUCUCGCAGUCUGAGUCUCAAACUGAGCAUACUGGGAAGAAGCGGGUGGCGAUGGAGGGAGUGGAACUGGGAACCCCCUUCCCUCUCCCCACGGCGGUGUGGGUCUCCAUUGCCUCCACUUCAGGGUGUGCUAAACCUGGGGCUUGCAUUUGUUUGUAAGCCAAGAGAACUGGUGGCUGCUUGUGCCUGGAGUGUGGGGCCUGGGGCCAGAAGAACCCAAGGACAACCAUGCAGCUGGAUCAGGCCAUGGGGGGCCCAUCUGGUCCAGCAUCCUCACGGUGGUCAACUAGACGCCCCAAAGGAAGGAAGCCCACAGGCUGGACACAAGCCGGAGGCAAUUGCUGGAAACCUCAAGAUUUGAGAGGGCUCCUGGGCUUGCAUCCGGGUUGGAGGUUUCGCACAAUGGGCAGCUGGUUGACUGCUGUGAGAACAGGAUGCUGGACUGGUUGGCUGGAUCCAGUAGGGUUCUUCUUGUGCUCUUGUGAUGUAUUCCAUAGUUGAACAAUCUGCCGCUGUGUGAAGCACUUCUUCCUUUGGGAUCUCUCCUGGAUCUUCACUGGAUAGCCCUGAGUUCUAGUCCUACCCCUUUUCUCCACUGCAUCGUGUUAGACUCGUCUGCUGUGUCUCUUCUCACUUGCCCGGCAAGCAGAGGGAGGUCAGGAAGGUGCAUCAAGCAGAUCCUGGUAGGGAGGAAUGAGACUGGCUGGCAGUCAGGCCAGGCCAUCUGAAGGCGGGUCUGGGAACAGCCUGGGAAGAGGACCUGGCUGUGUCCUCAUCUCCUUCGGGAGCCAGAGCUCUUUGCCCUGGAUUUGAUAGACCUGUUGGGGAACCGGUUUGAUAUAAUCACCUUGCGGUUGAGGAAGGUUACACACAUGCACGGCGGCAGGGAUCUGGCAUUCCGACCAGCCACACGCACAGGCAGCGAUGUGGAAAAGCCCCACCUGUUGAAUACCUGCCAGGUAGAGAAGUGUGGGAGACAGGCUCCUUUCCCUUAGGACUAUGCCUGGCUUGGAGCGGCCAGGGCUCUUAGGCUCACCUCUCCCAGAUCUAUGUCUGUAUUUUCAGCCUGACUUCCGUGGGGGUGUGCAUCACCUUAAUGUUUGUGGCCCAUCCUGAUCUCCAGGGCAGGUGAGAACGGGAACUUAAUGAGCAAACAUGUCUGCAUCUGCAAAGGAAUUAACAUACUGUCCCCUGGUGCAGGCCUUUCUGGAGAACUGGGGGGCGGGGAGCCUCUGCAGCCUUUCCUGGCUUCCCUCAGACUCCUUCCAGGUCCACCUGUCCCAAACAGAGAUUCAAUGCAUGCUUGGCUUUGUAUGGCUUUCUAUGGCUUCACGCCUCAUGGUGGAGCUUCUUGGCCACCUUUGGAGAAGGGCAGGUGGGGCGUUGUCAGUUGCUGUUGGGAGAGGUAGUCCCACCCCUCCCCAAAUGCCCAACCCCACCCACUGUCUUCCCUGAAAUCUCCCCCUUCUUUCUCUCUCGCAGGUUGUCGGUCUCCUGCUGCCAAAUCAGACGCUGGCAUCCACCGUCUUCUGGCAGGUAAUGACGACUUGCUGCCUGUCACCACCGCGCUCGAAAAGCCUCGCUUCUGUUCCUUGCUGCAGCCGAAAACACAAGCAGAAUCCCGUCUUUGAGCUUCCUUUUGGCUUGUGGGAUGCAGAGGCUGGAGGGAGGCCGUUGUUUUCUGUGUGGGGUGAUGGGGGAACAGCCCCUUCGGCAGUGGGCUCUCUUUCAGGGAGGGGCCCUUUUAAGAGAGAAUAAGGAGAGCCCUGCUGGAUUACACCGAUGGCCCGUCUCGUCCAGCCUCCUGUUCUCACAGUGCCCACAAGAUGCCCAUUAAAGGAAACCCACAAGCAGGACCCAAGCACAAGGGCAUCUUCCCUUCCUGGCUGCUUCUAGCGACUGGUAUUCAGAAGCGUUGCUGCCUCUGACCGUGGAGGCAGAGCAGAGACGUCACUUGCAUCCCUUUAGGCCAGGCAUGGAGAACCUUCAGCCCGCAGGCCCAGAGGGGUUCCCUAGGAGUCCCCCCCUUUCCUCCCCAGCCAGGCUCACCUGCUCUCACACCUGAGGUCGGUUGUGGGGCAGCACAGCCUUCAGCUGCAAAGGAAGGCUAGGGAGCCCUACAAGUCUAUGAUUCUGUACAGUUGAGUUGGGUAUGUUUAGCCUGGAGAAGAGGAGACCCAGAGGAGAUAUGACGACCAUCUUCAAAUAUCUUAAGGGCUGUCCCCUGGAAGAUGCAGCAAGCUUGCUUUCUCCUGCUCCGAAGGGUAGGACUCGAACCAAUGGCUUCAAGUUCCAAGGAAGGAGAUUCCGACGAAACGUUAGGAAUCUCAUGGUGAGAGCCAUUUGACCGCAGAAUGGCUGACCUCAAAGGGGGUGGACUCUCCUUCCUUGGAGGCUUUUAAGCAGUGGCUGGAUGUCAAAGAUGCUUUAGCUGAAAUUCCUGCAUUGCAGGGGGUGGACUAGAGGACCCCCGGGUUCCCUUCCAGCUGUAUAGUUCUGUGAUUCUGUGAGAGUGGGCUCCUGUUUGUUCCUCUUCUAGCACAACCUCUAUCUGGUGCCUUUUCAGUUUGGAGCCUGUUCCUUCUGCCUCCAGGGCUUGCUUUCUCUGCUGUUCAUCUCUGAGAGCAAGCCCUGCUUGGGGCAGGGAGUCUGCACUGGAAUAAGCUCUUUAGCUAUUAUAAUCUUAGCAGCAGUUAUAACUGGAACAUUUUGAAUUCUGAACGAUUUCUAGGGGCACCAGCCACAGAACGGUUGCCCAGGGGAUGAGCUGCAUAGCACACAGGAAGGAAGCCAUGGGUCGCUCUCCAGGGAAAGAUCAGCCCCUUUGAUGCAGGCAAAUGGACCCAUGCCUGCAGUGCAUCCUAAGGAGAACCCGAGUCCAAAAGAGCAGGGAGGUUGACCAAGGCUGCUCAAAGGUUAUUCCCUGCCUUCCCCUGGUGUUUGCUCUCGUGAAUGGUCUGGGCCUUUUAGCACGGAUCCUGCCCUUAGUGCCAGAUUUCUGUAUAGUUAUGGCAUGCAAGAUGGGAGAGCCCUCAGCAUAAAUUACAUUUCUGCCUAAAGAUGUGAGGAUCAUGAAGGAAGGGUGAGCAUCUUGAUGGGGGCAGGAAAUCUCUUGGGAUGCCUUGGGAACUCUGGAGGUUGUUCCUUGGGAGACCUUCCACCACAGAAAUAAAAAACAUUGGAUUUUCAAUGCAAAAGAUCUUUCUUAGCGCACCUGCCUGGCUGUGUACCAACACCCUCAAAGGCCCCAAGCAGGUCUGCAUUCCAGACACCUGUGGAUAGCAGAUAGUAAGCAUGAAGCGCUGUGUUUCCUUGCACUGGAUCGAGUGUCCUGGUGAUCUUCCUUUUCCUUUCAACCAGCAAGUUCCUGGUCUUCAUGGUGGUGGAGAUGUGCUUGGGAGUGUGUGGGCAGUGCCUGGUCAGGUGGGGAAAGUCUUAAGACCUUUUCCUUUCGGUACGAAGAGCCAGGAGCCAAGGAAAUCAGACAAACGGAUUCAGAAUCUGGAGUACCUUUGGUGCAGAGUGUGCCUGGCCUUGGCUGUUGCUGCGCUUGGCAUUGAGAGUCAAGUAAAGGUAGCAAAAGGAGCAUCGUACAUACCUUUGAACUUUUCGCAGGAAGUCUGGAGGAAAUGGGGCCUCCGCAGUGAGGGCCUCCUCUUUGGACAGCUUCUUGUUCUGCCCCCACUCUGUAAAGUUUCCCCCUCCCAUCCUUUUCACUUUUGCUGUCAUUGCCCUUCCUCUUCCUCCCUCCCAUCCCUCCAGUUUUCUCCCCACCCUCUUCCUCCCUCCUCUCUGACUCCUCUCUGUUUCUCCCCCUCUUCUCUCCUCUCAGCCUCAUUUCCCAGGUUCUGCCCAGCAACUGGAGAGGAACAGAGAGAGAGAGCAGUGCAGAGCCAGUUUUUAGGGUGCAGGUUGCAGCCCAGGUCAUGUCAGGUCAUACCCCGACGGAGGUAAGCGCCACCCAGAGCAGCUCCGCAGGGGGUGGAGGGGAGCUCCUGAGGCCUUGGCACCGGCAGAAGCUGGGCUGCUCAGGGACACCCCCCACCCCCAAAACACACCCUCCGGCACAUCUUUCCUGGAUGUCAGGGGUGAGGGAAGGCCUGCCUCGUCUGCUUAUUUAUUCCAGAUACUUCUAUAUAACACUUAAUACCAAAAAGCAGUGCAGUCUGCAAAAGAAGGGCAAAAGGAAAUAGCAAGCAAGGUCUGAAACCACAAAUACACCAGCACCACCUGAAUCAGUGAAAUUUGGGGGAGGCAAGAACUUAGCAGCCCAGUUUGAGAACUUCUUAAAAGCCCAGGAAAGGAAGAAAGGAGCCGUCAGGUGUCAUUUUGAAGCUCAUGACAAUGGAGGCCUAAAGGGCUAGUUCCACCUUCAGAGAAGGCUCUCUUCUGAGAAAUCAUUAGACAGCAGUCCUCUGUCUCCUCUGAAGUCUCAGGGGGAAGGGGGUCCGCUAGGUAUCCAGGCCCUUUGUGGUUUGGGGGCUUAUAUGACCUCAACACCAUCUUGAACGUGGUCCCAUAUCUAACUGGCUGCCAGCGCAGCUCCUCCAGUCGUGGCGAAAUAGGUGCUUAGCACCGCAGCCUCCUGAGUUCUGCGCUGGCCGCACCUUCUGGGCCAAGCGUGAGGGCAGCCACACAUCAUGCGCAUUGUGCCGUCGGUUGUGAGUUUGUAGGCGCAUGAACUGCAGUGGCCAGAUUGUCCCUGUCCAGAAAAAAAAGGUGUAUCAGGCGGGGAUUCCUGUGUGCCAGUGAGGGAGGAGAUCGUGCUGAGCUGGAUGAGACCCUGGUCCGACUCUGGGGGAGAAGGCAGCUUCUGAGAUGGCAGUGCUUCCUCUUCAGGUGAAUGUGAGGGCAGGGGGCUUUAUUGGAGCCCCCGACAACCACAGUGGGCAAAUCUGUGUACAGUGGUACCUUGGGUUACAUACACCUCAGGCUACAUACGCUUCAGGUUACAGACUCUGCUAACCCAGUAAUAGUACCUCAGGAUGAGAACAGAAAUCGUGCUCCGGCGGUGCGGCAGCCGCGGGAGGCCCCAUUAGCUAAAGUGGUGCUUCAGGUUAAGAGCAGUUUCAGGUUAAGAACAGACCUCCAGAAUGAAUUAAGUACUUAACCUGAGGUACCACUGUACUGCAGGAGCCCCAAGCUACUCUGUGGCCAUGCAGCGCUCCCCCCCCCCCAUUUUCCCAGCACAGGAACUCAGUUGGGAAAGACUGCUGCCCCUGGGCUGGAGGAGCUCUGGGCUCGCGGGGUCUAAGUUAGCAAGAGAGGUUCCAGAGUGUGCGCUUUGGGGGGGGGUGUGUGUGUGUGUGUGCGUGCGUGCGUGAGAACAAGGGAGGGAGUGCUGUAUCUGCCAAAGGUGCCCCUCUCUGCAGGGCUUGUUCUUUCGCGGAUACAUAACACCAUUGUCUGGAUUUGAUAACAAAAACUUCCCUUCCCAGCGGUAGCCAUAAUUGGAAAUGCUGCCUUCCUGCAUGUUUGCUAUAACUCCUUCUUUUCAGCAAUGGUGCUGCUGUUGCCUGCCCACCCGCCGGCCGCUCUCUCGUUCUUUCUCUCUUUUAACCAGCUGUUUGUUCCUCUUUCUUUCUGUUUUGUCCUUUAGUGGUUGAAUCAGAGCCACAAUGCCUGUGUCAACUAUGCAAACCGAAAUGCGACAAAGGUGAGCGGUCGUUUUAUGUGUGCGCCAUUUUCAAGGAAGCUGAUGUAAGUUUCUCCCCUGGCAAGCGCUUGGCCUGCGCCUCUGGCCCCCACCUGAUCCCCCUGGCCAGAGGCUCCUGGAUCUGAGCAUCAGCUCUCAGAGAUCUUCCCGGGGAGAUUCUGCCGCCCUGGGCUGUCGUGAUUGACAGUAGGCUCAGUUGCCGUGGAUUGGAUGAAACAGCCCAGGGAUGGCGCAAGGGCAGAGCCCAGCCACUUACGCCAUCCCUGAGACCUGCAAUGUAUUGCCUUGUUAUAUCUUUCAAGUCUGUUCAUUUCCUCUUGUCCUGUUUGUGGGCCCCAUUGGUUUUUGUGCUCUUAUCGGGACCCCUUCCUUGGCGCUUCUGCAGCGUGCGCACAGGUCGGAACAGGUGGGGCACAAGUUCCCCAUGUUUCCAGGGGCACCAGGGCAGAGGGGCACUCCCCUUGGCACUGGCACAGUCCCAUCUCUUCCCUCAAUCUGCACACAUACAGCCAUGCCCAGAGCAUGCCUGGAAGACACCACAUACUUCCUCUUGUUUGAAUUUUAUUGUUAUUCAUGUUUUUAUACUGUAUUUUAUGCUGCUUUUACAAUUAAUGUAUUUUUCGCUCUAUAAGACGCACCAGACCACAAGACGCACCUAGUUUUUGGAGGAGGAAAACAAGAAAAAAAUAUAUUCUGAAUCUCAGAAGCCAGAACAGCAAGAGGGGUCGCUGCGCAAUGAAAGCAGCAAUCCCUCUUGCUGUUCUGGCUUCUGGGAUAGCUGCACAGCCUGCAUUCGCUCCAUAAGACGCACACACAUUUCCCCUUACUUUUUAGGAGGGAAAAAGUGAGUCUUAUAGAGCAAAAAAUACGGUAAGUGUUUUAAAUUUGUUGUUAGCCACCCUGAGCCCGGUUUUUGAACCGGGAAGGGCGGGGUAUAAAUAAAAAAUUAUUAUGAUUAUUAUUAUUGUUUGCAGUCCCUGUGAGCUGGGCUUGAGGUGGCAUGUUCUGGCUGAAACGUUGCUUUUGUUCUUCUUCCUGCAGCCUUCUCCAACGUCCAAGUUCAUCCAGGGCUACUUGGGAGCUGUCAUAAGUGCUGUCUCGAUCGCAGUGGGUAACCCUUUGGUCUUCUCUCUGUCGGUGUGUUCUGACCGCUGGGCACCUGGGCAAAGACUUUGCUCUGGGCCCAGCCCCUCUGGAUGGCCUCCUCUGCCGGCUGGCGCACUGCGCCUUUGCACCUGCCGCCUUGCAGGAGGCACUGCCAGCCGUGGCUGCGCCCUGGUCGCUUGCCAAGGCCUCCCCAUUGCCAGGGCUAGUCAUUAUUCAGUUCCUUUGCACUGCUAGUUCUCAAUGGGUGAGAAGAGUCUUGCCCUGGAGAACAGGGUAUGUGAUUAUGUUCCUCAAACAGGUGUUUAUGCCACACCUUUUGUUGGGGAAAAAGAAGAUGUGGGGGGGGGGGCUGGAAGAGAGAGAGAGAAUGGCCUGCUUCUUUCUUCCCCAGAUUCGGAGACCUUAGGCCUCAUUAAAUGCACUCUGAUGUCAAUUAGCAGCAAAUCACCUCCUAGGGUGAUCCCAUUAGGACUAGAUGACCUGAAAACAAGUGCCAUUCCCCACCUCCCAGUGGUCUGCAAAAGAUCUUGUAUUAAUUAAAACCAGGUCUCUCCCCCCCCCCCUGCAAGUGCACAGCCUGCCCUGGGCGGCAGACAGAAUGCAGGGGGCCACUGGUGUCAGAAGAGGUCCUGGAGGGCCAAAGAGCAGCUCCGAGAAGGGUUUACAGGUCAUGGUUCCUGUGCAGAAGUCAACAGCGGCAGCUGCAAACGUCAUUCACAACAAUAAGCAGUUUAGAAAAGUCAAGAAGUGUCCAAGAUCCAUGCAUAGGGGGCUUGUGAGUCAGCUGGAUAAGGAGGCGAGGAUUCUGUAGCACAGCCUUCCCCAACCUGGUGCCCUCCAGAUGUUUUGGACAACGUCUGGGACGCAUAGGAGGUAUUGUCCAUCUGGAGAGCACCUAUUUGGCCAAAGUUGCUGUAGCCUAUAUGCCAAAUCUGUAGGGCAGGAAUGGGGAACUGGAUCUGGCCCACAGGACGGGCACUUCCUUCCGACAGGCCACCUCUGCCAGGUGCAUGGGGGAAACCCCCAUCUCUUAAUCCUAGCCCCUGUGUCUCUGCUUCCUGUGGCCUCUGGCAAUUCUCCUUCAGAGCCUAGCAGGCCAUGUUUCUGAGUCUGCAAAUACAGAUUCAGGGAAUGAGAAGGCAGUCAGAGCACCUCUUGCAAAGCCUCCCCCUCUUUUCUGCUUUUCUAGGUGGCCCCAAACUCCGCAGCAAUGACGCACCCAAGGGCCCCAUGGAGGGGGGGGGAAUGGCAGCCUGUGCAGCUGCCUGCUUCCUCACCCCCCUUCCCUGCCCCUGUUAAUUCACUGCCAGGUUCUCUUCUAGGCUCCUUUUCUGCUGCCCUUCAUCCGCUGCCCCCUUCUCUCUCCACCCCCGGCCAUUACACCCCCACAGCGACACCAUUUUUCACCCUCCUGUCUAGGUGAGGGCACCCUGUGGCUUUCCCUAAUGCCUGCUCCUUCGCCUUGAUAAUUGUUUGCGAGGAGGAGGAGGAGCAGCGCACAGGGGCUGCCUUGACAGCCUGCGAAUUUGCUGCGAUAGCCCAUAAUCAGGUUGAGAUGAAGAGGGAGGCCACCCACCGCCCUCGGCCCUCCUGCGGCCACUUAGGAAGGAGCCCUCCCGCCUGGGGUGGGGUGGCCUCUGGGGGCCAGUCCUUUCAGCCCCAAGGGCCUUGGUCUGGCCUUUACACCUUUGUGAUGCGAACCUCAAAACAGUGGUCUCUCCUCAAGCCCCAAAUCCUCCCUCUCCUCCCCCCCCCCAGCACCUCAAAGUCCCCUAUGCCGGAGCAGACCCUUGUAGGCACCCCCCACUUCCCUGGUUCUGGCCUGGGAGGAUAAACACACAAAGAUAACGCAAGGAACUUUUGUAAAAUCAUUUCCAUUCCUUGAAUCUUGCUCCCAAGUUGAGGAUCUGGGAGGCUGGAUUUCAGCCCCUGUCAACAUACGGAUUGCCUUUUGAAACAUAUUAGAUUGUUUUAACAUUUGAUUGUUUUAACUGCGUGUCGUUUGAGCUGUGCAGAUCUCCCAGAGGAGGUUGUUCAUUCAUUGAUUAGAAUGAUUAGUGUUGGGAGCUGGCAGGGUCACAGAAAGUAAAACCUCUGGUUGUGAUCCGAGUUACCCCAGCAGCAGUUGCUGGGCUUGUUUUGCUAUCUAUUGCUAUUUUGCUGAAUAUUUUAAUGAUGGCUUUUCUUGGUAUUUUUGGUUUUAAAUGUUGUAUGUACAUUGCCCCGCCCCCCUUUUUAGUGACCUUAUUGUGUUUUAUGUAAACUGCUUAGGGAUUUUGCAUAUUAAGCGGUCUGUGAAUAUUACCGAUGGUGGUGGCCUGUGGGGUUGGGCUGUGGCUGCUCUGCCCCCCCCCGGCUCUCCUCAAUGCUUCUUUGCCCCCCUCUUUCCUUCUCCUGCAGGUGGGCCUUAACGUUCUGAUCCAGAGAGCUAAUCAGUUUACUCCGGCCACCCGGCUCCUGAUCCAGAGAUUUGUGCCAUUCCCCGCUGUAGGUAAGGGGGUGCAUACUUUCCCCUCUUUCUCUGCUUCCGUAGAGAAAAUGGGCUUCCACAGUGCACUUGGAAGGGCUGCCCCCAAAGUCCCAUUUACGAUACGAUAAUCUUUAUUGUCAUUGUCCCAUACAGAACAACGAAAUUGAAAAAAUCUGCAUAAGACAUUCAAAAACCAACAAGCCUGCUAUCCCAACCUGGUUAGCCCCCUAAAAACUCAGAUACCCCAUUUUUAAAUACAAUAUACUUCCAUAGAAACUACCUUACACUGCGUUUAAAACCAAAAUCGCAUUUGGAUAGAAACUGUUUCUCAGGCAGCUAGUCCUAGUCUUUAUAACCCUGCACCUUCUUCCAGAAGGCAGAAGCUGAAAGAGAUCAUUUCCGGGGUGCGCACAAUCCUGCUCUAUCUCUGCAGCUUUCUUAUGGCACCUGGAAGCAUAGAUUUGAUCCAAGGUGGGAAGAGUGCACCCAAUUAUUUGGCCCAGAGUACAAAUUUGCAUAUGCUAAUUUACACAUAAAGGUGCAAAUUCUACCCAUUUUCAGAGGGAAAAGCAAAAUCUGGCUUCAUCUUGCUGUCGGGUCUUAAUUUACCUCUGGUUGACUUAAGAAGAUAGAAGAGCCCAAACUCCUAGCUCCAUAGGAAAGGGCUCACUCAAAUUAACAAAAAUGAAUAUAGCAAAAGAAGAGCUUUUUUUGAACUUUUCCAUGCCUCUGCUUGGGUUAUCGGUAUUGGUUAUCGGUUUGCUUUACGAAAAACGAAUUUUAAAAAGCUAUUUUAAAAAUACAGUGUGCGGCUGGGGUUUCAUGGGCGCUGUCCGCCUGCCCUGAUGGCAAGGAAAACAAAUUGAAUUGGGUGGCUUUGAAAGGGAAUUGAACCGCUUCACGGUGGAUGAGGCUGUGCUGUGUCACAGGCAGCCUUCCUCUAAGUGCCAGCCAGCGGCUGGAGAGCGCCAGUGGGAGGGAGUUGUGGCUGUGGGCUCAGGCCCGACUUAUGGGCUCUUCCUGCUGGAGCGUCUGGUUGUCCCCUGUGGAAAUAGGGUGCUGGGCGCCAGGUAGGUCCCUUGGGCCCUGCUCCACCGGCAGCUGGGCUCUUUAGCAUGCGCUUACGUAAGAAAGAGUCAUCCUUGUUGCAUCUCAGGAUGUCCCAGACAGUUGGGGUAUGGGGGUGCUGGUGAGGAUUCCAUAAUUGUAUGCAGGAGGCAGGCAGGGGGAGAGGGAUGCUUACCUGAACCAGGUGUGUCUCUGGACCCCUUUGCACCUGGGGGAUGGAUGGGAAAAGGUGGCCUCUUUGUUCUCUGUGCAAGGCACUUCGAGCAGGAGGAGAAGGAAGAAGAAGAAAAGGAGGAACGACCUUCCUUGUGUUGCGGGAAUUUUUCCAUCAGAUGUGCCCCUUUUGAGCCGUUCAUCAAGAGAUCAGCAGCACCAACAAGAAAAUGUUUCAGAUUGUGGACUAAGCCCACUGGCCCCAGCAGCCAGGGCAAGGAGCGAGGGGGGAUCUCUGUCAGGUUGUUCUAUUAUUAUGCCAAGGUGUUAAGAGAAGGAGCUUAAACUGGAGUCAGAAUUGAUUGAGGGCCGGCACUUAAUUUGCUCAGCCCUUCAUUAGUUCUCUGCUUCUUUUAUUUGUGUACUGACAUGCUUAAUUGUGUGCCAGGACUCUGGCCAUCUUCCUGCUAAUUGCCGCUUUGUUAUUCUGGGGGCCGGAAUCUCUUGCAUCAGAAUCCCGGGCAAACCAGUUAAUUAAACUUUCCGUUAUGAAAAGAUCGGCUUUGAAGAUUUGCUUGAAAUGCCUGCCAGUCAGGCUGGGCUAGGCGGAACCAGGCCAAGUCAAGAGGUAGUCAGAGGGACUGGUCUGGUCCGCUCUCAGAAAGUUCUCCCUAACGUUUAGUCGGAAGAACCGACUGAUGCUAAGAGCUAAUUCUCCAACUAAGAUUCAUGUGUUGCAGGAGGCUGGACUGGAUUACCCUUGGGGGCCCCUUCCAACCCUACAAUGCAAUGCUCUAUAAUGAAUUGAUUUUAGAAGGCUGUAUUAUUUUACUGUUGUUAGCUGCUCUGAGCCUGGCUUCGGCUGGGGAGGGCAGGAUAUAAAUAAUUUUAUUAUUAUUAUUAUUAUUAUUAUUAUUAUUCUAUGAUUCUGGUGCUGCUAAAUGCAGGUAGUGAGCAGGAAGAGGCUGUGGCAGAGAGCAGCCCAGAAUAAGAGGCAGAAGCAGAGAAGGGUCAAGAGGCAGAGUGGAGGCAGGCUGAUGAAGAAGCCAGGGGGGUCUCCUCCUGUGCGACUAGCUCUCCUCCACCCUGGUCUCCCAGAACCUGAAGCGGUAUGAAGAGGGUGGAGCAAAGACCGACAAGGUGUCAGAGUCUCCGAUUGCUGGGGGAGGAGAAGGCUCCUUAAGUCUCCUCCUCCUCCUGUCUGCCUCAUCAGGGCAAGGUCUACUGGGAAGAGUUGGUGUGCUCACGAGGCCUGAGCUGUUUGGUUUCUUUGAAUAAAGAGUUCCCUUCAUGGCACGGCCUGAUCCUGACUGCUGCUUGCGCUCUCCUUUUCUUUCCCUCGCAGCCAGUGCCAAUAUUUGCAACGUGGUCCUGAUGAGACACACGGAGCUUGAGGAGGGGAUCGACGUCCUGGACAGCGAUGGGAACAGGGUCGGGUCUUCCAGAAUUGCUGCCAAACAUGUAGGUGCCGUGGGAUUCCCAUGGGUGAAUCAGGAUCGCUUUGGCCCAUGGAUUCAUGCACUGGGAGGGUUGGGGGGGGGAUAGGCCAAGAAGGAUGGAGGAGGAGGAGGAAUCCACAGAACGCAGAUUCCAAAGCAGACUCACUUGAUCUGAUCCAGGCAAGCCACAUCAGCAUCAGCAGUCCUGCAGGUCCAUGAUUGAUUGAUGAAUUGAUUGGAUUUCUAUGCCGCUUUCCAGUCAGACAAAUCCCAACAUGGCUUACAAAACAAUAGCAUAAUAGAGCAUCACAGGUACAACAUAAAUCAUAUUAUGUAUAAUUAACAAAUCAAUAAAACAUAAUAAAACAGUAUUUACAAAACAGCAACUUUAAAAUAUGCUAAACGCUAUUAUGUUCACAUGCAUGCACACACAAUCACGCUCCCCCCCCCCAAUAGCUCAAAAUCGAUCAGUCUGUUCAGUCCGUUAAAAGACCCCUGCACAUCCAUUGUCCAGGAGGACUCUGGUCCAAUGGAAAUAACAGAACUAGACGUUGACUUAUUAUGCAGUGGUCCAAGGGCUCAAUCGCUGCCUCUGCCCUUCUUAAAACUGUUUCUCUCUCAACACACACUUUUAGAAGGAUCCGAAAAUCAUCGAGCCUCUCUGCCUGGGAGUGUUGAGCAUGCAAAUCUUCCUGUCACCUGGUUUUAUUUUUAUUUAUUAUUUAUUUGAAUCCACACACACACACACACCCCGUUCUCCAGGCAGCCAUGUUUCUUGCCCAUCCGCCGCCUGGUACAAUUCCCUCUGAGAGUGAGGGAACAUCAGCAGGUCCUGUCGCUCCCAGAGAAGGGGCCUGUGAGCAGCUGGAGGUUUCUAUUUAUUUAUUAAAAAAUAUUUCUAUACCACUAUUUCAUAGUGGGAGGGGGGUUAUUGGUUUGCUUUUUUCCUUGUUUUUAUUAUGUAUUUUGAGGUGGGUGGGUGUUCCUUGUAUUUUCAUGCUGUGAACUGCCCUGAGAUGGAGGGUGGUUUACUUACUUACUUACUUACUUACUUACUUACUUAAAUAAAUAAAUAACAAAGUGAUUUACAGUAAGGCAUAAAGCCAUACAAUAAAAACCAUAAUAAACUAAAACCAGACAUCAAUUAGCCACUGUGGAAGGAUGUAUUAAUGACCUGCAUAGGCCUAGUAGAAUGGGAAAGUUUUCAGCUGGUGUUUAAAAGUCUGCAAAGAAGGUGCCAGCUGAGUCUCUAGUGGCAGGGAGUUCCACAGGCCAAGGCUCCAUGCUUUGUUGCUGUCCGACGGGCCUGGCCAGCCUUUACACGUGAGGCUCCCCCUGCCUGCAGAGGGUGUCAGGCGGCAGGUCGAAAGGGCAGCCUGCGGGAGCUUUCCUUUUGCAUUCCCCCACCACCACGCAUUCUAGCCAGACAGAAAGAAGAGCGUCUUUUCUGAGCCAUGCGCCGUUGCCCCCGCAGCCCCCUCUGGUGGGCCUGUGCAGCCAGAGCAGCGACGGAGGAGCAAAGCGCUCUUGUCUCUGCGCUUAGGAAGAGGGAACACGAUUCGGGGCCUCCGGAGAGGCAGAGCAGCCGCUCUCGGUCUUUCCAGAUGCCCCUUUUGCUCCCCUCUGUAGUUGCCCAGGAAGAACAGGAGAACCUCAACUACAGCUCCAGGCUGGCAGAGAAAACACACAGCUUUAUUUUUAAUUUUUUUAAUUUUAAAAAAGCGAGUGGGAGGAAACUGGAGGACUUUUUAACCCCCGCCUUCCUGAAAUUCAUUAGCAACUGCCUCUGGAAAGAUGCGCCAGCUGUUUCCAGGCUGCCUCCAACACCUGGCUGGUUUCCUUAGGAGCCUCCUGAACUCCGCCAUCUGCGCACAACUGCGCUGGGACUUUCCCUGUCUUCUUCUUUUUUCUUUUUUUUUAAAAAAUAUUAUUAAGGUUUUAGACAAUAAAAAAGAGGGGAAAAAACAUACACAAAACAUAUAACAACAACACACACAAAAAGCAACACAAAAUUCAACAAUAAAAAAAAAACCAAGAAAAAAAACCCAUAACAAUUAAAAACAAUAUCUCUUUUCCAUUUCCAUUUUUAAAUUACUUACUUUCUGGACUUCCUCAUACCUCCCUCUUUUGUAUUCCAAUCCAAGUUAUUUGUCCAGCAGUUUCUUUUCCACUCUUUUAAUCCCAAACUUUAAUUUAAUAAAAUAUUAAAAUAUAUAACUUCAACUUCUUUAAACCUAAUCCUUGGUCUUAGUAUCAUAUAACAUUAUAAUUUUCCCUCUUAAUAUCGAAUUUCCAUUUCUUUAAACAUCUUUAAUCUUAAUCUUAAUCUUAGUCUAUCAUUAACUUUAACCUGUACAGCUGGAAACCACUUAUUUUCAAUCCAACAUCGCUCUAACAUUCUUUAAUUUUGCAGUGUUUCUGAAGAUAGUCUUUAAAUUUCUUCCAAUCUUCCUCCAUCGACUCUUCUCCCUGGUCACGGAUUCUACCAGUCAUUUCCGCCAAUUCCAUAUAGUCCAUAAGUUUCAUCUGCCAUUCCUCCAGCGUGGGAAGUUCUUGUGUCUUCCAAUACUUUGCGAUGAGUAUUCUUGCUGCUGUUGUUGCAUACAUAAAGAAGGUUCUAUCCUUUUUUAACACCAUUUGGCCGACCAUGCCCAGGAGAAAGGCCUCUGGUUUCUUAGGGAAGGUAUACUUAAAUACCUUUUUUAAUUCAUUAUAUAUCAUUUCCCAGAAAGCCUUAAUCUUUGGGCACGUCCACCAAAGGUGGAAAAAUGUACCUUCAGUUUCUUUACAUUUCCAACAUUUGUUAUCGGGCAAAUGAUAGAUUUUCGCAAGCUUGACUGGGGUUAUGUACCACCUGUAUAUCAUUUUCAUAAUAUUCUCUCUUAAGGCAUUACAUGCCGUAAAUUUCAUACCUGUGGUCCAUAACUGUUCCCAGUCAGCAAACAUAAUAUUAUGACCAACGUCCUGUGCCCAUUUAAUCAUAGCCGAUUUUACCGUUUCAUCCUGAGUAUUCCAUUUCAGCAGCAAGUUAUACAUUCUUGACAAAUUCUUAGUUUUGGGUUCUAACAAUUCUGUUUCCAAUUUGGAUCUUUCCACCUGGAAGCCAAUUUUCCUGUCCAAUUUAAAUACCUCCAUUAUUUGAUAAUAAUGAAGCCAGUCUCGCACUUUGUUUUUAGUUUUUCAAAACUCUGCAAUUUCAGUCUAUCUCCGUCUUGUUCCAAAAUUUCCCAAUAUUUCGGCCAUUUGACCUCCAUAUUGACCUUUCUCAAGGCUUUCGCUUCCAUUGGUGACAGCCACCUUGGGGUUUUGUUUUCUAACAAAUCCUUAUAUCUUAACCAAACAUUAAAUAACGCUUUCCUGACAAUGUGGUUUCUAAAUGCUUUAUGUGCUUUGACCUUAUCAUACCAUAAAUAUGCAUGCCAUCCAAAUAUAUUAUUGAAACCUUCCAAGUCCAAAAUGUCAGUGUUUUCAAGGAGUAGCCAUUCUUUCAACCAGCAAAAAGCUGCUGAUUCAUAGUAAAGUUUAAGGUCUGGCAGGGCAAAUCCACCUCUUUCCUUUGCAUCUGUUAGUAUUUUAAAUUUUAUUCUAGGCUUCUUGCCCUGCCAGACAAAUUUAGAAAUAUCUUUCUGCCACCUCUUGAAACAGUCCAUUUUGUCCACAAUCUGCAAAGUUUGAAACAAAAACAACAUUCUAGGCAAUACAUUCAUUUUUAUCGCAGCAAUACGGCCCAGCAGUGAAAGCUUCAGAUUUGACCAAAUUUCUAAAUCUUUUUUCACUUCAGACCAGCAUUUUUCAUAAUUAUCUUUAAAUAAGUUCCCAUUUUUUGCUGUCAUGUUAAUCCCCAAAUAUUUAACUUUCUUAACCACUGUUAAACCUGUCUCAUUCUCUUUUCCUUGGUGCUUCUGCAUCCCAAGCUUGUGCCUGAGAAAACCCACGGGAAGCACAGGCGCUUUUGACUGACUUUGCCAAGGGUGAUAAUAAUAAUAAUAAUAAUAAUAAUAAUAAUAAUAAUAUACAGUCAUACCUUCGGGAUGAAUACGCUUCAGCUUAAAUAUUUUCGGGUUGCACUCCGCGGCGACCCGGCAGUAACGGAGCCGUUACUUCUGGGUUUCGCCCCUCGCGCAUGCGCAGAUGCUCAAAAUGAUGUCACGUGCAUGCAUGGAAGCAGCGAAACGCAACCCACGCAUGCGCAGACGUGCAGUUGCGUCUUAUGUUCGGUUCAGGAUGCGAACGGGGCUCUGGAACGGAUCCCGUUCGCAUCCAGAGGUACCACUGUAUUUAUAUGCCACUCAUUAAUAAUCAGUCAGAUGGGUGGAAUAAUAAUAAUAAUAAUAAUAAUAAUAAUAAUAAUAAUAAUUGCCAUUGUGUUGGGUGCAGGGUCCAAGCCCAAAAUAAUCCUCUUCUGGCCCCUUUUGCCUUAGCAGAGGACUGACACCUGUCCAAUGAGAAUCCACGCAAUCUCUUUCAAUUAGCCGGCUUUGAGGAAGUCACAUGACUGCCACGCAGGUCUCCUGCUGCUCCUUUGCCCCAAACCGCAGCCUCCCAAGGCUGCUUUUUAUUUUUAUAAGCGCUGGGCUUUGCUGCGUGUGAUGCGGAGUUUACUGCUCACUCGCUGGUGCUUCCUGAAGCCAUCUGCUCGCCAGGCACCAUGGUGGGUUUCACUUUUGCUCAGUCCUGCCUUUCUUGAACUUUGGCGAGGAGGGGGCGGGAGGGGAAUCCUGCUGUGGACCCGGGUGGAAGCGGGAUAGGAUGCUCUGUCUCCCUCACUCACCCAGCCUUCUGUUUCUGUAGCGUGAGACCAGGACUGAACUGCCACCAGGGCUGAGAGUGGCCAUUGGCAGCCCUGGCCUCUGGAGCAAUAAAACACACACCAAGCCCCCACAAAGGGUAGCAGCUUGAAAAGCUUUGGGGCGAAGGCUCUACGGAGUUUGGGUUGCAGUCUGAGCAGGUUCAGUGCUCAAGUGCCCACACUGGUGGCGUCUUGUUUGGUAGGCAGAAAUGGCUCUGUUACAGGUGCCACAUAAUAUUGCUGUUGACAUCUGUCUAUCUCGAGAGACAAUGGAGUUCGCCUCCUGGGGUGAAGUCAAACUGCCCCGUUAGCACACGCCAGGGCAGUGUGUCUCUUGCCCAAAACCAAAAAACAUGAUUUUAGUAUUGUAUGUAUGAUGUAAAGACUAUAUUUAAAGAAACAGACACUUGGUGGAAUAUAAAUGUCUUGUUCUUCUGUUUUGUCUUUGGGAGGUUCUGUAGAAUUGCAUACAGAAUUGUGUGCGAUGAGUUUCUGUAUUAUUAUGCUGUAUUAUUUUACUGUUGUUAGCCGCUCUGAGCCUGGCUUUGGCUGGAGAGGGCGGGAUAUAAAUAAAAUUUUAUUAUUUUAUUAUUAUUAUUCUACUUCAGUCUGCGCUCAAAGUGACUGUUUCUCUUUCUUCUGCUCCCCAGGCACUGCUAGAGACGGCCCUGACCAGAGUGGUCCUGCCAAUGCCUAUACUGGUUCUACCUCCCAUCAUCAUGUCUCUACUGGAAAAGUAAGUGGCGGCCAUCUGGGGUGGGGCGAGGGGCGAUGCUCAGAAAGGAAGGAGGGAAGGAACUCCCCUCCCCUACAUGGCCGGGAUCAGAGGAGUGGUGGCAUUGCCCCUAAGAGCAAAGGGCACUCUAGAACCAUGUGAAGGGAUGCCCAAGGGACAUCUAGUCCAACCCCCUGCAAUACAGGAAUUGCCACUUUCCUAACUUACUCCGGGAUGGUGGCAGCCGCUGCCCCACAGAGCCCUUUCCAGAGACUGCCACAGAGCAGCCCAUUUCGUUCUUGCUUUUCAGUAUUUUGAUCAUUGAAUUGUAGAAGUGGAAGGGACCCCUCAGGAUCAUCUAGUCCAACCCCCCGUGCAGUGCAGGAAUCACAGUUUGACAGCCCCAACAGACGGCCACCCAACCUCUUGAGAACCUCCAAGGAUGGAGACCCAGCCACCUUCCGAGGGACAUCAAAGCUCCCUGCCUCUCUGCCGCCGAGGCUGAGCAAGCGCUUGGAUUAGGGCCCCCCAAGAAGGAAAUGACUGGGAAGGGGUGUGAACCCAGAACCACGGCAGCUUUUAGGUCCUGCAGCUGCCUUUCCCAGCCUGCUGCCCUCCAGAAACUGGGGGCUCCAUCUCCUCCCAGCCCCAGCCCUUCUUUCCCCAGGGUCUUUCUGCCUGGAGUGGGGUCUUUCUGGGCUCUCCUUUGCCCGACCACGUCUUGCUCCGGCAAGCCUGUGCCAGCCAGCCAUGGAAGGCCCAAGGUCCCCUUGCGCUAUUCCUGGAAGGUGAUGCAUUUUGAAAGUAAAUUAUCAUUACAAAUAGUUCCAUCAUUUUGAAGCAAGUAUUAAUUAAACCUCCUUAAUUAGCUGACUGAUUGAAAUCUGAAAUGGGCAAAGAGCCAGGAGAUGGCUUCUGAAGGAAGGAGUCAGGCAGUGCAGAAACCACACCUAAUGGAUGAGCUGGAAAUGCCCCCCCCCCACGUUCCAGAUGUGGUUAAACUGGAGUGAGAGAGAAGUGCGCUCUUGACAAUGCCCAGAGGUACUCUUCACGCGCACAGGGGCUGAGACCCGGCGUCCUAGGAUUUGUCCUGAAAAAGAAGCAUGUUUCGCUUUAUUGGUUAUUUAACAAAAUUUAUGUCUAAUCCCCACCCCCUGCAAAAAACACCCACCCCCCAAAGUGGGUUAUAUAAAUAAUAGAGAACAUUCCUAAGAAAAUGCAAGGAAAAUCAACCAGACUCUUACAAACAAUUUUGGAGAAUCUGCUGUGAGGCACAGCUGCUGCAAGUGGGUCUGCUGGACCAGGCCAUGGCCCGUCUAGUCCAGGAUCCUGUUCUCCCAGUGGCUGACCAGAUGCCCCAGUGGGAAACCUGCAAGCAGGACUGAAGCACAAGAGCAACUCUCGCCUCCUGGGGUUUCCAGCAACUGGAGCAGCUCCCAUUUCUCAGCUGUUGGGGGUUGCUGUGAUCUUCCUGGAUUUAAGAUCAGCAGAGAUCCUGAUGAUCCUUGCAGUGGUGAAGGUGGGGGCGCGUCUCUGCUUGGACCCAGCAGCCCCUCCCUCCUUCCAGGCCCCCUCCCUUUACCUCUCUCCAUCUGGAGGCGCCCAUGGCCUCCUCCGGCUCUCCCAGGCUUCUUGGCGUCCCUCCUCCUCUUUCCCUCCCGCUGCGCAUUUCAGCUCCCGGAGAUGCUGUUCCUUGUUCUCCAGGCUCCUGCAUGUUGUUCCCACUGGCGGGCUUCUCUCCUGUGGUUCGGACACUCCAGGGAAGCUCCCAGCCCAGCCAGGCAACGUCUAUUUCGAGCUGCCUGCUUGGCGCAAGGACUGCGCCUGGCGAUGCUCAAGCUGCAAGGCUACAACCUUCCCCGCAAGCCCCGUCCGUUGAUGCUUGCGUAGAAAUCAGGAGGCUCCUAUUUGAGGAAGCCACCACUUCACGUGUGGGGAGUCCAGGUCCAGAACAGGGAAAUCGGCCUCAUGGAUCUCCCUGUGGAUGGUUCCAAGAUCAAAGAAUAGGAGAGUUGAGAGGGACCCCAAGGGUCAUCCAGUCUAACCCCCAGCAAGGCAGGGAUCACAGCUGAAGAAUCCCUGGCCACCCAACCACCAUUUAAAAACCUCCGAGGAAGGAGAGCCCAUCUGCUUCCAAGGGAAUCUGUUCCACUGCAAGUAAAUGAAGAAUAAGAUGAAGCAUUUCCAUCUUGAAGAAGUCUAUGCUUAUUCACUAGCUGCAGUCCUCCAUCUCAAGAGGAGUUUCUGGUGGGGAACCUCGGGCCAAAACCAGACUGCCAUCCCCUCUGUCUGGCCCUCAGCACUCUCCCCUGGCCACAUCCUUCCCCGUGCCACCCCCCAAGUGUUUCUGCCUGGCUGGAAUGUGUCCCUGAACACUGCUUGGGCCUCAGGAUGGAGGACAGAAGCUUACCUGAUUCUUCGCAGGUGAAGCCUAAUUCAUUGCUCCUCCCACUUUUGCCUCUCGUCCCGCCCACCACUGGCAUGGACCCAUCCCCAAGGUUGUCCAGAAGGGAAUGUGGGCUCAAAAACUCUCUUGCCCCCCUCCCAGGAAUUUAAUCCCAAGGAGUCCUGUGUGGUUUGGGGUAUGUGUGCGUACCCCAAUGUCUUCCUGAUGCCACAGGGUUUAGACCCCUGUGCCAUUUCUGUGUUCUGGAUAACUUCCUGUGCUCCUUGCUAGCAGCCUGUGAUUCCUGCACUGCAGUCGGUUUUAGCUAGAUGGCUCCUUGCGUCUCUUCCACCUCAGUAAUUCUGUGAUUCCAGCCCUGCAGCAGCUGCUUCUGUCCACACGGGUCUUUGCCGGCUCUCCAGCCAGCGGUCUGGGGCGAAGGUCCACCUGGUGUCCUGUGCCCUCUCGCCCACCCUGCCCCUUUGCCAGCUUCUCCCCGCCUCGGAAUCGAGGCAUCGGUGGCAGCUCUGUUGAAUAUAAACAUGACACUUUCCCGCCCCGCCCCGAAUCUGUCAGUUUGGGAGCCUUCGGUUAGCUCCUGUCAUAUUUAGUUUAGCAUCUCACACCUUCUCGGAGGCAAGUGCCAUUCUGGAGCACGAAACCCGAUAACUCCUUCGGAGUUCCGAGAGCAACUUCCAUAUGGAAGACUUUGCAGAGCCCCCUGAAAACGCCGGCAGCCAGCUGCCACAUUAUGCAAAAUGCGAACCACAAUUGGCGACGUGCUGAAAGUUGAAUGAAGGUGUAUUUGCAAGAUCUGCGAUGCGCUGUGUCUGCGGAGCAGGUGUACUGUCUGCAUAACUUUUUGUAUGUGUGUCAUCGUAGAGGAAGCAGAGACUAGGAGGCCUUCCGAUUUUAGACUCGCUUGCCACCCACAGCAGUCUUAGGUCUUGUCAGGACCUGCAGCAAGGGCCAAAGCCUGGCAGGAGCAAGCCUUCGAGGCAGCGGUGCUGAGGAUCAGAGUGGGAAUCACUAGCCGCUGGGAGCACUUGCAAGAAAACAGGUGCCCAGCACAGCGCAGGCACCAGCAAAGAGUUUCUGGAUGGGUAGAUUGAGUUAAUCUGAGGCAGUUAAAAUCAGCCAAGGAAAAGGGGAGAUUUAAAUCCAGUUUCCCACAUCAUAUAUUUUGCAAACAAUGGUGGACAUAUGACCAUAACCAUGUGAAUUUACAAAAAAAAAGGAGAGCAUUAUUUACACUGCUGCUUUGUUCUUACAACCAGGCAUUGCAUCUCUUUGUUCUACCCAGUGAUGGAGUUUAUGAAAACUAAGAAUCUAAGGAUAGCCUUCUGGAUCAGGCCAGUGGCCCAUCCAGUCCAGCAUCCUCUUCUCACAGGGGCCAACCAGAUGUCCCUAUGGGAAAACCCACAGGCAGGAUCCUUUCCCAGGUAUUCGGAAGCAUUGUUGCCUCUCGGCUGUGCAGGCAGAGCAGAGCAUCCCUCUCCCCCAUGAAUACUCCCUCUUGAAUCUGCAUGAUUCGCCCACCCAGGAACCACCACCGAGUAGAAGCUCCAGACUGGUGCCUGUUUUAUGCAUGGUCAAAGUCACAGGUCUGCCAGCACUGUCACUGCUCCAAAGAUCCUCGUGGAUCUUUGUGGUUUUUAAAUGACAUGCCAACAAAACAACAAAGCGCAGUGUGCCUCUGUGAACACAGAGGUGGCCUGUGAUUUGAUUACAGUUUUCAGGGGAAUCCAUUGUCACAAUCAGGGAAUCUUUAAGGAUCUGUGCUGGAUCCAUGUGGUUGUGCCAUUGGGUGAGCUAUGUGUGUGCCAAACUCAGAAUCUGUUAUUUUACUGACCCAAUGAAAAAUGAAAACUUUACUUUAGUGGUAGUCUUUGAGGAUCCCAUGUAAAAACCAUGCACAUUCAAGAGGACCAGUUGUUGUUUUUUAACUGGAUUUGACUUCGUGUCAAGUUGUGGCUUGCCGCUUCCCCGUGGCAGCCAUAUUUGUGGCAGUGCCCACAACACUUUUUCAAAGCGUCAGAUAUGCCACAGGCUCAAAAAAGAAAAAAGGGGAAACAGAGAUGUGGGGCAAACCUUGGGGGCAAGGUGGCCACACUGGGGUCUCCUCCUCCGCUACCAGAUCUAGGCAGUGUCUCAAAGGAGGCUGACCUGGUCCAUUUGCCAUCCUGAAUGUUGCUGCCUUUGCAAUUCUGCAACUUCUCCUGCAUUUCCACCAGAGAAAUCACGGCCCCCAGAUCUGUGCUCUGCAUCCAUGCCGCCGGACUUUUCCUAACUCUUAAAGCAUCAAAUUCACUGGGGGUGCCUCUGCUAACAAGGCAGCGGCCGCAUCCCAGAGGCAACAAGUGUGGGGAGGCUGUUCCCCCGAAGGACGCAGCCUUGCCCCGCUUCCCCUCUGGGGCGGCCAUUUGGGGCUUGCUGCAGCCGGGAGAGCCGAGAUCUGAAGGCCGGGAGCGGGCGGCCCUGGCGGUUAAUUGUGAGUCAUUUAGGCUGAACUUUACAAAUGGUAGAAUCUGAGUUCCCAAUUAAGACAUUGCACUUCAUGUGUUAAUUAAGGCUUUUUCUUUAAAUCAGGCCACAACUCCUCUUAAUUAGGAGGCUAUAGCCAUUGUAAUUUGAACUGGUCUGAGUUUAAAAACACCCAUGGCGGAAGUCGCACCUGGGAGCCGCAGCCAGCGAACACUCUAAAUUGGUUUCGUUCCCUGGCGGUGAUUAUGAGGAGCCCAGCAGGGCCGUAAUUAGAAGGGUGCAGCCUUUGGGGGGAGAGCAGGAGGGGGCUGAGCGAGGAACGGGCGCUGCCAUGGCUCCCAGCGAGGUGGCACGGGCCAGUUUCUCAGCACCACAGCAUGCCUUGAGCGCAUGGAAAGUGCUUCUUCAGGCUUUGAGCCCAAGGAAGUCCUGCUUUGCACAGCACAUGAACCAUGGAACUCCCUGCCGCAGGAAGCAGUGGUGGCUUCAGAAGAGGAUUAGACAAAUUCAUGGAGGAGAGGGCCAUCGAUGGCUACUAGCCACAGUGGCCAUGCUCUGCUUCCACAGUCGCAGGCAGCCAUGCUUCUGAUUAUCAGUUGCUGGAAACCGCUGGCGGGGAGAGGGCUCUUGUGUUCAAAUCCUGGCUGCAGAUUUCCCACAGCCACUGUGGGAAGAGGAUGCUGGCCUAGAGGGGCUGCUGGCCUGAUCCUGCUAACUCUUAGGUUCUUUAAGCACCAGCUCUGGCGCAUUGUGGAGGCCCAGAUGCGCAGCUGCUGUGGUGCUGCUUGGGGAGCUGGUGCUGCUUGGGAAUGCUUGACGUUGCUCAGGGGGACACUAUCAGAGAGCCUGUGUGACCUAGUGGCUAGAGUGUCAGACUAGGACCUGGAAGAGACCAGGGUUCAAACUCUCCCUCAGCCACGAAGCACAACCUUGGACCAGUCUCUGUCUCUCAGCCUGACCAGCCUCCUCCUCAUAUAACCCUCACAAAACUAUGAAGGCCAAGGUCAUCCAUGGCAAGGGCACCGGCAAGACCAACAGCUGGGGCUUUGUCAGGUUCAAGGUUGUUGUGGGGGUUAAAUGGGGAGGAGGAGAACUAUGUACGUAAUUUUGAGCUCCCUGGAGAAGAGGUGGUCUAUAAAUUGGGGGGGGGGGGAUGCACCUUAGCUAACUUAACGAACAGGGAGGGCAAGGAGAUGGGCAAAUUCUAGAUGUGCAACAGGAACAGAGGGGUUAACUCCAGUCCGCUUGGUGCCAUUCACACAGCCACAUUGAUUCUCUUUUCAAAGCACAGGCAAACUGUGGAUGCAAGUUGGGUUUAGCUAGCCACCGGGAGAUGGCAGGUUGGGCUGCAAAGCAGAGACGCUGUCACAGGGAUCUCUUCAGCAGGUGCCACGCUCUGCCUGCCCAGCCCCACAUGCUGUCACAGACUGGCUGGGCAAAGAGGAGUGGUGGAAGGCACACCAGCCGGGGAACCCCCAUGGGAACUCCCGGAGGAAGACGGCUCAGAGCCAGGGGACUGUUGGUGGGAAACAGAGGAGAGGUCAGGGGGAGAAGAUAGGGAGGAGGUGCCGGAUGCUGAAGGGGCAACAGGGUUUAGUGAGAAGGAAGAGCCCGUGACAGGGAGCGGUUCAGAUGCCGAGGCUGAAGCAGAGGAGCAGGGUCCAGAGACUGCUGUAGAAUCCAAGGGGUCUCCCUCUCUGACAGCUCCCAUCUCCUCUGGUCUCCAAGAACUCACAGGGUAAUGAGAAGAGCAGAACAGAGACCAGAGGUGCGCAGGCACAGUUUGAGGCUGCUUGGGAAACAUCCAGGAGAGGAGGAGCCUUAGAGAGGGUGGAAGGCAGGGACCUUCAGUCCUGGUAACUGCUCCCUAGGGACAAGACUUGCUGGGAAGCAUGCUGAGACCACUAGGCCGAGUUGUCUGUUCGGUUUCUUGAAUCAAGAGUUAACUUCACUGACAACGGAGAUCUGCUUUCUUUCUUGCUGACCUGCAUCUGACUCCAGCUCUGUGGGGCUAGCUGACAUGCCCUUCAGUGCCCAGGGAGCUGGGGAGGAGGAAUUGCGGGGAGCAAGGUGCGCAGAGUCCCGGGAGACACACAGUAGGAAGAAAGCCUGACAGAGGCCUCCAGCCACGAGGGCAACCCUCUCCUUCCACUGCUGGAGGAGGUAGAUGCCUCUGAGCCCCACUUGGCUGGGGGUCGGGUGUGGGCUUGGGGAUCAUCUGGCUGCCACCUUGAGAACAGGGUGUUGGACGAGAUGCCCUCCACACCCCACCUUUGGCCCCACCCACCUGCAGCCGCAAGGCUCUCCCGGCACCCUCAUGUUCAGUCCAUGCCUCUCUUCGCACCAACAAGCCCUUGCAAUGUAUACCUGAGAUUCUGUGCAGCUGCGUCGAUCCCACUUUGCAGGCAGGUGUUGCUGAGUCGGAGGUGGCGGUGGUUGGGGGGGCGAGGAGGGAUCUCCCUGCUGCGCUUGCUGGUCUCAGACGACACCCCUCCUUCUUGCAGAACGGCUCUCCUGCGGUCGCGGCCCCGGAUGGCCCUCCCCGUGCAGAGCCUUGUGUGCCUUGCUGCCUUCGGCCUGGCGCUGCCCCUGGCCAUCAGCCUCUUCCCGCAGAUGUCUGAGGUCAGUGUCACAACCGCCUCCCUCCUUGCGACGGACGGAUGGGCGGAAGGGAGCAGGCUGGGGUGGAAGGACCUGUGCUCUGUGGAGACACUCUGCAUGUGCUCUGGGGGACCCUGUGCUUUCUGAUUAUUUUGUGUCCUGGAUCCAUUGCCCUAUGCCAAGGGUCUGUUGCAGGGGUUGACAGCACGACAGCCGUGGGCCCUUGAUGUUUUCCCCGGCACCCAGGAAACUUCUGAGUGCCCCGCUCCCUGCCCCCUUGGCCAUAAGUUGCUGAUGGCUGCCACCUUUUUCCUCCCUUGACAAAUACAAAGCACUGAAGGAGGACACUCCUUUCCCUCUUACCCUUUCAGCUCUUUGUGCUUUUCAAAGUUCAGAUUAAUACUGUUGGGAUCUGACAUUUUCCCUGUGUGCUGGUCCCGGGGGGAAGGUUACCGUUGGCGUAGUCAAAGUCCGGUCCUGGGUCACUGGUCUGGAAACAGUUCACAAGGAUCGAGGCGAGGUCCGAAGCAGGAAGCCGGGCGGGGACAGGAUCACUGGUAGGUCAGGUCUGGGUCCGGGCAAGAGCAGGUACUCAACGACGUUGCUCCCACAACCUGGGACCGGGCUGACUGGCCUUUAUCUUCUCUGAGGCCAGGGGCGGUCCCGGCCCCCAGGAGACCUGCCUCUCCUGGCCUUAAGGCGAGCACUCUUCCUGGGAGAAACCAGUUCCCUCCGCCUCUCUGCCCUAAGCCUUUGCAUUUCAGGAGAGGCUGGGGAGUUACUGGACCCAGGGGGAGACUCAUCUUCCUCUGGCAGGGCCGGGAGAGGCGCACCUGUAGGCUCUGUGUCCUUAAUCACCUCCGGAGCUAGAGUGGAAUCACCUGGUGCCUGCUCCUGAGGAUCCGGCACAGGUGCAGGCGCUUCAGAUCCAAGGCCCCGCCCCAGCUCAGCCGGCCCUGGAGGCGGGGACUCUUGUGCAGGCUGGGGUUCCUCCAGUUCAGCCUCUGAAUCGGAUUCCCAGGCCAUCACACCCUGAUCUUUUGGAAAAUUCAACUUGGGGUGUGUGUGUGUGCACACACUUUCUCUCCUUCUGUAUCUCUCCCUCUGUGUGUAGGGGUGAUCUGGGGCAAGGGGGAGAGAAAUGACCAGAGCAGGGGUCACCAAUGGCUCCCACCCCAAAAUCCAAAUGUGCCCACGGGCCUGAGAAGGUUGGUGGCCUUGGACUGUUGGAUGCCUAAGGUGUGGCAGGCAACUCUCGCUCUCUCUUCCUCUCCUGCCACGGUUCCAGUGCCUCUCUGUACCUGUGUGAUGUGGGUGCCUCGUGGGUCCCAUCCCAGACUCAAACUUUGCUUAUAGGUGAUCAAAACAAGGGAGGCACAGAAGGGGUGCCUGCCACCCCAAUGGCAGCUUUGAUACAUGCUUCUCCUAAACACCAUUAUUUGGGGAGACCCCCUGCCCUCUUUUAACCAGGAGCAUCAUGUUAGUUGAUCGUUGGGUUUUAGAGGGUUACCGGAAGGACGUGUGUGAAACACUUGGAAGACCCAGUAAGUGAUGUGGGAAUGCUGAGGAUGAUGUUGAGGAUUUCCUCUGUUUGCAAGGUGCAGACUGAAUGUGGGAGAGGCUGUGGGAGGGAGCCUUGCAGAAAAACACGGCAGAGGGUGUCUCCUUGGCUGGCCCUGAAGUGUGGCGCAGGCCCUUCCUCACCACCGGGGGACCCAGCCCCCAAUGCACAGCAGGCACAAGCUGAGGCUGGGUGUUGGGCAUGCUGGAAAGAAGAAAGUAUCUAAAAGGCAGUGGGGAAGGAAACAGGCCCCAAUGCUGCUCCCCACAGGGCGUGUGUCGUCCAGCCCCAACUCUUCCCCCAUCCCCACCAAGAUCUCCGCAGGAGGGGGUCAGGGCUGCUCUCUCCCACCUCCCUUUGCAAGUCCUUCCUGGGUUGCUUCUCUGGUAGUGAACGGGUUCGUUUCUGGUCCCUCCUCCUACCUGGUAGUCCAAGUGGUCCAUUGCAGCCCCCACUCCACUGUCCUGCCUGGGGGGCCCCAGUUGCACCGGCUUCAGUGCUGCUGCUGCAGCAGUGAGGACCAUUUUGAGAGAAGAAUGUUCCACGGAAGGGGUCCAUGCUGAUUGGCGAGGCCACCUAGGAGGCUGCAGGCAGACUCGAAGGUCUUUUUGGUGGUGGCUUCUUCAGAGUCAAGGCUUGGUGUGACUGUGACCCUACCGGAACAACAAUAUGCUGUAUUUGAUUUACAUGGUUGGUUUUAGGGUUCUUGCGUUGAAUAGCUCUCGUCUGUUGCUUUAGGUCACCCUGGGGACCUUUGGGCGGAUGGGCAGAAUGCAGAUUCGAUCAAACAUAAAUGGUGAUGAUGAUAAUAAUUCUAAAAAAUUGAAAGGGGGAGUUGAGACGGUGAGCCCAGAGUGUGUGGGGCAGACGGGAGAGAAGUUGUUCAGAAGAACCACCUGGCAGGUGCGGGUACCAGGUGUGGCUAACCAGAUGCCCCAAGGGGAAACCAGCAAGCAAGAGCUGAUUAGGACUCUCCCCUCCCACAGUUUCCAGCAACUGAGAUUCAUAGGCGUUGCUGCCUCCAGCCAUGGAGCAGAGCCAUUGUGGCUAGUGGUCAUUGUGGCCUGUAGCCACACAUCGCCUUGUCCUCCAUGCAGCUCCCCAGUCGUCUUUGGAAGCCAUCCAAGCUGGCGGCUGCGAAAGGAUUCUCACGUACUGCUAGGACCCCUGCCUUUGGGGGCCAAGGCUUGGAGGCUGCCCAUUCUGGAGCAGAGUCCUGAGCCCCAGCCGAAAGAGCCCUCUCACCUUGACUGCCAGGCUCGUGUCAGGCUCUGGCCUGAAGAGGGAGGCCUUGAGGGAUGGCGUGAGGCUCUGGAAAGGCUGAGAGCCUCUCUCCUCCUCCUCCUCCCCCUGGUUUGGAUGGGAGACAAGCUGUCUCUGCGGAUGGGGGUUUGCUCCCAGCUGAAAUUCUGUUCCCUGCACAGGCUUCCUUCUGGAUCUCCAGGCCAGGAGGGGGGAGGGAGGGAGGGGGGAAUAGCUCCCUCUUCCCCAAUCUGUUGGAGCCGCCAUCUUGCUGGCAGGGCGCCAUUGGAAAAGCAAAAGGUUAAUGAGCUAAUAAUUUGCGGCAGUGGGGGUGGGAUUGCAGCAGUGGCAGCAGCCGCAGCGGCAGGGAGAGAGGAUGACAGUGAACCAGCAAUUACUAAUUAGAUGCAGUUUAACAGGAGGAGCAAGUGACAUCUCCUCUUCACCAACUGUCAAUAAUUAGCGGAUCUGGUGAGGCUGAAAUGUGUCCACAGUUAAAAGGCUGCUUUUUAAUGGAAGGGGGGGGGAAGGGACUCGAUAAAAAGAGCCGCACGGAGGUCACUGCCAUGGUCCCCGAGAAAGAUCUCCCAAUCAGGCAGGAAGACAAGGAUCCUCUGGGAGCUGCCGCUGUCUGGGGCGGGUGGCAGAGAUGGCCCCCGUGGGAGAGGAAGCCAGAGGGGGGGGGCAUUGGUUAAACUAUGGAACUCUUUCCUGCAGGAGGCAGUAGCGGCCACCAAUGGAUGGCUUUAAAGGCAGAUGAGACCCACUGAUGGGGGAGGAGAGGGCUAUGGAUGUCCACUAGCUACGUCUGCAGGCAGCGAUGCUUCUGCAGGCCGGUUACUGGGAUCGCCGGGAGGGGAGAGGGCUCUUGAGCUGGGAUCUCGCUUGCUGGUUUCCCAUGGGGGCAUUGGCUGGCCACUGUGAGGCCAGGAGGCUGGACUAGAUGGGCCAUUGGCCAAAAACAUGAAAGCAUUAGCAGGAUUGCAAUAACACUUGCGAUGUAGAAAUUAUUAUUAUUAUUAUUAUUAUUAUUAAUACCCUGCCCAUCUGGCUGGGUUUCCCCAGCCACACUGGGCGGCUUCAAACAGAACACUAAAAUACAAUAACCUAUUAAACAUUAAAUGGAGAGACUUGGAUGAUGAAAUAGUAUGCAGUUGAAAAAGUUGACAUUAGGACCCAUGGAUGGAGGGGAAGGUGGGAAGUCUAGGGAUUUGGAGAAAUCUCUAAAUAUGGAUAUGUAUUUGGUAAUGUUAUAAUUCCACACUUGUAAAAUCAAAUAAAAACUAUUUCAUAGAAGGGCCAUUGGCCGGAUCCAGCAGUCUCUUCUGACUUUGGCUGCGAAUGCAAGGCCAGGCGUGGAUCUGUGGCUCAGGCCUGGCUGGAGCGGCCCAAGGGCAGAGCAGGCAUUUUCUCAAGGACCUCGGGGUGGUGUGCCUGGGUCUUCCCCCUCUCCCUGUUUCUCCUCGCAACAACCCUGCAAGGGAGAUUAUGUUGAGAGACAGACGGGCCGGCUCAAGGCCACCCAGUGAGCUUCAUGGCUGAGCCGGGACUGGAACCCGCCUUUCCCCAGUCCUAGUCCAACACUCCCACCGCUGGACUGCACUGCCUCUCUUCUGCUGGUGGUGGCGCUCUUGUGCAGCUUCAGUUCACUUCCAUUGUGCAGGAGAGCAGUGACCAGGGUGAAUCCUUGCGCGUGGGUGUGUGGAUGAGGACUCUGUGGUGGAGAAUCUGCUUUGCAUUCUGAAGGUCCCUGGUUCCAUCCCCAAUGAGAUUUCCUCCUGGAAACCCUGGAGAGCCACUGCUGCUGGCCAGAGUGAGCAGUACUGAGCUGGGGGGGGGGGGAAGGCAAUGGUCUAUAGACUAUAGACCACAAAGGUUAUUUAUCCACAAUGGGCAUCUAUCCACUGGUAGGUGGGUAGCUCAAUCAGAGCAUGAGACUCUUAAUCUCAGGGUCAUGGAUUUGAAAUCCAUGCUUGGCAAAAGAUGUCUGCAUUGCAGGGGGUUGGACUAGAUGACCCUUGGGGUACCUUCCAAUUCUACAAUUCUAUACUAUGACAAACCCAGACAGCAUCUUAAAAAGCAGAGACAUCACCUUGUCCGUAUAGUUUUUAUCAGUAGUGAUGUAUGGAAGUGAGAGCUGGACCAUAAAGAAGGCUGAUCACCAAAUCAUUGAUGCUUUUGAAUUCUGGUGCUGGAGGAGACUCUUGAGAGUCCCAUGAACUGCAAGAAGAUCAGACCUCUCCAUUCUGGAGGAAAUCAGCCCUGAGUGCUCACUGGAAGGACAGAUCCUGAAGCUGAGACUCCAAGACUUUUGCCACCUCAUGAGAAGAGAAGACUCCCUGGAAAAGACCCUGAAGUUGGGAAGGAUUGAGGGCACAAGGAGAAGGGGACGACAGAGGAAGAAAUGGUUGGAUAGUGUUCUCGAAGCAACCAGCAUGAGUUUGACCAAACUGCGGGAGGCAGUGGAAGACAGGAGUGCCUGGCGUGCUCUGGUCCAGGGGGUCACGAAGAGUCGGACACGACUAAAUGACUAAACAACAACAACAAAUUUAUUUGGGUAGCUGAAGCUAUGAAAAACAAAAUACAUAGAACAGAAUAAAAUGCAUUACGCAGUUAAAAUAAUUAUUAAAACCAAGCAUUCUGUCAGAUUAACUUUUCACCCCACAAGCCUUCCUUCUUAAAAUUGCCUCUCCGAAAGCAAAGCAAGCCACUCUUCCAGAAGUGUUGGGGGAACCUCUCCCCUGAUGAAAAGUUAGAGACCCACUCAGUCUCCCAGCUGGGGGAUUUAACUCACUGAGCAAGGCUGCUCUUAAGUCCUCGUAGAUUGGACAAACUAGUAACUUGUGGGGUGAAUCUUCAGGCAGUUUGCCUCCUCCCCAUGGGCAAACUCUUCAUAAGGGACCGGGCGAUGGAGUCCUUCAAGUGUGGCAGAGCGUGUGGACUGGAGCCGCAGCGUUGCCAAGGCUUUUCUCGUGGAUCUGACUUCUUGACCCGUGUGGUGUUGGCCGCACAGUGGGGCUGAGGGGUCUGAAUGAGUAGUUUGGCAUACCAAGGGGAACAUUGGAGGCAGAAGUGUGAUCGGCACAAAAGCCAUGUUUUAAAAUAUGAGAGUUCAUGUGGCCAGAUGCCAGCUCAAAGUCUGUCAAGCUCAGUGUCCAAAGAGAGGCCACAUGUGUCAAAAACUGGGUUCUCUAAUUCCCAUGCUUCUGUUUCCAGCAGUCUUUCAAACCACAGUUCCACAAGCCUGUCAGAUGCCCGACUAGAGUCCAGGCAUUUUAUUCUGCAGAGUUCUUACUCUGACUGUCAUUUAGCAAUGUUGGGGGGGCGGAGACUUGAUAAACUCCCCUGAAAAAUUCUUGGACAUUUCAAGAGGACACGAUGGCCUUUGGCUGUUUCUCAUGCAUUUGUGUGUGUAUAGAUACAUCUUCGUUGUUUUUAAUAUUUUGCCACCACAUUUCCGGUCUUGCCCCUGGGGCCAUGAGGUCCAGAAACACUUUGGAAAGCGAAGACGUCUUGCUCUCGAAAGCCUCAGAAGAAGCCUCAGCCUCUGCCAUGGCUCCUCAAGAGCCACCCUCUGCCUGCCCUGGAGUUCGCUGGCCUUGUGCCCAUUGCGACGGUGCUCUGCGCUUGAGAAGUCUGGAGUUGUUUCCGAUGGUCCUCAAGGCUGUGCUGUAGCCGGUGCCCUUUGCGAAAAAAGAAAAUUAGUGACCUUUCUUUAUAAACUGACCUUCGCUACAACAACUCCCAGAGUGGCAAACAACUUAAUCUAAGGAAAAACAAAUACAACAAAACAGUGGUUUGUGAAUUCAUCUGACAAAAGUCAGCAAUAAGAGGGGAAUUUGUGCUGGGGAGGAGGGCGGAGGAAGAAGAGCUACACAGUUCCUCGAAAAGGGAAGGGGGAAGGCAGCUGAGGACUCCAGGGGAUUCAAAGUGUGAGGAAGGAGAUUCCGAAUCAACAUCGGGAAGAACUUCAGGAUGGCAAGAGCUGUUCAACAGUGGAAUGGGCAGCCCGUUGGAAGUUUCUUAGCAGAGGUUGGGUGGCCGUCUGUCAAGGAUUCUCUGGCUGUGAUUCCUGCAUUUCAGGGGGUUGGACUAGAUGACCAUGGGCAGCCCCUUCCGGUUCUUACUAUUCUGUGACUGAAGGCGCAUCUAAAACCAAGAAACUGAAGUUGGCCCUGCUCAGGCUGAGAGCCACAGUCCCAUGAAAAAGGAAAAGUGAUGCUCCCAACCCACAGCAUCCUUUGAUUCAAAGCAUUUUUAAAUCGUGCUGUUCAGUUGAAAAUAGGCUUCCGGGGUGGCGUAGAAAUAGCACAAAGCCCCCACUCUCAAGCUGACAGGCUAAAAGGCAUGACACAAAAGGAAGCACGCCCAAGAGAGAGGAGGAAGAGAGCAAACUCCAGGCACCGGUUCUGAGUUACAGCAUUCUUGCAGUGACCAGCUGGAAGGGAAAGAAUGGGAGAUGAGCCGCCAAGAAUUUCCUCAGAGCUGAUGGCGAGGCGCUGCCCUCUCCUCUCCCCCCCCCUCCUGCCGCCUGCUGGGAUGCCUCUGCCAGAGAACAGGAGAACAAUAAAAGAACAAUGCUGCGAGACUCCCAGCCUUGUCAGCAAAGUCCAGCAGAACCACACAAGCCCAGCUUGGGCCAGCUAAGAAGCGCAUUCCAGCAGCAGGCUCAUUUCUCGGGGGGGGGGAGCAGUGGCAUAGCAGGGGGACGGGGGACACCGGGGCACAAAAUUGUUAGGGGUGCAAAAUUUCAACACCCAGUGCAGCCUCAAUACAGUUACGCCCUUCCGUCACUGAGCUUCAUGGAUAAUGGCUUCUCCAUGCAAACCAGAAAACUUAACGGCUCUUUUUUUCUUAUCUCUGUGGCUGCAACCUCUUGGGUGAUGCAGAUGCCAUUAGGCAGUUGAAUGCGCAUGUGUCCUCCCUUUGUUUCCCCCUGUCCACCCCUUGUGUGUGGCCCCAGGCACCGGCAACCCAUGCUACGCUCCUGGGGAGGAGGGCAUCCUCAUUGCCUUCUCCUGCCUUGCACCAUCUGACUUGGGAGCAUCCAGUAAGGGGUGUGGGGGGCUUUGGCUGCUCGUUGCUGCCGGGGUUGGGCCAGGCAGUUUCUCAGCCCGCGCUUUGUGCCAGCCUCCUUCUCCAACUGGGCGCCCUCCAAAGGCUUUGGGCUGCAACUCCUGCCAGCGUCAGCAGCACACAGACUUCCUGGCUGGGACUGAUGGGAGGAGUGAACCGCAUCAGCAGAGGCUUCAGCUGGAUCAGGCCAGUGGCCCAUCGAGUCCAGCCAGCAUCCUGUCCUCACCCAGAUGCCUGUGGGAAGCCAGCAAGCAUCUCUGAAUCUCUCACCUCACAGGCGGAAGGAGCAGCAAGCAAAAUCAAGACCCUGCUCCCUCCCUCUCUUGCCAGCCCCCCUGCCCAGUCUUCUCGCCCCUCACCCUGCUGGCACGCCAGCCCUGUCUGUAUCACAGGCAAAGCUCAUGGGUCCAGCUGGGGACUUCGGAUUUCCUCUGUCCUUCCCCUUGGCUUUGCCUUGACGCUCCCCUCGGCUCCCACCACCCCUUCGCCUAGCAUCCGGAAGAAUACCUUUGCUGCAAAGACCACCGGAGGGCAGGGAAGUCUGCUGAAACAGGAACUGCCUCCCUCCCUUGCUCCCUCUUCCUGGAGCAGGUGGGUUCCUGAAGUAGCUUUUGCCCUGGUCUUGGACACUUGAGAAACAUCCACACUCCCUCUGUCUUGGACCCUGAAACUACUUGAGGGACAUCUUUGGGAAAAUAAAAGGCUCAAGAGUAAUUGUUGUUGUUGUUGUUGUUGUUUAGUCGUGUCCGCCUCUUUGUGACCCCUUGGACCAGAGUACGCCAGGCACUCCUGUCUUCCUCUGCCUCCCGCAGUUUGGUCAAACUCAUGCUGGUAGCUUGGAGAACACUGUCCAGCCAUCUCGUCCUCUGUCGUCCCCUUCUCCUUGUGCCCUCCAUCUUUCCCAACAUCAGGGUCUUUUCCAGGGAGUCUUCUCUUCUCAUGAGGUGGCCAAAGUCUUGGAGCCUCAGCUUCAGGAUCUGUCCUUCCAGUUAGCACUCAGGGCUGAUUUCCCUAAGAAUGGAGAGGUUGGAUCUUCUUGCAGUCCAUGGAUCACCGGCUUGCCGUGGCGAAGGGGCUUGAAUAACUCAGAGAAGCUAUGAGCUAUGCCAUGCAGGGCCACCCAAGAUGGACAGGUCAUAGUGGAGCGUUUUGACCAAACGUGAUCCACCUGGAGCAGGAACCGGCAAGCCAAGAAAACUCCAUGGACAAAGGCAACAGGCUCAGGAGUAAACCCUCCACAAAUCCAGAGUGGAGUCCCUAAGGCAGUUGGAUGGUGCCUCGUACGCCUCCUUUCGGCAACUCCUGCAGCCAAGCUGGUGCCCAACGUCUUGCUCUGCUUUCCUUUGGACCCCAUCGGCCAGGCCAAGAGGGGGGUCUUGUCGUCUGGGCAGCCCAGGACCUCCAGACACACUGCCCAGGCUUGUGCCCCGAGAAGGUCACUUUGGUGUUGCUGACGCAGCGGUUUGCUUUCACCCCCAGAGGCGCACUCCGUUGCCUCUCGAGACAGCUGGAUGUCCAGAAGAACAAGAAGAAUAUACAUAUGUGGACCCACUCUAUUCUUGCUUUUCUUAUUAAGUUAAAACUGUUUUUAAUGUUGUAUUUCAGAGUGUGACUUUCCAUGAGGUCUCUUGUGCUCGGAUCCUGCUUAGGGGUUUCCCACAACAGGCAUCUGGUUGGCCCCUGUGCAAACAGGAUGCUGGACUAGGUGGGCCAUGGGCCUCAUCCAGCAGCAGUCUCUUCUUGCGUGACCUGCCUCUCUCCUUGGGCACCUCCCCUUUGCCUUUGCUUUAUGCAGCCUGAAAUUUUGUAUUUUCGUGUUCUGUUGGAAGCUGCCCAGAGUGGCUGGGGAAACCCAGCCAGAUGGGCGGGGUAUAAAUAAUAAAUUAUUAUAUUAUUAUAAUGUGCCAUGGAGUCAUAAUCUUAAGGACUCUGCACGUUAGCGGUGACCUGAGCCAACCCAACCAACCAACCAACCAACACCCCCCCCCCCGGUCUUCCCAGGGACCCUCCUCGGACCUGUGCAUUCUGCCAGCCUUGUGGCCACAUCUCAUAAGAUUGUAGGGUUGGAAGGGACCCCCAAAGGUCAUCUAGGGCAAUCCCCUGCAAUGUAGGAAUCACAUUCUCAUUACAGCCCAUCCCACGCCUGCCUGCAGCCAUCCUGAGGAGCCCUGGCCAGCAGCAGCAGCCCCUCCUGAACCACAGAGGAUGGUGUGGGGCACGGGCCACGGCAGGGGAAGGGGGGAAUGGCAGACGCCAGCCACCACCUGCGAAGCUCUGGGGCAGGGCAAGUGUUGUAGCCCCCUGGGUUGCCAAAGGAACCUUCCAUCUGUGGAGUGAAAGGGGUGAGGGAGGAACGAGAGCCCCCCUCCCAGCCCUGGAGACCCUGCAAUGGCCUCCAGACUAUGACUCUGCAAGGGAAGACUUCCCUCUCUCUCUCUUUCUCCCGGUGCCUCUGGACUCCUUGAGACGGGCCUUUGAAACAAGGCAAGCAGGUUCUGCAAGAGGCUCAGUCCAGGCCGAGCCCCCACCCCAAGCGCUGAGCCUGGUCCCAGGGUUGGCGUCCCUUCUGAAGCAGAGAGAGGCUCGUCCGGUGAGGAACUGGAGGCCAAAGGGGUCACGACAGGGGAGGGGGAACCCUCUUGUGUGGCUCAGGAGGGUUCAGCAGCCGGAUCCGAGCAGGAUCCGGUUUCCUCCUCCUCCUGUUCUCUCAGCUCCUUGCUUCAAGUAUGUAAACUAUCUGCGUUACAAGCCCCUGCUAACCAGCCCCUACCGCCCCCCAGGUGUGUGGGGUGCUGGUGGGCAUCAAAACAUUCCUCUUUAACAGAGCCUUCACUUCCUAGUGCCUCUAAGCCAUUAAGAGUCCUACAAAAAACAAACAACCUUGUAGAGGCUUGAAAGCUGCUCUCAGGAGGGAGGCACUUUGGAGCAAGGGGUGGGUGUUUUAUGCACCACCCGCCUUGCAGCUCCCUGCCCCGCUGAGAGAAAAAAGACCUAGUCAUUGUCUUACUUCUCUGGGAUCCAUCUCAGACACUUGCUCUCUCCCACUGCUGUUGGCAGGCUGUGCCUCUGCCCAUGUGCAUAGUGACGUCCCAAGGGCAGGGGCAAUAUCACCUUAUCUGGUCUGGGCAGUCAUCUCUGCUGCCGGGUGCUGUGCUUGGUCCACGGCCCAGAGCAAAAGGCAUAUUGGAGCUCUGCACAUGCUUCGUAAAAGAUAAAGGGACCCCUGACCGUUGGGUCCAGUUGUGGCCGACUCUGGGGUUGCGGUGCUCAUCUCGCUUUAUUGGCCAAGGGAGCCGGCGUACAGCUUCCGGGUCAUGUGGCCAGCAUGACUAAGCCGCUUCUGGCGAACCAGAGCAGCACACGGAAACGCCGUUUACCUUUCCGCCGGAGCAGAACCUAUUUAUCUACUUGCACUUUGAGGUGCUUUCGAACUGCUAGGUUGGCAGGAGCAGGGACCGAGCAACAGGAGCUCACCCCGUCACAGGGAUUCGAACUGCCGACCUUCUGAUCGGCAGGUCCUAGGCUCUGUGGUUUAACCCACAGCGCCACCCACGUCCCUUGCGCACAUGCUUUGACUGAGCAGCAAAAAACCCCUAAUGCAAUUCUAGGCAGCAUCGAAGAGGCAUAGUUUGUCUAGAUCAAGUCAUGGCACAUCUCCUCUGCCUUGGUCAGACCACGUCUGGAGGGAUGUGUCCUGUUCUGGGCACCGCAAUUUAAGAAGGAUGUUGACAAGCUGGAAGGUGUGCAAAGGAGGGAGACCAAGAGGACGAAGGGUCUGGGGACCAGGCCUUAGGUGGAUCGCUAGGAGGAGCUGGAUAUGUUUAGCCUGGAAAAGAGGAGAUACGAGAACCAACACCAGAUAUCUAAAGAGCUGUCACAUGGAGGAGGGAGCAAGCUUGCUUUCUCCUGCUCCAGAGGGUAGGACUCAAACCAAUGGGUUGAACUGAUUACAAGAAAUGUAUUUUGGACUAAACAUCUGGGAGAGCUGUCUGAUGGUAAGACUUCUUCAAUGGUGGAAUGGACUCCCUCAGAAGGUGGUAGACUCUCCUUCUCUGGAGGCUUUUAAGCUGAGGUUGGGUGGCCGUCUCUCAGGGAUGCUUCAGCUGAGAUUCCUGCAUUGCAGGGGAUUGGACUAGAUGACCCUGGAAGACCCUUCGAACUCUAGAAUUCUGUGUUUCUGUGCAGGGCUUUUUUUUCCAGCCAAAACUCACAAGAACUCCAUUCCAGCCCCUCUCAGGUGGGCACCAUUGCCAUUCUAAGAGAACGUUCUGGCACCUCUUUUUCCAGAAGAAUAGCACUGGUUCUGUGAUUCCUGACAGCCAGAGCAAUUAAGACCCUCCACAGACUGGGCCUCCAUCUCGCUCCUCAUCCAAGGCUCAGGGCUCCUCGACACGGCUUCCUGCCCAGUGUUGGAGCAGCAGGCUGGCUUGGCAAGUGAGCGGCGGUGGGGGAAGCAGGAGAAGUGGGGCUGGCUACCAGGCAGCCCCAUCUGCUGCUUCCCUCCUCAAGACCCGCUGCUGCCGCAGAGCCGCUUGGGGCUGGCCUGCUCCUCCUUCUGUGGGGCUGCCUCUCCCUGUCUUGCCCACCCCUGGGCCUGACCUGCCUGUCCGUCACGCACCCUGUAAGGCCUUGAAGCAGGAGUUGUUGCUUCUGGGCUCCGUGUGGGGCUGGCAGGGUCCCUGGAUGUAGGAGCCCCCUAAGAGGCAGGGAGGGAGAAGCAGGGAUGGUAGGUGCGUCCCCUACAGGCAGCUUGCCACAGGGCUGCCAUCACCUGGCCCCCAGGAAACUACAACUAAUCCAGAAUGCGGCACCCAGACUGGUGACUGGGGGCGGCCGCCGAGACCACAUAACACCGGUCUUGAAAGGCCUACACUGGCUCCCAGUAGGUUUCCGAGCACAAUUCAAAGUGUUGAUGCUGACCUUCAAAGCCUUAAACAGCCUUGGCCCAGUAUACCUAAAGGAGCAUCUCCACCCCCAUCGUUCCGCCCGGACACUGAGGUCCAGCUCCGAGGGCCUUCUGGCGGUUCCCUCGCUGCGAGAAGCCAAGUUACAGGGAACCAGGCAGAGGGCCUUCUCGGUGGUGGCGCCCGCCCUGUGGAAUACCCUACCACCAGAUGUCAAAGAGAUAAACAACUACCAGACUUUUAGAAGACAUCUGAAGGCAGCCCUGUUUAGGGAAGCUUUUAAUGUUUAACAGACCACUGUAUUUUAAUACUUUGUUGGAAGCCGCCCAGAGUGGCUGGGGAAACCCAGAGAGAUGGGCGGGGUAUAAAUAAGAAAUUAUUAUUAUUAUUAUUAUUAUUAUUAUUAUUAUUAUUAUUAUUCCUCUCUAGCAGCCACUCUUCGUUUAUCUGAUAGUUUGUUUUUUGCAUUUAUACCCCACCUGAGGUGCCCAAGGCAGCAUCCCUUUCCUCUUGCCCUGAUGUAGUUACCUCUGGGCAGGGACUCGGAUUUUUGGUUUCUUGGCCUGUGUUCCUCUGCAAAAGGCCAUGUAUGCUGAUGACAAAUAUUCAGGAUUUAUUAUUAUUAUUAAGGGGGGGGAGGGAGAACAAUUUGUUGAAAUGGCAUUGGCCAGUCAUUCACCUGAGAAUCUCUUUAUUCACUGGCUUGUGAGAGUCUUGCUCCAUCUCAGCCCCUGAGGGUUGAGGACUUGAACUAAGAAAGGCAGCUCCACCUUGGCUUCCGUCAUUCCCCUCCCAAGAGCUGUCCAGGUGUGUGUGGGGGGGCUACUUGCCUUAUUUCUGUUGCAGACGCGGUCGGUUGUGGCACUCGCUGCCACAGCAACCGGUGUGUGUGUGUGUGUGUGUGUGUGUGUGUGUGUGAUGCUGCAAAAUGUGAGUGAUGGAAGUUGCUAUUCCUCCCCUCUCUCUGCCCCUCCCCAACCUCCUGCAUCCUUCAACACUUUGGGAGACAACCGCACUUUCUGAAAACACUGUUAUUCAUUUGUCUCCAAGGGAAGCUUCAGCUACGCUUGUGUAAUUAACCCUGUUAAACUGACAUUCCUCCCUAAGGACGGAGGGAAUACCUGCGUUUUGCUGGACGCCACAGAGGGGGCCUUGGAUGGCCAAGAGAAUGGCAUUUCUGAUGGCAGCUGGGAAAUUCUUAUCUUGAAAGUCAGUAAAAACAUAUACAGUAUUUUUAAAAGAGAAAGGAAAUAGGAAGAAUGGCAAGGAGCACAAGCCCAUAUCACUUCCUGGGAGCUGGGCCUCUGGUUUGUGGAGAGAGGCUAACGAAAACCAUUCUUGUUUCACAGGAGCCUUGGAUGCCCCAGGCCUUUAUGGGAAAGGAGUUGUGCUUGGCUAAGGUUUGUUAGCAGUGCUCUGGCAAAGCAGAUUACCUUUCAAGGGGAGGUUAGCAGUGCCAUCCUGAUUCAGUCUGUGCCUGGGGCGUGCAAAUGAGUGUUACAUCUGCUUGGUCCUCCUCUUAGCCGUCCGCUGAGCUGCAGUAAACAUGCCUGGCUUAAGGUGUGUAAAGUAACCACAGUCUCGUACUUGGACAAGCCUUCGAAUGUUUAUUUUUUCUGGGCCAGAAUAUGGUGGGCACAUUGGGGCACUGGCUUGUUUUGAGUGAUUUGUUCCACUUCCCAAAUCCUGCAGAAGGGAAGAUAUUUAUUCCUUUUGACCAUCCUUACCUGUCCACUGAAAGGGACACGGGUGGCGCUGUGGGUUAAACCUGAUCAGAAGGUUGACGGUUCGAAUCCCCGCAAUGACGGGGUGAGCUCCCGUUGCUCAGUCCCAGCUCCUGCCCACCUAGCAGUUCGAAAGCACAUCAAAGUGCAAGUAGAUAAAUAGGAACCGCUCCGGCAGGAAGGUAAACGGCGUUUCCGUGCGCUGCUCUGGUUCGCCAGAAGCGGCUUAGUCCUGCUGGCCACAUGACCCGGAAGCUGUACGCCGGCUCCCUUGGCCAAUAAAGUGAGAUGAGCGCCGCAACCCCAGAGUCGGCGUUUCCGUGUGCUGCUCGCCAGAAGCGGCUUGGUCAUGCUGGCCACAUGACCCGGAAGCUGUACACCAGCUCCCUCGGCCAGUAAAUUGAGAUGAGCGCCGCAACCCCAGAGUCGGCCACGACUGGACCUAAUGGUCAGGGGUCCCUUUACCUGCCCACUGACUAUUUUAUGUUUUGAUACUUUGAGCGAAACUCUUUGGAAAGGACCUUGAAGGAGUCUCAGGUCCAGUGCUUGCCAUCCCAUGAGCUUGGAAUCCUCUGCCCCAGAGAUGGGAAACAUUUGAGAACCUAAGAAGAACUCUGCUGGAUGAGGCCAAAGGGGCCCAUCUAGCCCAUCUAGCCUGUUCUCACAGUGGCCAACAGAUGCUGCAAUGAUAAACCCAUAAGCAGGACCUGAACUCAACAGAAACGCUCAAAUGCCAUGAUGGAAACGCUUGGUGCGACUUCGUGUACGGUUCUGGGUACCUCACUGCAAAAAGGAUAUUGUAGAUCUGGAAAAGGUCCGGAAAAGGGCAACCGAAAUGAUUGAGGGAGUGGAGAAGCUCCCAUGUGAGGAAAGGUUGUGGGAUUUGGGCCUUUUUCGUUUAGAGAAAAGGUGGAUAAGGAGAAGCAUGAUAGAGGUGUAUUGAAAAUCAUGUGUGGUUUGGAAAAAGUGGAUAAAGAAAAGGUUUUCUUCCUCUCUCAUAGCACUAGAACUCGUGGGCAUUCAAUGAGGCUGAAUGUUGAAAGGUUCAAGACCGGGGUCAGCAAACUUUUUCAGCAGGGGGCAGGUCCACUGUCCCUCAGACCUUGUGGGGGACCGGACUAUAUUUUGGAAAAAAAUAUAUGAACGAAUUCCUAUGCCCCACAAAUAACCCGGAGAUGCAUUUUAAAGAAAAGCACACAUUCUACUCAUGUAAAAACAUGCUGAUUCCCAGACUGUCGGCGGGCCAGAUUGAGAAGGUGAUUGGGCAGGAUCCGAUCCCCGGGCCUUAGUUUGCCUACCCAUGUUCAAGACAGACAGAAGGAAGUCCUUCUUCAUGCAGCGCAGAGUUAAACAGGGGUGGCCACCAACUUGGAUGGCUUUAGAAGAGGAUGAGGCAGAGUCAUGGCGGAUCAGGCCAUCAGUGGCUACUAGUCGUGAUGGCAAGUUUUCUCCCUCCUCUGUCAAGGUACCAGUUGCUGUGGAUCCCAAGGGAGGAGAGUUCUGCUCCUGCUCUCGGUUCUGCUUCCAGGCUUUACCUGGGCACCUGCUUUCCCUACGUUCUUAUCCAAAGCAGGACCAAGAGAUGCCUUGGCUCAGAAAAUCCGCAACAGAGGAGGUUCCACAAGCUGUUCUUUGAGUGAUCCCAAGUCAUGAGACACUGAGGUCCAGCUCCGAGGGCCUUCUGGGGGUUCCCUCACUGUGAGAAGUGAGGUUACAGGGAACCAGGCAGAGGGCCUUCUCGGUGGUGGCACCUGCCCUGUGGAAUGCCCUCCCACCAGAUGUCAAGGCAGUAAGCAACUAUCUUACUUUUAGAAGACAUCUGAAGGCAGCCCUGUUUAGGGAAGUUUUUAAUGUUUAAUGCUGUACAGUACUGUGUUUUUAAUAUUCAGUUGGGAGAUGCUCAGAGUGGCUGGGGAAACCCAGCCAGAUGGAUGGGGUAUAAAUAAUAAUUUAUUAUUAUUAUUAAUCUCAGGGUUGGGCAAAAAGAUUCCUGCAUUGCAGCAGCUUGGGCUGGAUGAUCCUCACAGUCCCUUCCAACUCCUCAGUUCUGUGAAACCGCCCUUCUGGGGAUUUGCAGAAGUCCUGUGAGCCCGGCCCCAGCUAGGCCUUGCUGAUGCGCGGAGGCAUCUGGACCCGGUUCCUGAGGCCUUUGUUGUGCUGACGCAGCCCCCGCCGCGCCCUUUGCAGAGGCUCUGUGUGGCUCAGGGCAGGCUCUCCGCUAAGCCCUUCAGCGCCUUCCUUUUAACACCUUGCACCUGUGGGACUUUCAUGCUCAGCUGUGCAAACCGAGACGGGGGAAGCUCCCGCCAUCCGUGCUGCGGAGGGAAAGUGGAGAGGCUGAAAGCUCCUAAGGAACGUCAUUCAUCCCUCCAAAAUUCACUGCUUCGAAAUGUCAAACACGGCGAGAUGAUCAAAGCCGAGGCAGGAAGAAAUGAGGGGGCCCCGUCCCCUCUGGAGCAGGUAAUUGCCCUUUAAAGAUCUCUGAGCCUGGCAGAUGAGGAGGGGGGGACCUCUCCGACUGGCCUCCUUUCCCAUGGUGACCAGAAGGCCAGGUGUUGCAGGAGAGGGAGCAAACAGGAGCGUGGCCCAUCUCGCGCAGCAUCCUGUUCUCGCAGUGCCCCAUCUGGGGAAACCGGAAGCAGGACUCAAGGACAAGAGCAACUCAGUUUCCAGCAACUGGUGCUCAGAAGCUUUGCUGCCUCCCCUUGUGGAGUCUCCCUCCCCGCUGUUGCUUCUGGACUCCGGCAGCCCCAGACAUCACAGAGUGCCGAGGCUGAAAGAGACCCCAAAGCCAGCUUGUCUAGAAGACCGGCUGCCGUCAAGUCGGGCCCUUCCUGGACCACAAGUGUGGGUGAUUCCCCACGCCCCACUUCCCCUGAACUUGGCUCUUUCCUUGGCCCCUGCAGCCAGAGCCACCCCUGUUGAAUUGCCGCCCCCCUUCACUUGCUGGUAGGGAGCCUGGUCCCUUCUCCUUCAGAGAACCUGCCUGCCUACCUGCGCCUUUCUCCAAAGGUGGAGCAUCAAGCCCAGGCACAAAGCGCCCGCUCUCUGCCUCUCUAGCCACCUUUGCGUGGGGUGCACGCAGCAAAGCAGCCACCCCAAACACAGCCUCUUUCUCCUCCUCCCGCAGCCUGCCCGGCUUGCCUCCACAUCCCCAGAGGCCCCUGCUGAACCCCUGUGGAGAUGGUGUCCGUGUGAUAACACCCGCAGGUAGAUGAACCCGCUUUCUGAUGGGGCUUAAGGAGUCCAGAAGUCCUUGGACAAGCACUCCCACCAUCCCUGGCCACCCUGGAGAACUACUUCCGGUCAGUGUGGACAAUACCGGUCAAAGGGAGCCAGUUGGGUCUCUGCCUCUGCCUGCCACCUUGGCCCUGGCCCCUCCUGCCCGUGGGUCUUUCCAGCCAGGAUGCCAGGUCUCCGCCCCAGAGUCCCUGGGCAAUGUCACAGAAGCCCCAGCCCAGCCACUUGGCCUCUGAGCUUCUUCCUGGCUGCUUGGGGAAGGAGCUGCACCUUCCAGCUGCCAGCAGAGGGGAUCUCUGCGGCGUCUGGAGCUGCCUCCUCGUUCCUCCCUUGCACCUCUCAAGAUCUUUCCAUGUUCUGCUUUGUGUUCCAGUAAGAAAUGAAAUGGUGAAGUUGCUAAUAAUGGCUCUAAGAGAAAAUAUGCUACAUCUGUUAUGGAUAGCAGUACAAAAUUAGCUACUCACACCUCUGACACCCAAGAUGUCUUCACUUAAAAUACCCGUUGGCUUCCUUUACAUAACUUGCUGAUUAUAUUUAAAAGAAAUACAAUUUUGCAAUUACUCUUCUUUCUGGUGCGCAUCAUUUUCUUUUUAUGUUUAUAUAUUUCUCCUUCAUUAGUGCAGACUGAAGGGUGAUUAGAUCCCUUCAAACAUUUUACAGAGGUUAAACGUUGAUUAAGAUUUAAUUAUUACUGUAAAUAGCUUGGAAUGACAUAUGGUGCAAAAACCUGACAUAUGUGCAUUUGAAUAAAUGAAGUGCUAUUUCCCAGGAUGCACCGGGAACUGUUUAACAGCUUUGCUGAAGGGUUAUGUUGCACCUCAUGUUAAGACUGCUUGGAUGUUAUAUUUUGUUGGGUUUCUGCAGCUGAAAGCUAAGAACAGUUUUUCCAGUUUUUAAAAACAUUGAAUAUUUUAAAUACCUAAAUUGUUUUGCACAAUUUUUUGCUAAUUUGUCUAACUAGGUUAAACAUUUUCAAAAGCAUUUAGGUUUUCCCAUGUUAGGUUCCUAGUAUUGUGUCAGGCUCGGCACCGGAGCCAACAUACAGGACUUCCGAUGUAUUAAAUUGAACUUAUAAACUGCAUAAAAUGUGUGGUCGCAAGAUAAAAGUGCAAGCAAAUCGUUUUUUGAGUGACGUGCUGCAGGACAGGAGGGUGAGAUUCCUCCAGAUAACAAGAGGUGUGUGGCGUUUUUAUAGAUCCUUGAGAAGCACUUGGAAAACAGAGAGAGAAUAAUUUGCAGAGAUGGAGAGAGAAGGAGGGAGGGAGGGGGAGAGGGAGCGCUCAGAGCGUGUUGGGGAAGAGACCCCUGCGAUGUCUUCGCCCUGCUGUGGAGGCAGCAUUGAUGCAGUUUUUGAGAACGGUUCUCCAAGAAGUUCAAAUACAGGGCAUUGUUUUCCUGGGUAUUUUUGCAGACCACCUCCCACCCGAACGGGAAGGAAAGGGAUGCCCCUUCUUCACCUGGCUGACACACCUGUGGGCAUGGUCUCCAAGGGCCAAAUUAGCAGAUACACUGCAUCCCAGGCGCAUUAAGAGCACUCUUGGAACCCUGAGGUUCAUUUGGGUACGACUUGGCCGAGAUGGCUGACAGACUGGAAAGGAGGAUACGGAGAACCGGGGCGUGUCCACCACCCAGGGGUGGGGGGACAAAUUUAAAAGUGGAGAGAGUGAGAUGCACAUAUUUUAAAAAAACAGAUAUUUCAAUGCAGGGCACUGGAGGGGGGUUGUUUUCCCAAUUUUCUUUCUCCACCUCUCAACAAAGAAUGCUACUCUGUCUGACUGGAUGAUUCAUUGUUAAUCUGCUCUGAUGCUUUGACCUUCUUGUAAUUUAAUCCCGUGGUUUAUCAACCUGCUCUCAGCUGAGAGGUUCUACAGAUCCCUCCACACCUUGUUUUUGGAGAUCUUUUUUAAAAAAAACUGGAAUGCUGCCAGUUUUACCUACACUUGAUCAUCUCCUCUUGGCUCAUCCUCCUCCUCUGUUGUGCCCUUCCGAUGCUCCAUUGUUGGAGGGUCUCUGAGACAAACACCACUGUCCAAACCUCUCGCGUCACCCCCCAGAACUCAGCCAAACCAAGACAGUGGUCUGUGCAGUGGUGUUUGGUGCCAGGCCAGGGGAAGGGGUCCUUUUGGCAUCCGGGGAGGUGACAGAGGAGGCCCAGUCAUGUGCAGCUGCCUCCUUGUGUUAUUUGCUGAGGAGCUGCUGUCUUGCAAGGGGCUCUGCUAUAAUCCGGGUCUCGGGGAAAGCCUGCUGAUAGUCCCAGAUGGGAGGUUCAAAUGGGCCAUCUGCUCCUAGACAGUCGCUGGGUAAUUAGUUUGCCUGCAACUGGCGGGGCCUUUUUCCCUGCAGAGUCAAUGAUGUCUAAGUUGUGCUUGCCUCUCAUGGUCCUCGCUUGAGGGUUAAUGUGCCCACUUCUGGUCUCCUCCGCCAACCUUGGAGUGAGAGUUGUUGUUCCCUUGCUUGCCCUGAAUUCGCCAAGGGGCUGAGGGUUGCUUGACAUCCUGGCUUCCACGCAUCUCAAAUGCCUGUCUCCAUCUACUCAUUUAAAUGUUGGGCUGGCCUCUCGGAUGAGGAGGAAUGCUGGGAGGUUCCAGCCGGGGACCCCCCGAGGGAAGCCUCAGAAGAGGAAGGCUCAGAGCCAGGGGGCUGGUGCUGGGACACGGAGGACAGGCCAGAGGAGGAAGCAGGGCAGAAUGGUUGGGUGCUGAACAAGCAACAGGCUAGAGUGAGAGAGAGGAAGAAGAGGCAGAAAGCACUGCAGACACAGGGCAGGCACUGAGAAGGAGGAGGUGGAGAUGGAGGCAGCAACAGAUUUACAGUUGCUGGGCAGCCCUACUGUAUUCAGCUCCCCUCCUUCCUUGUCUCUGCUGGGGACUAAACACUAAAUGCCCCACAUCUGGCAGCCGUCUUCCACAAUGGCUCUGCUCUGCCCCAUGGCUGGAGGCAGGCGUGCUUCCAAAUGCCAUUUCUGGAAGCCAUGGGACAGAGCGGGCUCUUGCGAUCAAGUCCCUGUUGCAGGUGUUGGUUUCUGUGUGUUGCCAUUGUGCAGUGCUGGAGUCACAAGACUGUUUUGCAUUCCAGAGAUUCCAGGCUGUUGGAAGUCUCACGGAAGACAGGAGACGGAGGUGACGUUACUGGUUUCCUGUUCCUUUGUUUUUCAGUUGCUCUCUGCUCUCACAGAGAGAGGAUGUAUUUUCUUUUCUGUCUGCGUAGUUAGCAAUAAAACCUAGCAAUGUAGCUCAAACUUCUCGUCUCUUCCCUGUGCUGGAUACUCUGCGGAAUGGGGAACGUGCUUGGAGUCUCAUCAAAGGCUCAGGUCGUUAAUUAUCGUCGGAGGGCAAUUCUGGAAGAGUUGGUUGGUCGAACGCAGAUUCCGACAGCAGGAUCCCCAUAGGCACCUGUGGCCAGUUAUAAGGAAGGAGAUUCCGACUCAACAUCAGGAAAAACUUUCCGACAUUAAGAGCCUUUCAGCAGUGGGGGGGAAGGUGGGGGAGUCUCCUUCCGUGGAGGUUUUUAAGCAGAGGUCGGAUGGCCAUCUGUCAUGGAUGCUUCACUUGAGAUUUCUGCCUUGCAGGGGGUUGGACUGGAUGACCCUCGGGGGCCCUUACAACUCUACGAUUCUGCAUUCUUGUUGGCCACUGUGCGAACAGGAUGCUGGGCUGGAUGGAGGGCCUUGGCCUCAUCCAGCAACCUCUCUCUUCAUGUUCCUGUGUGCUGAUCUGCUCCUCCUGACCUGCCCGUGUUUUCUCUCUCUCCCCCUUUGGCAGAUUGAGACGUCGCGCCUGGAGCCCGAAAUCGCCCGGGCCACCACCAGCGAGACCCUGAUCUACAACAAAGGGUUGUAAGCGGAAGUGGAGCUGCCGGGCCUGGGAGACGGAGAGGCGUGGAAAGGAGAGCGAGAAAGACUACGGAUGGAGGGGAGGAGGGAGGGAAGAUGACUAAGACAAUAGAAGGAAAGAGUUAGAGAACCUCGUAGCAUCUUCCCACCGCCAAGAGCCGAGCGUAAAUUAACACUUUCAGAGACCCGGCAUCUCACGUCGGUCGAAAAGAUUAAUAUUUAAAGUUUUAAAUUAGUGACAGUAACAGCACAAAGGAAGGAGCGCCAGGGAGGGAGGGAAGGAGCUGAGAGCCUACAUCCUGAAUCCUCAGCGAAGGGGAUUGUCGUGGCCCCUUUCUGUGGCUCCGCUCGGCUCCCGUGCGAACGUCGGCCUCUCUUCUCCGCGGCACUUUCGCCUCCCAGCCUGAGGAGCUCAGCCUCCUCCGCUCCGUUCGGUUCUGCACAGCAUUCAGCCCCCGGCGCAUGACUUAGAAGAAUUAGGUAGGUAGGGCGUCUUGAUAAUCGUACUCUUUUGAUUCAGUGUCACUCUUGCACCAGUCGAUGUGCACAGAAUCAAUCUUAGAUCCGCAGCACUCGCUUUGAUUCUAAACAAAUAACGCGGCCAAGGUCGUAGCCGACGCGCAGCACCCACGUCCCCCACCCACCCGUCCCCCACUGGCCUGAGGACUGCUGCCACACUCCACCACAUAUAUCUCUCUCUCUCCAGUGGGCGAGCUCACAAGUUAAAUUUGCCCUGCUCUAAUUGCAGCCGUCACUUGGUUGGUCGGAAUGUGUGGAGCUCCUGUGGUGGGUCUCCGGAUCGUGGCCUCUUCUCACCCUCCGGCAGGAGGUAGCAAAAAGCACUGUUUGCAGGUUGCACACUCCCCAUCAUGGGAUGGGGGGAGCUUUCCGGCUGGCUGCCGACUCCCUGCCCGGCCUCUUGGGUGCCUGAUGCGCUGCCAUCACGCAGGGCGCUGCCUACACAAUGAGCUCCCCAGCCUUCUUCCCCACUUGGCAGCGGUGGAGGUGCUUGGGGGCCUCCCUGCUUCUCCUCCUGCUUCAGCCCCAGAUGCCGCAUGCAGUGCCAUAAAGGGAGGGCAGGCAGGGGGAAAGGCAGGGCAGAUGUUCUUCCAGAGGCAAGAGGGAAGGGUAGGUAGCAGCCAUCAGCAAGGAGGAUCGCUGGGUAGCCCAGAGGAGGAGGCAAACUUCAAACGGGGUUCUCCAAUGGAGAAGGAAACAAACUCAGCUGGAAUAAUAACCCUAGUGAAGAACUUUCUGGAGGUGAGCAUCAUUUAACAGUGGAACAGACGCCCUUGGACGCUCCUUCCUUGGAGGUUUUUAAGCAGGGGUUCUGAGAUUCCUGCGUUGCAGGGGGUUGGACUAGAUGAGCCUUGAGGUCCCUCCCAACUGUGCAAUUCUAUUAUUCUAAUAUGGCGGAACUAAGCCCAGGGUUUCCAUUGGCAGCACUCCGUAGAUUUGCGCCACCAGAGAGAACCUUGUGACCCCAGUCACAGGGGUGCCAGUCUGCAGUGUUUGGCCCACAGCAGGCCGCAAGCGGUGGGGGGGUCUGCUGUGCUGCCUGCUUUGACCCCUGGAAAGGGUUGGGAAGCAGGGAGGAGACGUUUGUGUGCAAGGAAGUGGGAGGAAGGAAGGACUGAUGCUCUUGCUGCUCACCUUCAGAACUCUGCAUUAGAGGAAGAGGAAUAUACAGCGGUACCUCCGGUCUUAACCAGAGGUUAAUUCGUUCUGGAGGUCCGUUCUUAACCUGAAGCUGUUCUUAACCCGAGGUACUAUUUCUGGGGUAGUGGAGUCUGUAACCUGAAGCGUCUGUAACCCAAGGUACCACUGUACAGUCAUACCUCGGGUUAAAUGUGCUUCAGGUUGAGCGCUUUCGGGUUGCACUCUGCGGCAACAGUUUUGCUGCUUGCACAUGCGCAGAUGCUCAAAAUGAUGUUACAUGCAUGCGCGGAAGCAGCAAAACGCGACACGCGCAGAUGCGCCAUCAUGUCUUACGCUCUAUUCAGGAUGCGAAUGUGGCUCCGGAACGGAUCCCGUUUGCAUCCCGAGGUACCACUGUAUUAGAUUUUGCACCAUGGAAGAGGCAGCGCACACAGCCAGACAGACCCUGAGAUGGGAGUUCAGUGGGUGCGCACACACACUGUGUGCUGAGCGGUUGCAUGGGGGGCUCCCCCCCACCACUGGAGAGGGGGCCAGGUCACCCAACCCCUGCCAGGGACCUCCUCUGCUGAUGUGCAGCCCAUUCCCUCGCUCUUCCUAGAUUCCUUGAAGUUUGAACCCCAUGCCUGGUUCCUAGGAGGAAGGAAGAAGGGGCACCCACAGCCCCUCUGUGGGGUUGGGCCAGGUGGCCCUGAGGAUCCCUUCCAACUCUGCAACCCUGUGACUCUCUAUGUGCCUCGCACCACGAGGCGCUAGUCUGGGAGUGGAACGAAUCCGGGGGUCUCUUUUGGAUUCCUUGUUCCAAAAGCAUUAAGAGGGUCCGAUUGCUUGGCUUCCAGGGAGGGCUGGGGAAGCAGCCGCCUUUCGUCAGAGAUGCCAGCCAUUUCAGGGAGCCUCAGUCUCAGGUGACCAAAACAGGGGUGUGGGCUGUGAGUCAUGCAGAGGAUGGCGCACAGAUCCUCAAAAUAGCUCACUUUUACAGAGAGUAAGCUCCUCUGUAUGUCUGCAGGUCUGAAGACCUCCAAGCACUUUAGAAGUGAGCCUGCGGCAGCUGAGAAUCCUGCCUCUGGGUUUGGCCACUGUGAGAACUAGACUAGGCAGGCCUUUGGCCUGAUCCUGCAGCUUCUCCUUAGGCUCCUUCGUAACGCCAUAAAAUUCAAAACAAUUGCAAUUAGCUGCACAUUUAUUCAAAAUCUAAUUAAAACUACUUAGUUUAAUUAAUUCAGCAAAGCAGAUGAACUUGAUCCAGUGAUACCAGCUUUUCGAAGCCUCAUAAUCAUUCACACCUCCAGUGCCCCCAUUCUGCCCCCCCUUACCUCUUAGCAAACCCCCCCCCCCCGCCCAGGCAUCCCACUGCGCCCCAGGAGGUAGGAGCACCCGUUUUGGAAGGCCUGAGCCAGAUGUUAAUAUGCUUUGAAAUCUCAACAUGGUUCCAACGUGGGGUUGGAAUGCAGGAAGUCCUAGAACGGUGGAGUUGGAAGGGACCCCAAGGGACAUCUAGUCCAACCCCUGCAGUGCAGGCAUCACAGAUACAUAGGUUUUUGUCCUAGGCAAAUCCCCUGCUGCCCUCCUGGCCUGCCUUCAUGGGGGGCUGUCAGGAGGGAGGCCUUGAACUCCCCUAGGAUCAGAGGGAUCUGCCUUCCACUGAAUGAGGCCGUUGGUCCCUUGAGCUCAGAGUUGCCUGCUCUGCACUGACUGGCAGAGGGAUUGAACCCAGGGCCUUCUGCAUGCCAGGCAGGGGCUCUGCCGCUGAGCUAUGCGGUCCCUUCCUGUCUCCCACCCACCCGAAUGGUGACGUCUCAGGCGCUUCUUGAAAGGGGCACCUGUGAAUUCCACAGCUCUCGUUGGAAGGGACCCUUUCCUGAUGAGUGUUUUCUGCUAUCAAGUAGCCCCCUUUCCCCUGCUGGUCCCCUUGGCCAGAGGAGGCCCUGAUCCUGCCUCAUCUGGCCCCCUGCCUGCGUUCAUGGGCUGGGAGCAAGGGCUGUUUCACUCCCCCUUCCCUCUUGGAGAGCAAGCAAACGUCCGCUUCCCUCAGCCGGGGCACCAAGAGAAGCCUGAGCAAAAGCCCGCAGCCGUCCGCCUAAAGGCUAAUUAAUUUUUCCGCCUCCCCAAAGGUACAAAGGGGAGCCUGUGAUCUUGGGACGGCGUCGGCGGCGUUUGGUGUUUUAUCAUUUCCCAUAAUUGGGGAGACGGGGGAGGGGGAGGAGCCCCCGCCAGGGUGGGUUGCUCACCUCCGCAGCCCGUAAUAAUGAGAUGAUCAUCCCUCUUAGCUUUUAAUUAGAACCGAGCAGCUAAUUGAUUUCUUGGGUAUGUUAAUUAAGAAAUAAUGAGGACGGCAUUGCAGCAGGAAGAGGCGGCAAAGGGUUGGGUGUUGGGUGAAGGAGGAGGAGGAGGAGGAGAGGCCUGCGAGGGUCCCAGGGGUGUCCCAAAAAACCUUUGCCAUUCCAGCUUAAGUGAGUUAGAUUUGCCAAAUUGCAAGGAAGGAGAUUCCGACUAAACACCAGGAAGAACUUUCUGAGGGCAAGAGCUCUUUGACUGGGGGACAGACUCCCUCAGAAGGAGGUGGCCUCUUUAAGCAGAGGUUGGGGGGCCUCCUGCCAGGGCUGCUUUUGCUGAGAUUCCUUCAUUGCAGGGAGUUGGACUAGAGGACCCUUGAGGUGCCCUCAACUCUUAUGUUUCUAUGAAAGGAGGGUCCAACUAAGCAGUAGGAAUAACUUUCUGGUGGUAAAACCUGUUCAGCAGUGGAGCAGACCCGCCUUGGAAGAUGGUGGACUCUCCUUCGGUGGAGACUAGAUGGCCCUUGCGACAAACACACCACAACUCUACUGCUCCUUGAUUCUAUUAUCCAUGUCCAGUCGGAGAUCUGUGGGGAGAGGCUUCCCCUCUUGCCCACCCUCCCUCCCACGAAGGCCCCCCACCAUUGGCACUGGGGGGGGGGGGUUUGACCUUCAGCCAGUUCUCUCCGGAGGCUGUGCGUGGGCAGGAUGUGUGCGGAGAAGCCAGCCCCCUCCCCAGCCAGAAUAUCUGCCUGCCUGCCUGCCCCCUCUCGGGGGGGGGGGUCCUUUGCCCAGGGCUCCUUCCUCCACGUGGGGCGAGGCCCAGGCCAGACUCCCCAGAGCUGACUUCCUGGCAUCUUGCAGGGGAGCCGAAGGGCGGGGUGGAGGCCAGCCUGCAGGAAUGGUGCUGAGCAUCAUGUGUGCCCCUUCUGCUAUGGAAGUGCAUUGGGCAGCAGCGGAGGGGGACCGCCUUGUGAAUAUGCACCUGGGGCCUUGGACGCAGCAGCUCUCGCCUCCUUCCUGGAGGAAUCCCUUUCCUUGACCCAUUCAGGUACCAUUUGGCACGGAACCAAAAUGUAACCUUUUCGUUUGAAAGAAAGAAACAAAAACCCAUUUAUCAUGGGAUUGCCUGAAAAGGGGAGCCAAGAGGCAGCCCCUGAAUGCCUGUGUAAGUUCUGACUGCCCCGAAAGGGCCACUAAUCUCAGGGUUACGCAGGAGCCACUGAUCCAGAAUUGGGGGUGGGGGGUGGGAGGGACAGGUUCUUCCUUUGUUUCCCACCCACUGAAUUCUUUUCCUGGAGCUCAUCACAAAGCCGUAUGCCAGAGGGCUUGGGAGUGGGGGCAUCUCAAACACCCCCACCCCCUUGGCUUGUGAUCCUUUUCCUGCAUUGCCCAUUCCUGGCCACAAUGUUCUCAGGAACAUGGCGCAUGGGUGCUGGCAGCCCUUGGGGAGCAGCCCAUGUGCAGGAGAGGACCACGGCUCUUGCAGGAGCCCAGCCAUCAAACGGAGUGGCCAGGCAGGUCCCACCUAUGUCAGAGGGGGCAAAUCGUGGGCCUGGCUGGGCUCCAGACUGCAGCUCCCCAAGAGGCUUGGCUGGCCAGGCAGGGGCUGUGGUCAGAGUUCAGGGCAGCACUUGCGCCCAGGGCCUGAGCCUCCCUGGGCCUCGGCACCCGGCUUCCUUCUGGGGGGCCUUAGGUGGUCCUCGGCACCUAGAUUUGAAUGCACCUUAUUGCUCUCUCAAACUGCAAAUAGUAACUUGGAGGAGGGUGAGAAGGCUCUUCCUUGUCCUGCUCUGAACUCACUUCGUCUUCCAGUGACUACGAUCACCUGACUGUCUGAGCGCAGAUACCUCUGUCAAUGCCAAUCCACUUGGAAGUGUGCACAGUGUCCUUUUAACUUCCUCAAUAGAUUUAUUGACCGUGACACUUUAUGUAACACUUCUAAAUGUCUGGAAUAAAAAUGACACAGCU